GUUUUUUCCUCCAGAUGAAGCAGAUGGAGGCGGCGCUGCACCGAGCGCUCUGGUCAUGGAUCAGCAGGAUCUGUGUGCGCAUAUACCGGCAGAUAAAUAACCAGCACUUCGCACCAUCAAUACCAUCUCAGAGCUGCGCGCCCCACCAGCACCGGGACCAGACGUGGAUUUUACGCUACAGCUCGGUAGGUCUCCGUUGUUGUUUUUUAUUUUUUUGGGCGUGGGUAUCACUUGUGUUUGUUGAUGCUGUUGUGCCUCUGAACCGGGUAUUGUAGGUUGAAUUUUUGACCACUCUGAGCCACAGGUGUGCAGGGAAGGACCUGUGUUUCUGAACCCCACUGUGCGCCGGCGGUGAGGGCAGCUGUGUGUGAGGCGGAUUUCGCUUCAUAUCCUUCAAACGGAUUGAAGAGGGUCGCCGUUGUUGAUCCGUUCAACGUGUGUGUUGCGACCGUGAGGGUUGCACGCACGCAAAGUGACCUGUCACGACUCCGGUGGCGAAAACAGUGUGCUCCUGUUCACUUGCGCCCUUCUAACUCGGCCUGUUUCCAGCUCAUGGUUCAGUCUGCUUGCAGCCUGAAACUGGACGCUGGAAAGCCGGAGUAAAUGAUAAAGCAUAUCUUUGGGUAUGAUUUGCUGAGAAGCGCAAUUUCCCCCAAAAACAGUAAGGGUAGCACCGGUGUUGUGCAGUAGCCCACCACAAGAUGCUGCUAGAACUCUGCUUUAUAGACUGAGGAGAGCCACGUGUAUAGACUGACGGGUCUAAAAAUAACUCAAGUAUUGAAGGUUGUGAAUUUGAACUAAGACGUUAAACUAUGCUUUUCUGAGAGUGGAUCAGAUCCAGAUCGGCACAUUCUAGCUUGAUUUCAGCAUCAGCCUGCAGGACUGUCUGCAGGUCUGUCUGCAGGUUGUUUGUGUGCAGGUUUGUCUGCAGGUUUAUCUCUAGGUAUGUCUGCAGGUCUGUCUGCAGUCUGAAUGGUGCGCACUGUUCAGUAGCAGCUUCCUGAUGAUGUGUAACUAUGGAUGAACCAUGCAAAUGCACUUCAGGCUUCUUCCAGCAGGUUGUAGUGGACUUUAUUCUGUAAUAAAUGCAGAGAUGGUUCUUACCGGGAGUGUUGUUCUUGUAGACCAGGGUUCCAUACAGAUCUAAAGGAGUAGUAUUUCGAUACAUUUCUACUGUAAAUAAUAAAUGUAAUUGGUUUUCCAGUCAAAGGUGUCUCCAUAAAACAUCACUAUCAAUUGUACAACUCUUGAAGGCUUUCUGUCAAACAAUAAUAAACAUGAAUGUCAAAUAGCAAAAUGACUCUGCAGAUGUCCUGUGUAGGAUUUAUAUGUGUUGCUGUUUCUACUGAUUAUUUUGAUCAUGUGAUGAUGAGAGAUAGUUUUGAUCUAAUGCUACACAUUUUUCCACUUUAUCUUAUUAUGUCACCACCACUUUGUCCCCUUUAAACAACACAAUUCAUUCCUGGUUUGAACAGCACCCCUGUGUGGAUCAGCUGGGACUUUGAUGAAAUUAUAUGCUCCCCUCCAAACAUUAUGUGGCUGUGUGCUGCUUCCUGUUUGUUUCUUUUUCCGCUUUGAGGUGACAGUGUUGGCUGGUGGUGUUAAGAAUUAAGAGUACUGCAGCAGUGGGUAACAAAAUGAGGCUUAAGAUUGAGGCUUAAAGAGGUAUCAGGAACAAGUUUUCAGUCUGGACAGUGGUGGUCAUGCAAUGACGUUGAAGGACAAGAUGUUUGGGUUAAAAACAUAAAGUGAGCUGUUUCCCAAUGUGUGAAGUCAGAGUAAGAGUCCUCCAUCUGUUUAGGUGCUCUGCUAUUUAUUGUGUGUAUAAUUAGUGUAUUGGUACCCCGCUCCGCUGUGGGUGUCACCUCACACACUGUUGGAGGCAGGCUGUUUGCCGGAAGCUCAGAUGAACCAGUAAGGAGAGUCUAUAAUUCCUAUGUAAGAAUUUUAGCAAAUCUUGCACCCUAACUAUAGUCUUGCAUUUCUGCUUAUUUGUGACAAGAUUAUGAUUAUGACAAAAUAAGUUUACUUCAUGAUUUGAAACUUUGCAUACAUAUAGCAUGGACAUUAAGCUUUGUAACUUUGCAGUUUUUGUUGUAAAUGUGAAAAUGCGUGGUAAGAUUAAAGAUUUCGUGCACUGAUGGACAGCUCCCUGGAUUGUUAAAAACAAUUUGCACAUGGCUUAGUUGCCUGACAUCACAGUCCUGAUCUAGUUUACUGAGGGUCUGCUCAGUCUAAGCUCAACUUUUUUUUAUCAAGAGAAACUCAGAAUUUGACCUUUCCCCAUCAACGACAGUAAUGUUAGCUUAGCAGUAAGCAGCAGUUGGCCUAACUGAGAGAAAAUAAUGCCAGAGAUCAGCAAAGUGAGUUACAGUCUCCACCUCUCAGAACAAGUCAUGUGGACUUCAUACAAAGGUGGAUGUACGAUGGGCUCUAAAACAAAUGCCUCCCAAGAGGACCAUGACAAAGCCCGUGCUACCAUACUCAUGUUACAUGCAGUCAAAACUGAACACUGUUCCCAGUCUUACCUCUGCAGAGUCUGCGGUCAUCAUGAUCUCGAUCACCCAUUUUUUAACCCCAAGUUAAGGUUGUUGGGAGUGAAGAUUUAUAUAUAACCAAACUGAAUGAAAUAGCACUAAAUCAUUGACUGUCAAUGGACCAUUCCUGAAUCAGAUUGUAGCCAUCAAGGCUUAAAGUGGACCGGAUCAUCCUAAGAAGAGGAAAUGCACACCUCUGCUGCAGUUCUUAAAACUUUUGCAAGAAUUGGUGUUGGUUUAGUUUCACGGUGCACAUACUUCCAUCUUUAAGAGGUUAACAUUCCUGUUCUUUUUAAGGCCUUGAACACAUCUUGAUCAGCUGUGCUCCAUCUGUUCUUACUGCUCUGGAUUGAAACUGCUGCUGAUCGAAAAGCCAUUUCCUGUGGAUUUCCAAAAGUGGCAAAUAGGCUAUUACUGACUCUAUAAAAUGGUAUUUAGUCAUGCAACCAUUUUCCUCUAUCACGCCUCCCGACAUGAUUAGGCCAUGUUUGGGCUACAGAUGCAUUUAAACAAUAACAACAACAUGAGAAAGCUCCUUAUCUCCACAAGUCAUUUCAAUACAAACAAAACUACAAUCAGUAUUGGUAUUUUAUGGUACAAGCCCAAACCUGAAAAAUCAGGAGUUUUUAAGGGGGGGUAUUAUGCUUUAUUUUAGACGCCAUACUUUCCCUCUGAUACAUCUUUAAUAGCUUUAUUUUAUUUUCAGAUUUUAAAAAUAGCCUCAAAUUUCUCACUCUGGUGUAUUAAAAUGUCAUUUCAGCCUGCUGUCUCUUUAAGCCCCCCCUCCACAAGCCUUCUUUCUUCUGAUUGAUCACCUCUCCGGAAGCUGGCUGAGGACAGAACUUGAUGUCUUGGUCCUGCUCCCUCAGUUGUAGUUGAUCAGUUAAACAGCAGAGCAACGUUACCCCAAUAGACAUUAUACACUGUAUGUGCAUUAUGUGGAAAACCAUAAUACCACCCUUUUAAUAUUUCACUUUGAGCUUCAGUAAAAGUUGAUUCAAGAACUUUGGAGAGCUUUACCUGGUUGAUUGAGGCUCUACUACACUACAUCUGUUACUGUCAUGCUACCACGGGAUCUUUGAACCAGAUUCAUCCAUCCACCCACCCUCCCACUAAGGAUGCUUAAUCAAACAUUGAGUCUGUAGAUGUUAUUGCUGUGUGCUGGGUUUUGCUAUAACCCUCAUCAUUUCUCAUUCUUGGACAGAGGUGAUGGGAUACCUACAGGUAGGGCUGUGUUAUUGCUUCAUCAUCAUUCUUCAAGUCCAUCUGCAUAUUGGAAACAUUUGAUGCUCACUGUGCAGAUGUGUUUUGAGGUAUUUUCUGGAGCUGCCCAUGAUGAUGGUCACUCAUCUGCAGUUUUCUUCUUGUCUUUUGGCUAAUAUCGAUCAAAACUCCUGGGGAAGGUAAAGACAUUUACACUUUGUUGACAGAGUGCAUACGCAUUAACAUACAAUACAGAUAGAAGCAGAGUAUGUCUACAGGCCUCAUAGCAUUUUCCUGACAACAAUCAUGUACCGGCACUUGAAAUGAUUGGUUCUCCAUACACAUUCCUACUCGCCUCUUUUUCUUCCUUCAAGCUUCAGAGGCCUGUGAGCUUGAGGGUCCUGCAUGGUUAUUUUGGCUGCUCCUACACUCUGGAUAGAGAUCUCAGAUGAUGUGCCAGGAAUCUGCUCGGACUACUCUCCAAGGCUGGGGUCACAGCAGUGAGUGAUUACCAGGGGGACAAUCGUUUCCAUCACUUUCUACACCUUUUCGAGCUCCUCUUUCAGUCCUUGGUAUUUCUUGAUCUUUCAGUUCUUGUCAUGUUCCUUUUUUCUAAUUACACUUGCUGUUACUUGUGAUUUUUACCUCUAUCACCCCCACCUUCUGCUGUUUGUCCACCACUACUAUAUGUGAUUGGUUGGCUGUCACCGGUUUGUCGGUCCGUGAACCCAAUCACCUUACCACCCAACCACCUUUGGGGGUCCUUUGGUAGUCCAGUCUGACCUAUUUUGACCUUGAGACUUCCAGCUGAUGGUCAGCACAGUUGUUUUUGUACACCAGGCCAGUUAUGGUGUUAUGGUGUUUUGUGCACACUGUUCCUGCCAGCUGGCAGCUUCUACCCUGCUGUUGUGUAGUAUGGAUUGUCUCAAAGGCAAAUAAGGAGCCUUUUCUGAAAGUCUUGAGCAGAGUUUCCCCUCACACAUUUAUGAUAUGAGUAAAGGACCAGCAGAGAGCUAACACAGUGGGUGAUUGGGCCAGAAGCCAAUUACCACAGUUGACUUGAAGAGGACAUUGGGUUCUUAGUAUCAAUUAACAUGUGGUUUUUCCUCUGUCUCUUUCUCUCUGCUCAGACCUUCUAUCUAUUUGCUGCAUCAGACUAUAUAAUGACUAUACACAAUGGCAAUAUACUGUAUAGUCAGAGAGUAAACUGCCAAGAAGAGAUCUGGGUUGUAGCAGCUUUUAGACACUGGUAAAUUCAUGGGUGAAUUCGUUUUUGGAUGGUGGAGAAGAUUUACAGCACCUGGCCUUAAGCGUGGGAUCUUUAAAACUCUUCUCCCUCUGAAGGACUGUUUAGUACAGGAUCAUUCCAGCUGAGAUGUCAGGAGUAAAAUCUUGCCCAAAGAAAGACACGACCUGUGCUCACUGUGGACACACAUUGAUAAAAUGUAUCAUCACACUCUUGUUGUUGAGAGGAAAUGUGCAGCCAAACAAAAUGAAACCCCUGCAGACGUUCCUAAUAGAUCAGGUUGGUUUUGUGCACAUGAACAUGAGAAGCCUCUGACCAAAAACUAACAGUUAAAAUACAGGCAAAUACUACAAAUGUAGAUGUCAUAGACUUGUCAUACAUCUGGGUCUGACCCAGAUCUGUCCCUGAUACUACUUAGGUUUAACCUGUCACAUGCACAUAGUGAAUUUUACAGAAGAUUUGCUUCUGUGUUCUCACAUGAGCUCACUCAGACUCAGUCCUGAUGUGAUACCAGGAAACACUCGUGGUGAAGUCGAGGUGAAAAACUUGGCUGUUUAUGUUCACACAUACAGUUCACCAGGGCAAUUUCAGGAAAUUUUCAGCGAAUUUGUGCAUGUGUAAAAGGAGCUGUAAGCAUGAAUACAUCUUUCCCACAUUAAGCUUAUAACAGUGACCCUGAAGUAAAAAACACAAAUGAGAAAAGACAAUACAAAUAAGAAGACACAACAGAAAAAAUCACAAAAUAUGGCAACAUAUUGAAAUUAUGAAUAAAGAUCUUUCUCUUAACUGUUGAAUGUUUUUAUGGUGAGAUGGGGCUUAUUAGUGAUAGUAACUGACCUGGUUGUUUUGGAUAAGGCGGGGGGAGUGACAUGGGAGAGGCUGAAAUCGAGUCCAACCAGGUCCAGUCUUGAUACACUGGACAUGUGACUCGAACCCCGGGCUGAAUCUGCACAGUUUUAUCUGGAGGAAUAAGUGCAGGGAUGGUUGACCUGCCUUUGUUGGAAAAGGUUCUACAUUGACCUGAAAUGAGACUCUUUACUUUGGAUGAAGAGAAUUUAAAACAAUGAGAUUGAAUUAAAGAGCACAGAUAGAGGGUCAGGAAAAGUGAUUGAGGAGGAUGAAACCCAGCUGUCUGUUUGUCUCUGUCUUUGAAAUCUGUCUCUUAUGUUCCUGAAUAUUCAUCAAAGUUAACCCUUACAUAACUGUUCUUGGUCUCCCACAGCCAGGAAAUUCUUCAGACCAUUUUCUUCAGGAAUGUUGGAAUCAGACUCUCCUCCCAGAUGUGUUCUGGUUCAGCACGGUUCUGCUAUGCUUCUGGCAAAUUAAAAACUGUUAAGACUGGAUGAUCUAAGUAUAAUUCUAGGCAAAAGUGUUGGUCCUAACCAUCCUUUACUGAAUUGACAUGAGUAAAGACAUUAUUCAAAUACAGGUAAUUAGAACAUUAAAAUUUUGAGGGGUUUAAGAUGGGUCUGAGAAUCUCAGACCUAUGCUGUUAUAGAAGGAUGGCUGGUAAAGUCAGGUGUAGUUUAGCAUACUCCACAGGUGUGUUCAUGUGCUAAUGCAGAGUUUUUAGGAGAUGAAAAUUAGGGAUGUACCGUAAAUUUGGCCACCAAAAAUCUUUGGCCGAGAAUGGCUCAAAAGUGCAAUUUCGGUUUUUGGCUGAAAGUCCUUUGUCACUGAGACAACACGGCCAAAACUGCAGCCAGCGUACGUUUGUCUGGAUAAGGGCCAAUGCCUGCUCUGUGGACGUAUUUCAAUGUAUCUAAGAACUACAGAUAGCAAUUUGCAUAGUAAUGCUAAAAUUUCAAGAGGGGGUGCAUUGGCUUCUUCACAUCAGGUUAAAUUUCGUCGUUGUUUUCUUCCGCUUCAUCCGGGUCCGGGUUGCGGGGGCAGCAGCUUCAGGAGGGAAGCCCAGACGGCCCUCACCCCAGCAACUUCCACCAGCUCCUCCGGGGGGAUUCACAGGUGCUACCAGGCCAGGCGAGAGAUAUAACCCCUCCACCUGGUCCUGGGCCAGCCACAAGGUCUUCUCCUGGUGGGACAUGUCUGGAACACCUCUAACGGGAGGCGUCCAGAAGGCAUCCUAACCAGAUGCCCGCGCCACCUCAGCUCACUCCUCUCGACGUGGAGGAGCAGUGGUUCUUCUCUGAGCGCCUCCUGAGUGUCCGAGCUCCUUACCCUAUCUCUAAGGCUGAGCCUGGCCACCCUGCGAAGGAAACCAAUUUCAGCCACUUUCAGCCGCGAUCUUGUCCUUUCGGUCAUUACCCAAAGUUCAUGGCCAUAGGUGAGAGUCGGCACGUAGAUCGACGGGUAAAUCAAGAGUCUCACUUUACAGCUCAGCUCUUUCUUCACCACGACUGAUCGGUUAAGCAUCCGCAUCACUGCGGACGCUGCUCCGAUCUGCCUGUCGAUCUCCCGCUCCAUCCUACCCUCACUUGUAAACAAGAUCCUGAGAUACUUGAACUCCUCCACUUGAGGCAGGACCGCCCCUCCAACCUGGAGAAAGCAAUCUACCUUUUUCGGACUGAGGACUAUGGCCUCGGACUUGGAGGUGCUGAUUCGCAUCCCAGCCGCUUCACACUUGGCCGCGAACCGCCCCAGCAAGAGCUGAAGGUCACUGCUCGACAAAGCUAGAAGUACCACAUCACUCGCAAAAAGCAGCGACGCAGUCCUCUGCCUGCUGAACUGGACACCCUCCACCCCCUGGCUGCACCUAGAAAUUUUGUCCAUAAAGGUUACAAACAGAACCGGUGACAAAGGGCAGCCCAGGCGGAGUCCAACUCUCACCUAGAUCUGAGGGUCAACUAUCAAUCAGUUAAAUUUAUCACCUGAAAUCCAAACAUCUUGAUUGCCGUACUGAAUAUGAGAAAAACGCGGCACAGAAAAGGAAAAUCCCUCCAAGCAUGCCCACUCCUUCCAUGGCAGUUGUUGCAGCCGAGUACACAAGCGGACGCUGGGGGAAGUUUAUUUUUUUUUAUGCUUUUAUUCAUAACUCUAACAGAAAUCAACAUUGCUCCUGCUCUCGGCUGCUUUAAAGUAAACACACUGACACUACUUCUUCUUGCUGCGUCUCUACUGCUGUUUGUAUGAGUUUAGUCUUUCACCUAUGAUUUUGUUUAAUUCUGAGUGUCCAAUAUGUCCGUGUAGAUUCUCAUUCAUCCAGGUCAUGGUUAUCUUGAAGACUUAGAACAGGCAACUGGACUGUGUAGAGUUGAGAAGACGUUUCGCCUCUUAUCCAAGAAGCUUCUUCAGUUCUAAAAUUGCUAGUGUGAGGAGCAGAUAUUUAUCUUACUGGAGAAAGGGGACAGACAACGACUGGGAGGAGUUGGAAAGAAUGGGUCGUAGAAACCCAUCUCUGGGUGUUCCCCCCUAAAGUCGUUAACCUGAAAGGGUUGUUAAUGACCCCUGUCAUGUGACCAUAUGACUCAUGCAAUCUGGGUAAUGUGGUCCCAGGUGUGAAUGUUUGUGGAGCUUCCUGGGGAAAGAGCUGAGAAUCUCAUUGUAAGUGCCAGAGAGAUUGUGCCUGAGUCCACCCCUUCUGUUCAGAGAAGGUUUCUCCAGUCUGGUAAAGAUGGCUUCUUUAACUCCUCUUUCAAACCAUCUGUCUUCUCUCACCAACACCUAAAUUGCUGUCCUCGAAAGAGUGACCCGUGUCCUUCAAGUGAAGGUGGACAGCUGAGUCCUGACCUGAGGAAGUGGCUCUCCUGUGUUGAGCCAUGCGCUUGUGAAGCGGUUGUUUAGUUUCCCCAAUGUACAGGUCUGAGCAUACACCACAUUACUCUGUUUAUGUCUCUGUGUUUUGUCCUUGGGACGGACUAGCCUCUGCCUUAGUGUGUUACCAGGCUUGAAAUGAACAGGAAUGUGGUGUUUGCCAAAGAUCCCCUUGAGUUUUUCCGACAGGCGAAAAGUGAUGUGACAUCGUAGGAAACCAUGGUUUCAUCUGGGUCGAGUCUGGUGUCCUUGAUUUUCUCAGGAAAGUCCUGUGAGUUUUUGACGUGGUGAGUGGUGUGGCCGACAAGAGGAGCUAGGAUGGUGGCCAAAUGUUUUGCCACUUUGUAGGUGACCGAGUUAAUGCUGCUGCUGAUGGGUCUAAGGGGGGCCCCUUCCUUGUGUAUUUUAGGUAAUCCAUAAAUGCACGGAACAGCGCCCCCCUUGGUAUAGCCGGUAAUAGAGUGGGCGGUCGAUAACUCCAUCCUUUUCCAGCUGUUGAAGUACGCUGAUAACUUUCUUUUUGUAGCUGUUGGUGGGAUCCCGUUUUAGAGUUUCAUAGGUGGCAGCGUCACUGAGAAGGCUUGUUACCUUGUCAUGGUAAUCCCUAGUGUUGAGUACAACAGUGCAUCUCCCCUUAUCUGCAGGCAGGAUGGUGAUGUUUUCAUCUUUUUGCAGUGAUGCCAAGGCUCUUCUUUCCUGCAUGGUCAGGUUGGAAAGAAGUGUUUUGGCAUUCGAAAGAGCAGCUGUUACCUUCAACCUAAGUUGCUCUGCCUCCGUGACCGCCAGAUUGUUGUUGCGGAUAGCUGACUCCAUGGCUGUGAUAAGGUCUACCACUGGGAUCUGUUCUGGGGUAACUGCAAAAUUUAGUCCUUUGUAAAGGACUUCCUUUUCCGGCUGAGUGAGAACCCUGUCUGACAAAUUCUUCACCCACUUUUCUUGCAUGUUAGUGUCUGUGUGGCCAUCAGUUUUGUCCCUCCAAACAAGUUCUGAUGGACUCUUUGAGUGAUGAGAGAUUAAACUGUCAAACUAACAUGACAUUUUCUUGCAUGCAUGCAAUGGGUGAAUGUGACGUGAUUUAAAAGAGCUCAGAGUAGUUAGAAACAGACAGUCUAUUUAAACUUCAACUGGUUUUCCUUAUUUUGCAUUGAACUGUUUGAACUGCCAAAAUACUUGCACUUGUGUAUUUACCAGACUUGGACUCCAUUCCCCUCAUUGACUUCAUAAUCUAUCUGUGACAAAUAAAUAUGUAAAUAUAAAUAGAACCUGGGAAAGUCACUUUCAUUGGUAUUAGUUAAUGUUUUUUUUUCCUCUGAGGCUUUCUGUUGACGUGUAUUUCCAUCAGCUGACUCUGUGAGUGGAAACUGAACAGCACUGGGGGGGGUUUGCUAAAAGAGGAUCGACUGUCUCUCUAUUUAUCUCCCCCCUUUGUCUUGCCCGUUAGUUCUGGUGUCUUAUUUAUAAAUAUUCUGCAAAAACAAAACCGGGCCUUAAACUGGCUUAUGCAACUUUCCAUGAUAGUCUGUGAUCUAUAAAAUCAAACCAGACAGGAAAAUGGGCACACUGGUAAGCAAACCCAUGACUACUGACCACAUUUUUAGGGGGGGGGAGUGUGUGUGUGUGUGUGUGUGUGAAUUCCAAUAGGCGAACAGAUCCAUGUCAGUAUAAGCAGUACCAACAGUUCAUUUCAUUUGUACAUAUCUGUCGUGAGCCAUUUUCAUACAAAAAGAAAGGCAUAUACUAAUCAGCCAUGACAUUAUGAUCAUCUACAUAAAUACUAUUGUGUAGGACCCUCUUCAACAGUCCUGACAAGACAAGACAUUGACUCCAUUAGACCCCCUAAAGGUGUCCUGUGGUACCUGGCACCAACACCGUAGGAGCAGAUCCUGUAAGUCCUGAAAACUGUAAGAUGGGGCCUUCAUGGAUGCAGCGCGUGGGCAUGGACCCUCUACUCAAACAGCUCUUACUUUAACUUCAGCAGCAGCAGCUCAGACCAAUGAGGGGUUAAGGUUGGAGAACCAGGGAGAUACUGCUCUAAUACAGAGCAAUAUCACUAAGUGUGCCGUUUUGGUUUUCUUAAAGGUUACUGGGCAACAGCUGCAUGAAUCAUGGAUGUCCUGACAAGUCUGCCUGCAAGGACUGCAUGCUACAACAACACUAUCAUGAUCACAUUAUUACUGUUACAAUAUUUUAAGACCCAUCUGCUGAAACAGAAACAAACCACAUACUCUAACCUCCAAAUCCCUUCAAGCACCCUGAUUUCAGCCCACUUUCUGUCUCUGUGGUCAUGGGUCAAUGAGCAGAACCUGUGAACUGCCAACUUAUUCAUAUGCAUUUUUAUUCAUAAGGUGAUUUGCAUGGAUUGUUUAUGGGAAUAUGGACAGAUGUGAUAUGGAUCGAUGUGAGCAAAAUCACAGGUGGACAGUGAUUUGUAAAAGAAAAAUUGUAUGCAUGAUGUACUCAUGGUUUUAUAAAUGCUUACUAUUUGUAGCAAUACAAAACCUAAAGAAAUAAUUCAGAGGGGCCAAAGGAUGCUGUCUCAAUCAAUAAUAAGGAAAACAAAAAGAGCAGUGUAAAGCAGACCUUAGACAUCUUAGACAAUAACUAGAGCUUUACCAAGGACUCCAACGGCCCAAACCAAAGAAUACAGAAGAAACAGCCCCCUGAAACUUCAUGACCUCUUACAUGUAUACGUGUGUCAGUGUUUGGUGCACAUGGGGUGAGUGUUGAGCUGCUGUAAAGACUAUUUAUAUAUGCAGACUUGAUGCAUAAGCCCAUGAAAGCACAUUUUUCUUAAGAAAUGGCAGUGAAGUGGCUGGAUUUGUGAAAAUUAGUGGGCGUGGCAAACUGAUUGUAAAGCCACGGCCACCAUCCACACCUACAAAUGUUUGAAGGCUCCAGUGGGUGCCUAUGUGCCCCAUUUGGUGACUCUACUAAUAAUGUUACCGCCAAAAAAAAAGAAAGGCUCCAGUGUGAUUGUUGAAUCUCGCAUCACUACAGUAACAGACUUUGGUUUACAGUCUCCUGUGAUGCAGUUCCUGCGGUAGGUUGAACAUCCUGAUGUUGCAAGAAGUACAACCUCUGCUGAGCCUUUUCCCUGAUACUCUGUGGAUGGUCCACUUCAGGUCUCUGGAGAUAGUGGAUACCAGGAAAAGUCCACAGUAGACACUGUGUUGUUAAGGAUUGUGAGGGGGGUGAGCACAGGAGGGCCCCUCGUGAAGUCCACUGUCAUCUCCACAGUCUUGAGGGAGUUCAGCUCCAGAUGGUUCUGACUGCAUCAGAGGACCAGUUGAUCCAACUUCUGUCUGUAUGCAGACUCAUCACCAUCUCGGAUGAGACUGAUGACUGUGGUGUCGUCUCCAAACUUCAGGAGUCUGACAGAUGGGUCCCCUGGGGUGCAGUUGAUGGUCCACAGAGCACAGGGUUGACACCAGGCCUCACCUCAAGUGUAAUAAAAAUCACAUUCCAGAUACAAAAACCUGCACAUUUGGCAGCGAUGUUGUGUCCAGAUGCUACCAAAUCAAUGAUGUUGCAAUGAAGGUACAGAGAGAAAACCGUUGUCCAAAGCUUGUCACAGAGGGCAGCAUGUGCCAAAGCUGAGAAUAUAUGGCAACAAAGUGCAGAUUUUUCAUUUAUAAGGCCUUUCUAUCUGCAGGUCAUAGUAGACUGAUCAGAGGUUUCAGAUUUUCCCCCCAGGCUUUUGCUCGGAAAACAUUAAAACCUUUAGUUUAAUUAAAAACUUAUUCCACCAAAUGAUAAAACACACCAGUGUUUUUUUGGUUUUGAAAAUUAUCUUCCAUCUAUGACUGUAAACAGGAGGAUUUCAAAACCCUUAUUUGCAGAAAUGUCAGUGACUGAGGAUUGAAGUAUGUGAAUCUCUGCUCAUGGAUGAUGUCAGUGCAGCUGAAUCACAAUGAAACGGUUGGUUUUAAACUGUGAACUGAACUUUGAGCUGACUCACUGUAACUGUAAACCCUCAUAACACAGCAGGAAUCUGUGUCCAAGGGCAGACAAAGACAGCCUCUACCAAAACAACUCAAGUGUUUCACUUUAACAGUUUCUCUCACAGUCAUACUAUCAGGUCUGACUGUCACACAAGUAACAAAGGUAACACCCUGAUGUGUGCCACAUACACACUCACACAAAUAUACUACACUGUCCCUCCAUCCCUCCUUUUACAGGACGUCUUAAACAUAUCCCAGCAUGUACUGACUGGAGAGUAAGCUCUUAAUAAUGGCAUUUUAAACACAUUGAAACUCACAUGACACUUCUUUGUGUGUGCGAACGUGUGUGUUUGCGUGUGUGGGUGUGUGUUUUAGUUGUGCAAGUGUGGACAGGUCAGUGAAUUGGGGAUUAGACUUGUGCAAUGACAACAAUGCAGUGGAAGGUAUUCAUGCCUGGACUGUAUCUUAGUACUGAGGAGACAGCUGUGUGUGUGUGUGUGUGUGUGUGUGUGUGUGUGUGUGUGUGUGUGUGUGUGUGUGUGUGUGUGUGUGUGUGUGGUAGGAGUGGUGCAUACUGACUAGUUAAAGAGCAGAGUUACAGUAGACAAAUGAUCAGUUUGGGGAGGAAACACUAAAGAACACCUGGACGUUGGUUUUACAUAUGAAGAGCAGCAGGUGUUUUUGGUGAACCCAUGAAUGCUGCAGCAUAUUUCUCCCACAUUACUGUAUUACUGUAGCUUAAUAACAAACGAGUGUGCAGAGAGAUGUGGCAAAGACAACUAGUGGUGGGCAAUCUUUGACUGUGGCAAACUUUACAGUACCACUAAAUAUAAAAAAACAAAAAAACAUAUUGAUCCUUUUAAGCUUUUGGUAUCGAAAAGUAUUCAACAAAUACUGACAUGCUUAAGGUCCUUACACACCGGGGUCGACACGAAUGUAGAACACAAAAUUACCAAAUAUUCAGAGGCGAAUUUUGACCAGCCUGAAUAUACAUAUCAAGCCUGAUGCGAUUUUGCGAAAAAAGAUGCGUCCCGGGUGGAAGUGAGAAGACUGACACAACACCAGACUGAGUGUUUUCAGUUCUGAUUAGACACUAGUGUUGAGAGGGCUGUCUGUAGCAUGUAGCAUACUAUUCUGCUGGACUAAAGAUAGCAUGUACUGAGUCAGGGCCAGUACCAGAUAAGCACAUUAAACUAUAAUCCAUAAACGUAAAGAAACAACCGAGACCUAAUGGUGCUGUGACAGCAACGCAAUUGAGUUUGAGACAGUGAAAAUACUUAUGGUAUGUUGUAUCUGAACAGGUUAGCUUACAAGCUAACCUUAGUUAGCACAGAUAAAAGUUAAAACAUAGACGUUUAGCAAACUGCUAAAGCACACACACUAUUGUCAUAUGAGAAAUCUGACGCUAUGACUCUCCACAAGUUGUCCUUCAGGUUGUUAUCUUUGUAAUGUUUGUGUCUUUUAUCAAAAAGCACUCUGUUCUCCAACAUGUAAACGAUCAGCCGGUCGGCCAUGUUGGAUAUACCGGUGAAUCUGACGUCACAAAAACACGCAAUCUGAUUGGUCAGUAGUGGACACACAGUAUGCAAAACUUUAGAAAAAUCGACCAUGAUCCGAAAAAAUAAAUGCCGCAAUAUUGCAGGACGGGAAAACGACGCUGAUGUGAACGCUUUAUUGACAGGAUACGGGUUCGAAAAAAAAUAUUAACGUCAGAAAUAAUCGCACAACAAAAACGGUCACUGUGUGAAAGGACCUUUAGUGUGAGAAAUAUCUCAUAUAUAUCAGCUGAUCUGUGGGUUCGUUGUGCAGUUUUUAAGACACAUUUUUGAAAACUCAUUCCUCCAAACUGCGAACACAGAGUACAGCUUUCAAGCGAUGUCCUCCAGACCUCUCAUCCUGUGCUCGACAUCAGUCACUGUUUCCCAUCACAAAAGUAAGAAACACUACUGAGGCUCUUAAUCACAGAACAGACAACACAGCAGUCAGGGAUUCCUCUUCAAGGAGCCAAUCAUAAGUAAGACAGUGAGGUUCAUCAUAGUAAGUGAAACUCUUAAAAUGCAGUUUUUUGUCCAAAAAGUCCAAAGAACAAAAACUUCUGAACUCUUGUAAAGGUGUGUAGGUGUGUCCACUGUUCUGCUUCACUGUGGCAAUCAGACUUGGAUCAGGGUGAUCCAUCCUCAUAGCUGUUUGUCAGUCUGAAAGCGGCAGACUCUGUGUCUCUCUGUGAAAAGAUGUUUAAAGCAGGGUCUCACUCUUUUCUUGGUCUUGGUCCUCUGGCUCUGGUUCCUUUGCUCCCCCUCUUAAUGGUCUGCCACAUCUCACACACUCUAAUCGGCUAAGCAGUUGAAAAAUUGUAGAUUACAACAUACUCAUUGUAUUGCAAAAUGUUUAAAACCACAAUAAUAUCUAAUUGUGGUGCCACUUGUGAUUCCCACCCCUCAUUAGUAUGUAGAUUUCUGACAAAAGAGUGAUCCCCUCAGUUAGUGAGCUCAGGCCACCAUGUUUGGGAUCAAGUGUCUCAGCAAUGGUGAAAAUAAUCAAUAGAUGCCCAGAGCCAGAGGAGUCAAUGAGAUCUUCCACCUCAGUCGUUUAUAAAAUGACAUAUUAGCCAAAAAACUUGUUUAUACGCAGCUCAAAAAAAUCCCUUUAUUGUCCUAAUCCAACAAAAACUGGACUUUUAAAAUGCAUGUUAACACAUUAGUCAAAAUUAAAUCGCACUAAAUCGAAUGUCGGACUGACAUAUCUUUCUGAAUCCUAACUAUUCUCACUCCGGGCUCUGAGCUGGAAGUUAACUGCUGUUUUCCUUGUUAUCUGGUGUUUUUAGUCGUUCUUGUUAUAGUUCCUGUUAUUCUGUACAUCCAUGUAUUCUUGACUGCACACAUACACUGUGAAAAUACAAAAAUGAUUAUAGAUUUUUUAAGAGUACUUUGAAUACUUUAGUACCUUUAAAGCAAAUACUCCAGUACUUCAACUUGACAGCCCAACAGCAUUUAGGUCCUGCUGUUUGCAGAGGCCUAAACGUGACGCAUGGAGUUUGGGUGAAAAUCAACAAUCAUGUUCAUCACUGUGCCUGUGUCACUGUGUAGGCCCUGAAUAAAAGACAAUCACACGUUUUUCAUGCAAAUAGUCCGAGCUAGGAAAAACCUGUCCUGUUCUCAGACCCAAUAUGUUUAUUUGACUUUGUAAACUCUGCAGCUAGUCUGUGGAAAUUAAAGACAUAUUCCCUGAAAUAUGCAUGACAUAAUGACGUGGGUCUUUUGCAGCCUUUGCCCGUGGAAAAGUAAACUGGUUUUCAGAGAGUUCAAAGUUUGAGAAAGCUUUGAACCAGCCCCAGCUGUGGUGGUGCUGGUUCAAAGUAUGUAUGUUUGAGUCAGUAUGUGACUCAAAUGUUACACAUUUAGGGCCUGAUCUGCUAAGAUCCCAAAUAAGGGAUGCUAAAUUGUGUGUGCAGUUGAUAACAGGUGCAAAAGUGGUGUGGCCUGCCUUCUUCAAACAAGGAUUUUUCAGUUUGCACAUGCCAAUCAAAUGUGCUAAAUAUAGACACAAAACAGCGACUGCAAUCGUUUGCCAGGUUUCACAUUGCAGGUACUAAAUGAUUCCCUUUGCAUAUCCUCCUCCCAGUAUUUUGCGCGUUCUGAUGAUCUACAUAAUUCCUGGCCACACAGCCGAUAGCUGAGGAGAUGCUGAAGCUGCGGGCGCAAUUAGCUGAGGCAGACACCUGCCAGAGAGGUGGUCUAGAAUGAGGUUGACAUACAUAGAUGCCGACGGAUCCCCAUUUGAUUUGGCUAUUGGAUAUUUUGUUUUUAUGUACCCAAAGAACUAUAAAGAAUAAAUGAACUGUUGCCUGACUCCGGGAACGAGCAUGAGCUGGAAGGGGGCUGAGCUCAGGGGCCGGAGGAGAGAGGCUAAAGGCAGGUAGUGUCCACUCCUGCUGUUGUUGUUGGCCAGCCUGUGUUACAACCAGACUGUGGUUAUGGCACAGACAGCAGACGCAUGGAGGCUCUACUCUUCCCAGGGUUGUGUUGCUGUGACAUUGGAAAGUCACUGAUACGAUGGGAUAACCUGCUCAAUGAUAAAGCCAAAGUCACUCCAAGGUUAUUACACCUAGUUAUGUCCUUGUCAGUUUAUGCACUCUACCAAGUAGCAGAGGGAUGAAGAAGUCUGGAGUCGCACACUGAGUGGUGCAGGUCUUUGUAGAGCAUCACAGGCAUCGCUCAUACAGACAGAAAAGGAGGUGGGGGGUUCAAGGCUAGUGCGUCUAUUACACUGUGUGGGACUGAGAAAUUUUCUUACAAAUACACACAGAGAGAGUGUAGUACAGCGCAGUGAGGCAUAUGCUAAGGAAAUGUUGAUGUGAUGAAAAGUCUAAAAAUUAUGUUUUUCUCUCUGGUUGAAGGUUUGCUGUCAUGUGAAGAUAACCUGCUUCUUUUGCAUCUAAACAACUGCGAUGAAUGUAUAUUUACAUGUUUGUGUGUCUUUGGUACUACUGACUGAACUGACAAUAUCUGUCAUUACACGUGUUUCCUCAUAUUCCUCUGCAUAGUCCUGAAAAUAAUGACACAUUUGCUUUUGCAGUUAUGUCAGAGAAAUUCAUUAAGCACUACUAAAAAGCAGAGAAAAUCAGACGUCCUUCUUAUAAUCCUCAACAAAUCUUCCCUCCUGCUGCUGCUCUGAAUCUGUUUUUUUUUUUUUCAGUUUCUUAAUCCUUGACCAACAAAAGAUGAACAUUAGAGUAAAGAGUAUGUGUAAGUGUCUCUGUGUGUGCUGUUUGCGCUGUAAAGCCUGACAGAGCAUUCAAGUUUUCUGCAGUAUCCUGACGGUACCGUGCUGCAGACGACUGGUUCAGGUCCAAAGAAAACGUUCUCCAGCUUUCUAAACUAGAGGGAUUCUCAUCACUGGAACCUCCGCUUUUGCCGAGCUGCUCUUCUACACACAGCUCAGAGUUUCUUGGCCUUUAUGCCACUCUGCAUGUCAGAGAGGUGAAAGCUCCCCAUUCAUUCACUGACUCCCUGGUUUGCAAACUUCUCUUUUUUAAUGGUGUCUUGAAGCGGGCUUCCCUGGAGCAGAGGUCCAACAGUGCACAUAGUAUUUGUUGACUUCCACAGUGGGAAAAUGAGGCUGUGAUGUAAUAACUGAAGGACAGCCCUGCAAUAGUGUGUGCUUUACGCUGCUCAACGGGGCUGCAGUGUAAACACAAAACAAGCAGUGGAAAAAAAGGCAACAGUUUAUCAUUUCUUUAAUGCAGAACAAAGAAAAAGAGCCAAAGGUGUGGAGAGUCUGAACUCUGACUUUAACAGGGUUUUCUUACCACCUUUCUCCCCCGCUGGACUAUUUUCCCAAACUUCUUAGCCGUGUUAAAACUUCACGACUAUCAGUCACACCAACCACAAACAGGAUCAUAUGCGCAUGUAAAGUCAAUGUAAAGAUGCAAUUAAACAUGAGUUAUUGUUGGGUGACAUGGGUAAUGUGUGAAUUUAUGUUGUGUUCGAUGUGCAACUCGCCUUAUUUGCUUACAUGACUAUUAAGCAGCAGCUGUGCAGUGAAAACAACACAAGUUGGUGUCAUUGGUGUGUAGUCUCCUUGAUUUGAACUUUUUGCACAAGUGCCUCAUUCACGUCACAAACUCACGCCUGAACAUAUCUUUGCGUUGGCCUCACGUGUGAUUUUUACUCAUGGGAAUAAAUGCAGCAUAAAUGAUUUUAUUCACGUUUGCUCUGAACGCCUCAUCACACAGUGGGAAACAUGACCCCUGUACGUAUUACAGCAUCAACUUUUAAAUCAAAAUGAGUGAAAAAUGACACAAAAAUAAUCAAGUUUAUCACUUUGAACAUUAAAUGGAGUUUGUAACUUGAAGAUGUUGGAGGGUUUGUCAGCCUUUUCUUUUAACAGCAUUCUGAAACGACAUAAAAAACGUUUAGACUACAUUUAAGUUAUCAUCUUUGCUUCCUGCUUCAUCUGAAAUAAUUUAUCAGGAGAUAUAAGUUUGUAAGUCACACUUCUUCACCAGCCUGUAAGGAGAAGUGUGUUGACUGUGUGCAGGCUGCAGGAGGAGAAGAGGCAGCCAGUUAGUAAAAGAAAUGUUGAUUUAGGCCGCCGCCAGGAGUUAUUUCCUCUCUUCCCUUCAGUCCCUGCCUCCAGUCUUUGCACCUCCACACACCCUCUCUGUGCAGCUGGGUUGCAUCUGUUCCUGGCAGCGAGAAGACUAUGUUUAAGUAAAACACUUCCGUGCUCCUCCACCUGCAGUCUACUUGGAUUUUUCCUAGUACACAGAUGAAACUUUGGGAGCUUUGAGGUCUUUUUAACACGUUUUAUAGUUUGUGGAUUUAGUUCAUCUUCCUCUCUAACACCUAUUUGUGUAUUUUGAAAAGUUAUAUAUUGUACAGACUGUGGGUUGUGUAAUCAGACAUAACAAAAUCACUGAGAGUCUAGGGUUAAACUUUAUACGACAGCUUGAAUGUGCGUGCACAGCUGAUUUAAUAAAUAUGACAGGAUUUAACCAAAGACUGUACUGUGGACAACCUGGCUCUGCCUUCCAUCAUCAUACGAAUUUGAAGCCGAAUUACUCUUGGUAUUCCCUGGAUUUUCUCUACUCCCUGGAAUCACCACUUGCACAGCAGCAUUGUAGGCAUUCAGCAGGAGAGUCGCUGUGAUGACACUUGGCUCAAACAGCAUAUCCCCCAAGUGAGCUAAGCUUCACAGAAAAAAGAGGACUUGAGCACAAACCAGUCUUAAAAUAACUACAUGUCAACAUAGUAAGCAGGGGGGAGGAAAAUUUAUAUUCUGUGUAAUAAAUUUCUAAAGUUUGUCCACAGCUCCAUAGGGAUUGCUGGAGGAGGCAGGAUUUAUGGCCUAUACUGCAGCCCGUCACCAGAGGGUGCUGUUCUCGGGGUGGCUUCACCCAGCGAGGAGGCAGACUGCGUCCGUUCUAUAUACAGUCAAUGGAUGUAACUCUAAGUGUAGCAUUUCUCUACCCUCAAGACUUGAUAGUAGACUCGCUAAGCUUAAACAUUUUUAAUUUUGGGGUUUUGAAAAAUGCAAAAUCGAGUCUUUAAUGGAACAUGUUACUGAUCCCCAUCUCUUCAUGCAGUCACCAGUUCCUUGUUCAGGAUCAGUCUAUGAUAAAUUUCUACCUGUGAGUUCUCCUCACUCAUUUAUAGAGAAACUGAUCGUUGUGCAAGUAACGUCUAUACCUGUCACAUAACAGUAAACAUUCACUACUGCUCAUGUCACAGAUUUCUGAAAGUGCCUGAAUAAGCAAUUAUGUCCUGCUUGUUCUGCAUGGACAGCUGAAUUAACAGGAUCACAGAGCAUUUCUCAAAACGCUGCUUCUUUCCUAAAUUCACUCGUUCAGUUGUAAACUCUGAAGCACAUCCCUCAUGUCAGUUUGGUGUUCAUGGUAAUCUCACCGGAUAAUCCGGGGCCUUUUUUUCUGAGCUUCUCCUGGAUCUGGUCUAAGAUUGUGUUUACUUCCUAUGGAGAAGUGAGGAGAUGAAAGCUGCUUAGUCCAUCACCUGAAAAAAUGACGGAUGUAGUUUUCAAUAACCUAGACCCAAGGCUGGGAUCUUGUUCUAGCUCCUGCGUUUCUUUUCCUCUCCUUUGGCGUGUUGUGGAAAAAUAUUAUGUGGUGAAUUUUCCCUCUUCAUCUGCAAUUGACUUCAUUUUUGUUUUGUCCUGAUAGUUUAAGAUCUGUACCUGGAGAGCUUGAGGAGGCACAUUCUGGUUUUCCAGAUGGGACUCUGUGUGCUUGUUCAAUUAUACUUAGUGAUGGAGACAAACGAGCGCCCAGCACUGAGGGUCUCCAUUUUUCCUGGAAAGCUCACACAUCUCUUCUUUCAGCAUUGACAGGUAGGCCUGUAAGGCUGCAUCCAAACUGCUGCUGUGGUUUUCCUCCGUUCUCUGUUCAGCUUCCAACCGGCUGACACAGCUGUCAUGUUGUUUAAUUACAGAGAUGUUGUUCUCCACCAUUCCAGGACACUCCUCAGCCUCCAUCAGCUGACUGCUGUUUUUUUAGCUGUAUUUUAGUGUCGAACUCAAACAAGUGAUUUCUUUGAUACGGCUGUUAAUCCCACCAGCAGGUAUGUGUUCCUGGGUAGUUUUCCACUACAUUCUUAAGGGCUAAAGCCUUUUGGGAGCUGAGGAAUUGUUGAUCAGCAGUUCAGUAUUGUUUUCUAUUUUUUUUCUGUCCCGAGAUAAGAUGAGAUAAAUCUUUGUUCAUCCCACGGUGGGGAAAUCUGCCAUGUUAACAGCAGAGGAUCAGCACAGCAAACGAAGAAGAAUUAGGUGUCAUGUGCCAGAGUAAAAACAAAAGGGAAAGGACCCAAAAUGAAAUAAAAAAAAAAAAAAACGAUUUAUUAAGAAGGAACUAAAUCAAAACCAACAAAAAAUAAUUUCCAAAAUCCACGAGGAGACAAAGAAUUCACACAUAAAAAAGACAUGCACACACAUCAACAAACAAUGAACCACCAAAGACAAAGGGGAAGACAGGGGGCUCUAUUUUCGUGCCCACUGGUGGCGCGGAGGAUGGUGGCGGACCCAGCGCAUUGAGAUUUUCGUCUGGCGCACAGCCAGUUGGGUAUUUUCGUAGACUGAGACGCACCGAGGUCCGCCAAGGGCGGUGGUGGUGCAGCAGGGGGGAGGUGUCCGGGAGAAUCAGCGGGUGCAGUGACAUUUUUGUGCCUGCCGGCGGCAUAGAAAGUGCGCUGAAAGCUUGCUGAUUUAAACCUGGUCAGCUUUCAGUGCAGGCGAAGCACAGCUGGUCUAGUGGUAUUUUGCAUACGUCACCAAUGCCUCACUGGCAGGUUUUCAGUGUCAGGCACAUUUCAGUGCAAUGAGAAAUCAACAACAGCCAACAUUCAGUGCAACUAUCUGAGUCAGCACAUACAUUUAGAUCUAUAUAGAUAUAUUCUGAUCUAUAUCUUAUCUGAUGAGCAUAUUUGGCACGCAUUUAGACACUCAACCUGACUGAAUAAACACAGCUGAAACCGCAUUAAAUUAAAUUAAAUAUCUAGUAAUUAAACACACAUGAUGUCGGAACAAAAUAUUUAUUUUGUCUCCCUCCUUUUCCUUCUUCCUCUUCCUCUUAUUUCUAGUGCAGCUCGACCUGGAUAUGUGUCCGUGUCCUCUCUUCGUCCUGCUGCAGCGGCUGAACAGAUGAUUUGUUUCAGUGCUCAGAUGAGUUAUUUACUUUAAGCCUACAUACGAAUAUUAUAAUAUUCAGUUUUGUGAGGCAAAUUUAUUUUAUUUGCCAACAUCUAUGAAAGAAAGAGCCAGGCCACGGAGCGCGACGCGUCAUUUACGCACAGAUGGUUCCGAUUUUAAUGCCAUUUUUGGAGUUAAUGUUGUGAUCUGUGCGCUCAACCCACCUUUGUCACAUGAGGUUUGAAUAUAUGCAACUUUAUGUGAGUGUCUUUAUUUGUGGAAAAGGGUGUUUGUCUUAAAAGUGGGUCCAACUUUACGCACACCACAUCCAUCUGUGCUUAUAUGAGAGAGUGUGCAGGACACCCUUUACAGUGACACUUGUUGAGGAGCUGCCUUCUGUCGCCAUUAUGUGGCAUUAUUGUCUUCAGACAUCUCUUGAUCUCUUUGACUACUUUUCGGAAAUUGUAAAACACCUCGCCGGUGGCGGAUUUAAAGGUGAGGAGAGGAGCUGAUGUGAUUGGUGAAAACAGGUCUUGGCUGUGUUAAACCCACUCCAUGCUCUCUCUCCUCCCCCUCUACGACUUUCGCCACUGGGAGGAGCUGAGUUAGCGAGGGGGGAUACUUAUGCCAGGCUGCGCCACUCACCAAAUACCAAAGUGUGCUUGGGCACGCCUUAUCAGCAUGGCGGACCUGACUUACCUGAGGCAUGAAAAUAGAGCCCUCUGACUGCAGCAGGAAGAAAGGACAUGUGUAUCUCUCUGACACACACUUCAGGUGAGCCUGUCACUGAAAGAGCAGCCCAAUGCUGCAAAAGUGAAUUUGUUAUAAAACUCAGAUAAAACUUGGUAAACUGUGAUCCCUGUAAAAGUUAAUAUCAGGGCAGAGUGCUGUCCAACCUGCAUCUGUUCAACACUGCACCACAACCAGGAAUCCACAACACAUGCCCUGCAGACAUAAGGAAGCUGUCUGAGUCUCUGCUGGCCUUGGAUACUAAAGCCUGACCUGGAGGGUCAGUGCAGGAGAAACAACAUCGUAGUGGUUAACAUUCCCAAAUCACCACAUGAGAAAAGGAAUGACUAAUGAAAAACAAAUGAUGUAAGAAAAUUCGAGCAGUGGAAAUCAUCACACAAGACGGAGGUUUGAUGUUGACUGGAAAAUCCAAGAUUUAGAGAGCUAGGUCAUGUAAAGGACAAAUUUUAUGUGAUUAAUAGAAAAUGAAUCCACACAGCAGAGAAAUAACUGAAUAAAUGAAGUAAGGGUUACGCUGAAGUACAAGAACUCCUAUUUCAGGGUGCCCCCUUUACUUGAAUAAACACCAAAACCUAUCAUGGUGGUAUGAGCUGGUUUGUUCUUGUUAUAUAAUUUAUGACCAAAUAGAAAAGAUGACCUUCUCUCCACUUCGCUCAGCCUCAGGAACACCACACUUCCUGAACACAAGCUAACAUCUCUGCCUUGUCAACACGUCCUUAUUCUGUGACUUUGCAGAAAUUAGCAGCUGUUCUUGUUCUAAACCAUUUUACUAAGGACCCUUGCUCAGCUGCAGGACAAGAGAGUUGGCCCCCAGCUCCACUAUGUGGCCAUCUCCCUAAUUUCGUCUUGUGCAAAUCCAGUAAAUGCCUCUGAUACCAAUUUGCACAAGUUCUUGAGGAUUUAAAAAAGCACAAAUGGUGCUAAAUACACCGUUUUGGGGAUUUAGCCUGAACUGAAAGGCAUGGUUGACGAUGCCAACCCCCCACACACAGACCUCCCCUCCCCCUCUGUGCUCCACGAUAACUCCCCCCCCGAACCUGUAUCGCCCUCCCCAUGACACAACCCCUCUGGCAGAGCAAGAAGCUGGCGGGCAGAAGAUCCUAUUCUAGCUUCAAAUAGGAUUCACUAUGUUGGAUUGCUAGUUACUAGCGGCAGUAAACACCAGCUCUGCUAGCGAGCACCAUCUGCAGCUGCUUGGACAGCUAGCAUGUUGACAUUGCUGAGAUUAAUAAGACUUAUUUAUGUAACAUGUGCCACAAUAAAAGGCAAAAAUUACCUGUUCAGCAACAACUCUGCUGUCUCGGUGUCUGUUUUCAGGCCCAAAUCCUGGCAGGGCUUUCUGCACCGCUCGAAGGAUGACCUGAUGUUCAUUUGAGUUAGAUUCCUCGCUUGGUCGCGUUUCCUCACUGACUCUGCCCUUUCUUCUGUUGGCUUGCGUUUUCUUCCCACUUUUGGCGGUGGGGCAAGCAGAAGUGUUUUUUGCGUCCUUCUCCAUCACAGUUUCUGUAGCUAAGCUGCUAUACUACUUUUGGCCGCUCUGGGCUCCAAAGAGGGCCAGGAGAGUGGGAGGGGAUGAGUCGGAACUACGGGAGAGGGGUGUGUUGAAUACAGCAGGGUGAAUGGUUGGAGCUGUCCGGGACAGAUGGCUCCCAUUGGUCAAUGUUUUUGCAGCCCUGCACCUGCUAAGGUGAAGAUUUUUUCCAUUCUAAUCUUCAUUCUUUUUUUCUCUUCACUUAGUGGAGAUCGCACUAUAGGACCAUGAUCGCCAUACAAACGAGGUUCGUAAUAGUUACCAAUCUCUCCAAUCAUCAACCAUGCCUUUAAGAUGUUCGAACAGAGCUCUGUCUGCUGUAGCAUUUUAUUUGUCUUAGCUUCUGUAAAGUGUGAAGUUUUCAGUGGGAGGACAUAAUCCUGUAGUUAUACUACAUUUAUUUUGUCUAUAAAGAUAGUUACACUAGUGUCAGAAGAGUUUUCUCCAUUAUUACUCCAAGUUUAGGAGGGUACCCCAUGUUGUUUUAACAACAUACUGCUGCUGAGAUUAAACUCUGUACAGCGAGAAAGCAUUUUAUGCCCAUCUCCCAUUGGCUGAUGAGGCCUUAAAAAAAGGUUAAGUGUUUGAGUUUACGACUGAGACGAAGAUAAAGAAAGGUUUAGGGCCAGGGUCACUGACACCUGCUGAGGUUUGAUUCUUAUGAAAUUAAACAGCAUGGAGUACUGAGAGAAGCUCUCUGCCAGUUGUAACAUGAAUGCGGUUCGUAUUCAUGGUAAUCACAUCCCGUCAGCUGGAUUUCUGACUCCCGCCGUCAGAGGAACGCAGAUAAAGGCGAAUCAAAAUCUUCAGCCCUGCUGUGUUAUUCUCAGGCUGUAAAAUCAUUUCACUCGAGACAGAGAUAAAAACAUUUGUUCAGACACAAAUAUUUUGGGAAAAGUGUGUGUGUGUGUGUGUGUGUGUGUGUGUGUGUGUGUGUGUGUGUGUGUGUGUGUGUGUGUGUGUGUGUGUGUGUGUGAGUGUGUGUGUUGUCAGCAGAUUUUCUUCCCUUCCAUCUGGUCAUUGUUUUGCUAGACCUCUAAAAGACCUGCUGCUAACACAAACUGCUAACGGAGCUCCACCCAGCACUGCUUCUUUGAACCCACAGGUCUAUUAUUACAGUCUAUUCAUGGACUUAGGUCUUGUUUCCUUAUAGGAUUAAUUGUAAGUUUCUCUUACAGUGGCAGUCAUGAAGAUCUGUUUUUAGAUAUAUUCACCACCCUCAGCUAACUUGCAUAUGUGCAUGUCAGCGUAUGAGCUUGAUCCUCAGUGUCUGUCAGGGAGUUUUCCAAACUUCCCGCCGUCACUGGAUGUGCUACUUAGUUCUGAGAUUUUACAGCUGAGCUCACAGAGUCCAAGAACCAGCAGGACCUUCAAGGUCUCCAGCAAAACAGAUCUAAAUCAAUAGUCACUGCUCAGACGACUCCUGAUUCUCAGCAGAUUUCAAAACCUUAUUUUACCCAGAUCAUAACUCACGGUUUACAACCAAGGGCUCACAAACUCUUUUGCGAGGACCUCCACUGACACGUACACAGGCAUCCUUAAACACACCACAUGACUACACAUUGUAGUUUGCAAAACUACAGGAACACAACUUCAGUUUGUUACACAGAACUGAAAAAAAAACAAGUAUUUGGAAGUGAAAUAGCUACCUUUCCAACAUUUUAAUGUACAAAGGUAAAUAUAAUAAGAGAAGUUCGCAAAACUGACUGAAAAUUUACAGGCUGUCUGGAAAAAAUCUUUGACUUGCACUUUUAGUCCUGUUUUGAUUUUGACAGCUGAUGUGGGUUUGCUCUCUGCAAGUCAGUGUGAGAUCUGCCAAAAAACCUAUCCCACACAAGUAGGGCUUGGCAAAAUCAAGGAGUGUUGCUAGGUCUCUCCUGCCCAUCUGUGGGUCUUCUUUUCCAUUCCAGCCCAAAAAGCUGCCAGUGUCGUAAACUGCAGCCUCAUUGUUGAAUCAGAGGUGACAUGGAUGAACUAUUCCCCCCCUGCUGGUGAUGUGAUGAGGGUCUCAAACACCAGGUACAAAACCUUUCCACAUAACAGCCAUGGGGACUCUCUGUGGAGUAUUACAGAUCCCAUCUCCUGCCACAGGGUCCUAUUUUACUGUAAUGUAAUGUCUGUCAUUACAUUGUUCAGUUCAGGGCUUAACUGUUUAGAAGUGAGCACCUUUUGCUGUAUCACGCUGUGAGUCCAUGCACAUGCCCACAUAGACAGCUUCUUUCGAGUGUCAGUGAUGCUGAACAGUUAAUCUGCAGUGUCUCUGUUGGUGACACAGAACAGCAGAUCCUCCCUAAAUCCUCAGCAUCUAUGAAUCCUACAUCUGUUAUCAACAAAGAGUCUUUGCUGCUGCCUCAUCCACCUGCAGGAAAAAAACAAAAAUGGUUGUCACGUAUCUCCUCCAUGUCUUAUGUCAUCAAUGCUCCUCCUUGUGAUAGUGUUGUUUGAUAGAGGUUUGCUGGCUGAGGCUUCACUAUUAUAGUUGAAACCAUAUUGAUAGCAGACAGCAGUAUGAAUUCCUCAGCAAUCGUGUGUCUGUGUGCUGCUCUAUAAGAGAUAAAGUAUAUUCAUUUAGCCCUGCCCACCCCCAUAACGCCUUUAUCCCUGGAUUGUUGGACACAAGUGUGUUAUGUUAAAAAGGAAACCUAAUCGGCAUGAACUCAGCUUUCAGGAGGUCAUUCGUGCUCUUAGUGGAUAUGUGUCUGUGUUUCACUGAUGUUGAACAUAGAGCUUCACUUUAACUGCCUCCAUUGUUAGAUAUGGAGUCAAAUGACUGCCUCUGUGAGCAUUUACAUCAUAGACUGUAUAUACUAUGGACAACUUGGGUCCGCCUUCCACUAAUGUACGAAUUUGAAGACAAAAUUAUUCUCGAUACCUCUAGCAUUUUCUUCAUUUCCUGGAACCACUACUUGUGCAAUAGCAUUGUACGCAUUUGGCAGGAGAAUCACAGAGUUGCCUAGAGUCGCUGUGAUGAUGCUUGGUUCAAACAGCGUAUCCUCCCGGAUGAGCUACGCAAUCUUCAUACGCCCAUAGGCUGUAUCAAGUGUCAAUCAUAGAAAAUAUUAACCCCCUAAUAACUUUUAAAAAUGGAGCCGUACAGAAAAAAAGAGGACUUGAGCACAAACCAGUCUUACUGUAACUACACAUCAACAUCACAACCAAGGGGAAAAAACAUUUACAUUCUGUGUAAUAAGUUUCUAAAGUUUGUCCACAGCUCCAUAGGGAGGACGUGGGAUUUAUGACCUAUACUGCAGCCCAUCACUAGAGGGUGCUGUUCUCAUGGUAACCUCAUCUAGCGACGAGGCAGACAGCGGCCAUUCUACACUCACCGGCCACUUUAUUAGGUACACCAUGCUAGUAACGGGUUGGACCCCCUUUUGCCUUCAGAACUGCCUCAAUUCUUCGUGGCAUAGAUUCAACAAGGUGCUGGAAGCAUUCCUCAGAGAGCUUGGUCCAUAUUGACAUGAUGGCAUCACACAGUUGCCGCAGAUUUGUCGGCUGCACAUCCAUGAUGCGAAUCUCCCGUUCCACCACAUCCCAAAGAUGCUCUAUUGGAUUGAGAUCUGGUGACUGUGGAGGCCAUUUGAGUACAGUGAACUCAUUGUCAUGUUCAAGAAACCAGUCUGAGAUGAUUCCAGCUUUAUGACAUGGCGCAUUAUCCUGCUGAAAGUAGCCAUCAGAAGUUGGGUACAUUGUGGUCAUAAAGGGAUGGACAUGGUCAGCAACAAUACUCAGGUAGGCUGUGGCGUUGCAACGAUGCUCAAUUGGUACCAAGGGGCCCAAAGAGUGCCAAGAAAAUAUUCCCCACACCAUGACACCACCACCACCAGCCUGAACCGUUGAUACAAGGCAGGAUGGAUCCAUGCUUUCAUGUUGUUGCCGCCAAAUUCUGACCCUACCAUCCGAAUGUCGCAGCAGAAAUCGAGACUCAUCAGACCAGGCAACGUUUUUCCAAUCUUCUAUUGUCCAAUUUCGAUGAGCUUGUGCAAAUUGUAGCCUCAGUUUCCUGUUCUUAGCUGAAAGGAGUGGCACCCUGUGUGGUCUUCUGCUGCUGUAGCCCAUCUGCCUCAAAGUUCAACGUACUGUGCGUUCAGAGAUGCUCUUCUGCCUACCUUGGUUGUAACGGGUGGUUAUUUGAGUCACUGUUGCCUUUCUAUCAGCUCAAACCAGUCUGGCCAUUCUCCUCUGACCUCUGGCAUCAACAAGGCAUUUCCGCCCACAGAACUGCCGCUCACUGGAUAUUUUUUCUUUUUCGGACCAUUCUCUGUAAACCCAAGAGAUGGUUGUGCGUGAAAAUCCCAGUAGAUCAGCAGUUUCUGAAAUACUCAGACCAGCCCUUCUGGCACCAACAACCAUGCCACGUUCAAAGUCACUCAAAUCACCUUUCUUCCCCAUACUGAUGCUCGGUUUGAACUGCAGGAGAUUGUCUUGACCAUGUCUACAUGCCUAAAUGCACUAAGUUGCCGCCAUGUGAUUGGCUGAUUAGAAAUUAAGUGUUAAUGAGCAGUUGGACAGGUGUACCUAAUAAAGUGGCCGGUGAGUGUAUAUAUACAGUCUAUGGUUUACAUGGGUUGGUGCAGCCUGAGCAUGGGCAGAGGCAGCCCAGAUAGUAACAAAGACACACUUUAAACUUAGUGGUACAACACUGAGGGUACCUCAGGUGGGUUCAGUCCAAUGUUUAUUUUUAUUAAUGAAAGUCGUGAUAACAAAAAAUCUGACAGUGACUCUUUUUUCCCAUGAAGAAGAUGAGACAAAGACUAACUAACAGAAAUCACUGAUGACAGAAAUUCUAACCUGUAUAGGUUGUUUUUUGUUAACGAGACAAUUUAUGAAAUAAAUCUGUAAAAGGAGGACUGUUGGACAUUGAACAGUCUUCGUAGUUUCUCCUAUGUGCAUUGACUGGAGCCGAAGGGGGCUCUUUUCUUUGUACUUCCAGGCUUUCUCUCACUUCAAUCUCAAACUUUUCUUCAUGCAUUUUGAAUAUAGAGACACAACCAGCUACUAGGUCGAUGUCACUUCAAUGUCUGACACUGGAGUGUUGUUUUCUGCUGCUUUUGCCAUCGACAACUGUGUGACUCCAUUUGUAUAAUCCCAGUUUGAAGAUGUGAGAAAGCAAGUUUAGCAAAAUGUUCUGUAGUAGUGAUGAACUUUAAAUCACUGAAGAUGAAGAUGAAGAUGAAGAUGCAACUUUGGUGCAGUGAACUCAGUGUUUGUCCAGUAUGCCCAUCAAGGGGUGAUCUUUGGACCCAGAUCCCCAACACACCCCACAGAAAGAAUAAGUUACAGAUAAUAAACACAGCUAUAGUGGCCACAGAAAGAUGUUUGACCUGAGUGAGGAUCAUUCUUCUCCUUUUGUAGAUCAGCAGGGGCGGCACAGCAGCAUGGUUUUGUGGGAAAGUCCAGACUAAAUCAUCCAGUGAGAUCAGGAACUCAGAUACGAGACAAGUUCCACAAGUGUUCAGGAAGGACAUCACUGCAGAUUUCAACACCAGAACAACCUUGAUACCUAUUUCUUAUUGAUGAAUUUAAUUAGUUUGAAGUUUAAAAAAAAAAAAAAAAAGAUCUAAAAUAAAAACUUGACUAAAAUAAUCAAAAACCUAAAUGACUAAAACCUGGCUAAGACUAAAAGGCUUUUUUGUCAAAGACUAAGACAAAAUCUAAAAAAGUUGCCAAAGUCAACAUGGAAAGUGUUGACUUUUUCACAGUCCACAGAAAAACACUCUCAUGUUGAUUUGAAGCAGACUCUUAUGGAAAGUAUCACAACUUGUGUGUUUGUGACAUUUUCUCUCAGUGUUCCUCGUUGACUCAGCUGAUCUGGUACAGUACUCUGCAGGAUCCACAUCUGUCAACACAGUCAUCAGUUAUAACUCUAAAUUAUUCAUUUAAACUUAACUUUUCAGGAAAAGUGAUUAAUUUCUGUCUGUUUUAAGUUAAACAUAUAACUGCUUUAUAAUGGAAGGAGACUCAGGGACCUACCUCUGACUAAUGGGUUACAGAGGAAAAACUGACUUUCAUGACAAGAGGAAAGGUUGAGGGCUUUAACAAGAUGCGGUCUUCCUUACUGUCAUGAAUAACCUAAAUGUGCAAAUGCCAAAAGCUGGACAAGGACUGUAGCAACCACCAUGAUGACCUCAAAAUAGCUUAGAGUAUUAGUAUUGUGAGGCAGAAAUAGAGAUGAAGAGGACUUAUAGGCUUAUGAUGUAUAUGUGUCUGUAUGGACAUUAAUGUUCACGGAAAUGUAUGUAUGCUCAAUAUAUAAUGCACAUACUGAUAUUAUUAUUAAUAUUUUAUUUACCGUCUAUCUUAUUGAGGGUGGGAGGAGGGGGAUUAGAUGGGUUUUUGUUUCUGUUUUGAGAGUUAAAUUGCUAAAUUGCUAAUACAUCCAACAUAGAUCAGCCCACACACACACACACACACACACACACACACACAGACAGAAUUUGUCAGAUACUGAAUAUAAUAUUCCCUGGGACAUAAAACAUCAACAGCCAUCACAGCCAGAUCUCAGUGCUCCAUGAAAAACCUUGAGAUAAAAUCGUAGGCACUCCAGAAAUGGUCUCCACAUUUUGUUGAAGUCUGUCAUUUUAGAAUGAUUCAGGCAGUUCAGGAGGUCUAAUGGAAUAUACUCCAUAAUUAUCUUAUGCCACCCAGAGAGUCAUAGAGUUUUAGAAGAAGUCCAGUGAAGAAGCACAAAAGGCCAGCACAAUUUUUUCUAACAGAUAUUAGUGAACUGUCCAUUAGAGAGACCCAGGAGAAGUACAAUUUGAUCCAGUUUAAGACUAGUUCCAAAUAUUCUCAUCAUUACAUACAGAACAGACUACCAGUAAGUCUGUAAUUCGGGGCAAAACCAGAGACAACGUGUGAGGUCACCAACACCUACUUUGCAUUAAGGAAACAUUGAUAAGUAUUUUAAGUUAAACUUAGAAAGGUGAUCAGGUGAUAAAUAAACCCUAUAGAGUAAUUUAAGUUGAAUUAUCCUGGUUUGAUUACAAAUUGAUCUGGUUUUGGCAGUGUUCCAUAUCUUCUCCCAACAACUUUCCUCAUUCUCAAUACCAAGCUCUCCCAGGUCUGCCUGAGCCCCUCAUUACCAAACCCGUUGUAAACAAAACCCUCAUAUAAUGAAUAACCCAUUAAAAAAAAAAGAGUAGAGGCACAUCUUCUCUGCUCAUGUAAAUGAAACACACGUGUCCGUAGUCGUGCAUGCUGUACCUGUACCACACAGAUUAACAAAAAAUUGUCUGUAAAAUAUGACUGGUUGUAAUUACUCACACACAAUUAGUCCAAAACUGAACCACUUGGAGUGGGAUGGAGUGGAUCAAGGUGGGUCGAACCGCACCAAGGUAGUAUCAAGAAGUCAGUAAAAUGUACAUACUGUCCACAAAAACCACCCGGAGAGUCAAACACCUUGACAUUCCAACUAUGAGUGACUCUUACAGUAGCUGGAUAGAGGAGAGAAAACAGGGUCCUGUGUCCCUCAGCUGCUGCUUGACCUCAUCAAAUCCUUUUCAUUUACAAAUGAUAGCUGCAGAAAUGGUGGAAAACAUAAUCUCAGAUUCAUCGCACAUAAGGGGAUGACCAUCAGUGCUGCUGCGCUUGGACGCCUUAAGGACCCUCUGCUUAUCUCUCGAGUUGUGAAAUCUGUUGAGGAUGGGCAGGGGUUGUUGAUUUGGACCAGGCUUUGGAGUUGGUGUAUGAUGAGCUCCCUCGAUCUUAAUCUGCCCCGUCUUGGUUUCAAUUUGAAGAAGCCAACUUUCAAAAAUAUUGUUGGCGGAGUGCCUUCCACACGCUCCAUUACCCCGAUAAUGCAUAUAUUUUUCCUCCUGCCACUAUUUGUAAGGUUGUCAGUGUGGUAGCAGCUUGGCUAGUUGCAUCCUCCACUCUUGAAAUCCUUCCCUCGGCUUCAUCAGCUCUUCUUCCAAAGUUUUGCAGUUCUAGUGCAUAUGCCUGCAGUGUCUGAGACAGCAGGCUCGGCUUUUCAUCAAUAACUUUUGUCAUGUUUUCAGUGAUUUCUUUUAUUGCUUAGGGGCAGGUUCAGUCGGGCCUGCAGUCAUGUUAACUACUGCUAGCACCUCUGCGCCUGGUGUUAUGCUAGCGAGGCUUUAAGAACACUCCAUUUUGCUUCUUCAUAUCUUUGGUGGCAUGGUGUCAGAGCAACCCAAAAAAUAAUCGUCGAUGUUUAUAUCAUUAUAACUCAUAGAAAGCCAGUGCAUAAAUGUCACUUAGCUAUUGUGUGAGAAAUAAAUAAACUUUUAAAUGCUGUGGCCAGAGCUCAGCGAUGUGGACCGGCUGCUAUGCUGCCAUUUUUAACCCUGACUGGAUUUAACAGAAAUGCUUUCUAUGAACUAAACAAACCAAACUAGACCAUCAGUAAGAAGAUCAAAGAUUUGACAGCUAUUAAUGUUCCAGUGUCAGUAACCCUGCUGAGAGGAAAGAUGUCAGACAUUUACAGCACAGUGAAGAGGAAAGCUCUCAUGGCUGUAAUUUACAUAGAUUAUCAUCGUAUAUUCAUAUUCAAUAUCAGUUUAAUCUUGCCUCUGGCUUUAUAUCCAGUGGGCAGACAAAGUCUAUAGAUCGUGGUUGGGAAAACAACUUUAAAGAAAGUGCAAAGGAGCGUGCAAGACUGCCACUCUGGAGUUAUCUGUGCAGCCCACGCUGGACAUCAACUCAACAGCUGAAAAAAUGAAAUAUGACAUCUUAUCACUGGGCUGCACCAGGCUGCUGCUGUGGUUAGUGCUGAUGUGUGGGCUCUCUGUGUGGGACUCCGGAUUCCACCCACAGUCCAAAAACACGGUGUCAGGGUCAUGUCUACCUCUGAAUUACUCAGAGGAGGGUUUGAGAGCGUGUCUGUCAGCUCUGCAUGUCACCACAACCCUGAAAGGAAGAAAGUAAAGAUGGACGGAUGUUUUCACUGGUCAGGCUAGGCAGGCGUCCAGAGAUAACUGCAGUGUCCGGCUCUGUUUUAGCAAAUAUACACACUGAUUACAUAACUAAAAUGACAGGUUUUACUCAAUGUAAUUCGGUUGAACUAAUGUGAAUUGAACUAAUGAACUAAUAUCUCCCUGAAUUUACAGCAGUAUUAAAUUAGUCACUGUUUUGCUCUAUCUGCUAGCUCCAUAAUCAACUUCCUAUUCAUGACUGUAGAGUCCGGUGUUGAUUUACUCCUUGCAUUUAACAUAAAUACACAAAUAUUCACCUUUGUUUAAUUGUAGGUCAGUGGAGCUUUUAAACUGAUUACUUUUAAACAAAAUAUCAUUUCUAUACUGCAGCUGGGAUAAAAUGUAAGUGAAAAAAUGUGUGUGAGAUUAUAUCUACGAUAUCUCUGAGUUUACACUGAGGGAAGAAAAGGGCCUAAUGGAAAGAGUUCUGUUUUUACUUUUCUUGAGGUUAAAUAGUGAGACCACAAGACAUAAAACAAGACACAACACUGUUCACAUUUAAAACCGCUAACCCCGGUCACACCGUCUGACGGGGAAGUUCAACUGUGGGGGCUUUUGAUCAUGCUGUUAACCCUCUAUUAGCCUUGUGGUGUGGUAUUAGGAUUUUCCCCAUUUACAACAAAAACUGCAAAGUUAAUAAAAUGUUUGGUGUCCUUACUAGAUGUAUGAUAAUUUUCAAAUCCUGAGGUAAAACUAUGCUGUUGUUAAUCCUAGAAAAUAGAUGUAAACUGUUCAAUACAGUUCGUUGGGAGAUCACACAACAUCUUAAUAAGGCUCACUAACUAGUGAGGCCUGCACUGCUGCUCGACUGAUUGGUCACAGUAGAGGGGGCGGGGCCAGAACGGCAAGCUCUGUGCUCAGCCCAUAGACCGUAUAUAGAAUGGACGCCGUCUAACUCCUCGCUAGGUGAAGCCACUCUGAGAACAGCACCCUCUGGUGACAGGCUGCAGUAUAGGUCAUAAAUCCCACCUCCUCCAGCAAUCCCUAUGGAGCUGUGGACAAACUUUAGAAACUUAUUACACAGAAUAUACAAUUUUCUCCCCCCUGGUUGUGAUGUUAACAGGUAGUUAUUGUAAGACUGGUUUGUGCUCAAGUCCUCUUUUUUUCUGUACAGCUCCAUUUUUAAAAGUUAUUAGGGGGUUCAUCUUUUCUAUGAUUGACACCUGAUACAGCCUAUGGGUGUACAAAGAUUGCGUAGCUCACUUGGGGGAUACGCUGUUUGAGCCGAGCGUCAUCACAGCAACUCUCCCACCGAAUGCAUACAAUGCUACUGUGCAAGUGGUGGAGUGCGUACUCACUUCUGCGCAAUGUUGGUUUCAGGAAGUGAAGAAAAAACAUGAAAUUACUGAGUGCAGUUCGGCUUCAAAUCCGUAUACUGGCAGAAGGUGGAACCAAGUUGUCCAUAUUAUAUUCAGUCUUUGGCUCAGCUGGCCUCCGGAAAUCCUCUAGUAAAGCCAAUGUUUCACUAGUGGUCAGCUUAGCCCUCUUUCCUGUGGGCAACAAAUAGCGUGCAGUGACUGAAAGGGCUGCUGCUGUUCAAAAAAAUAACUACUAAUAAAAAAUGAGGCUAAGUUCAUAGAAGGAACCAAAACACUUUCUAAGCCAAUCCAAAGCUAAAACAAAUCCAACCACCUGACCUCCAAAACCACAGUGCUGCUUACCUACAGGAGUUCUGUGAAAGUGUCUGUGAAGACUCAAACCAGACCCUGACCCUGAGAAGUGACUGGCUGAGAGCAGAGAAUUCUCUGCACAUCAUUUUUUUUGGUUCAGUAAAACUGAAACUGUUUCUGUUUUAAAUCUAAGUAAGUUUGUGAAAUUUGCUCUGUUCUCUGUGACGGUGAUGUCCUACACAGCCUUAUCCUUUUGAAUCAGUGAAAAACCUCCUGUCAGAUAUUAAUUUAAUGUAAAUACCAGUAAAAGAAAUAAACAGGAUUAAGCUGUGACCUCAGAAAGGUCAAGUACAGGAAUAUCAAGUGAUGAUGAUUGAGAAAGACCAAAAUAAAUCAUUUCCAGCUGAAACCCUCUUGGUAUUAUUUGAAAACCAGCUGUUAAGCGCUCAGUGUGUUUCAUUGAUUUUUUCUCCAUCUGAAGCUCCACUUGUUUUGAUUCCUGUCAUGCAUCCACCAAUGUAAUUCUCUCUGGGUGGGUGAACAUACUUCUGUCAUGCAGGAAACAUCAAUGGCUGUGUUUCAAUGCACACCAGUAAUCCAGUCAUAAUGUGAUUAUGGCAAUAACAGAAGUAUGGUGGAACCCACUGCAGCAGAGCAGCGUGUUCUUACACGCAAUGUUUCUGAGACUGUUUAGGCAUUUUUUAAGUUUAUCAAUUCACUGAAAAAAGGAAAAAAAAAAACUCUACAGUCUUUGUUUCACUCUGUGUUUGUUUACAAGUACUAAGCUAUAGGACCAUACUGGUUGUAACAAGCAGUUAUUCAACUUCCUGUUGCCCUUCUAUCAUCUCAAACCACUCUGCCAGUUCUCCUCUGACCUCUAACAUCAUCAAGGCGUUUUCAUCCACACAGCCGCUGUACACUGGAUAUUUACUCUUUUUCAAAGCCCUGGAGAUGGGUUAAAAGAGCUAAUAUCCCAGUAGAUCAGCAGUUCCUCAAAUACUGAGACCAGCCCGUCUGGCACCAACAACCACUCCACGUUCAGAGUCACAUAAAUCCCCUUUCUUCCUCGUUCUGAUGCUCGGUUUGGACUUCAGGAUGUUGGAGAUGGUCUUAUAGCCUUUUCCUUAAACAUGCUCAUCUAUGAUUUUCUUAAUAACCUCCUCAGACAGCUCUUUACUUUGUCUGAUUCAUGUUCAGUGUGGUGCACUCCAUGAUACCCAACAGCACAGUGACUUCUUUUUACCCUUUUAAUGAUAUACAGACUGACUGAUUGCAAGAUUGAAGACACCUGUGGUGCUAAUAACAGGACAGACUCUCGUUAGGGCACGAUUGUUAUACUUUGGAUUUUUUCCCUCUGGACAAAUUUUGACUCGCUACUAGUCCUACAGCUUUUAGGAUGUCUAAACCCUUCACAGUACCUCUACAGCUUACCCAAGACACCUUCUUCUGAAAGUAAUCUAAUAAAGGUCAGGAGAUGAAGACUCAAAUAUUUGCAUUAAACAUUAGUUUUCAAAGUAUCCAAAGCAUGUACUCUGCAGAGGAUAACCAGCAAAAUUCGCUACUCCUUUUGAUCAAAGCAGCUAGUUGGUUGGAGCAUUAACUCAGGGUGCCUCACCCAUAAUAAGGUUUAUUGGGUGUAUCUAACCAGAAUUUAGACCCCAGGGAAACACAGCUCAGGGAGCCUGAGUGCAGCUUGUGGUCCUUUUGGAGAAGCAGGAAGACAUUCUUGAGCUGACGUACAUCAUCUACUUGAUUGAUUUUGACAUAACCGUUGAGGAGCAUAAUAAGAUGGGAAAAUCUUCAAAAUAAGAACAGAAUUUAAGUCAUUUAAGUUGUUAUUUUACAAGAUUCCCCCAUAGUGUGACAUGUCUGUAUAUUUGACAAACAGCCUUGUCUCUCUGGUCCACCAUGGGGGGAGUCCUCUCAGAUUCACUAUCUGAAAAUGUCUUGUUGAAUCAUCUGCAUUUCAAUGUGUUGUAGGUGCCUCUGGCGGCCUCUUGCUGUGAACUUGACACACCCAAUCGUCUGAAGCUCACUGGGGAAUCUGAAGCAUCAUUGGAGGGCCACACAUUUGAAGUUGGUCAGUGACAGCUAGGAGAGAUGAAAACAUGCAUCAUGCUUGCAGCAGCUUUGCUGCUACCUUACAUCCAAGCAAGUGAGUUUCUCUUCUUCUUCUUCUUCUUUUACUACAGAAGCUUAAAGUUUUCAUAUAAAGUUUUAUGAGAGAAAAGCUGUGAAAGUUAUAGAGUGUAAGUAACAUUACUUUCUCAAAGAUAGUAGCAAUAAUGAUGUGUGAAACAUGGAGAGAGUUGUAAACCUAAAUGUGUUUUCUUUUCCCUGCAGUGUGUCCAGAUAAGGAGCCAGGUCUGCAACCAUGGAUGCCAGGACACAGAGAAGACCACCGUGUUACUAUCGGUCAUGGCAGAAAGGUCCUUCUCACAGCUUCCGCUACCUUACACUCCAUCGUGAUUCAUGAUGAAGGUAUGGCAGACAAUGUUUUUCUUUUUCUAAUAUUAAGUGCUGAUAGUUUUAAACACAUUUACAAAGUAAAAUGAAACCUAUUCUUUGAAUUCUGUGUUUCUGUAGAAAAUGGAUGAGAUCUCAUGGUUUUGAUUAUGAUUCUAAACUGGAUAUAAUCUUGACUCACAGGUUCAACAUAGAGAUAUUGAAUCUAUCCCAGCACAUAACACACAAGUAAAGCUGGAGCACAGUACCAGAGUCAUAUCAUGCUGGUGAGAAGUCACCUCAUCAAACAAUGUACUGUGUCAGUCACAAUCUCUGACGCAGUGUAGUUUGGCAAUCAGUACAAAGUUAGCAAAUGUAACACAGCAGCAAAACAGCAUAUAAUCCACUUGACUCAUACUGAUCAAGUUUUUUUUGUGUACAACCACAAAGUCUUUUAACUAAGACAUGAUUUUUUUUACUCGUGCACAGUAUUUCACGAGUGUGGCAGCUUGCAGUAAUUUGGUGUCUCACCACAUAAUCUGCACUCUAACCCAAACAUGAAGGGUCCAAAACGCCAAGGAUCAGACUGUCACUGGAAACAUAUUUAUGCCACAACCAGAUUUUUAGAGUUACAGCAAAUUCUCCUGUCGUAGAUUAAACGUCAGCUGAUCCCCGCUUGAUCACCUGUCAGUCAACUUUAACAGCUUCUUGUGUCAGCAGUAUAAUGCACUGUAAUCCCUGUGAGAUGACACAAAGCGACAUCUUUCUAUACUUUACCUGUUUGACAAAGUGCAAACUGCAGAGAAAGUGUGCUCAUACUUUAUAUUAUAUCCAACGUUCGAAAAACUGUGACCCUCUUAAAGCUCUCUGAGGAACUCUAGGUUUGUCUUUGUUUUGGCGCCCCCCUUGUGGAUCAGGUAGUCUUUACUUAUCUUGUCCUCUGUGUGUUUUAAUUUCUGACCAAAACAAAAUCUUAUCCUGCUUACCCUUGGCAGUAUCAUUUGAUGUAAAUAUGUAAAGCUGGAAUUGUUAAAACAGAACUGUUUGUUUCAGACUUUCAGGCAUUAGCACCGGGACAUAAAAGUCCUCUGUCUUGUUGCUGAUGGUUUGUUUGGUUCUGGAUGUUAUAAAAAGGCUUUAAGAUGAAUGUGAGUCUGUUUCAUGAAGGCCAAAAAAACUCCUCACAGGAGCUUUAAGAUCAUAACAAAGCAGGAACAAGCUCUAGAUCUGCUGGUGCAGUUUUGAUGUUUUGUUGUCAUUACUUAUAUAUUUUAGAAAUUUUCAGUUGGACCUUACCAAAAACAUUGCCUUGGGUUUUUCCUGUUUGUGUUGUUGUAUUGAGCUCAUGAAAGUGGAUUUUUGACCUCAUAUGAUUCCUCCUUUAUUUCUGCAGACAUUCCUGUCUGACAGUCUAAAUAAAUGAGUUCCCCAAACAGAAUCUCCUCUGCUGCUUGAGUUCCUGGAUCGUCUUACCUCUAGCUGGGAUCAGAGCCUUUUUUUUUUUGCAAAUGUUAGUCAUGGAAAUGUGGCACAGCAAACGCCUUCUCAUUAAGCAGAUCGUAUGAUUACAGACAGGUAUUUAGAGGAAUAAAUAAUAUCCAAGGAAUCAUCUUCAAUGAACUUCUCGUACAUUCUCAUUCUUCGUAUGUAAUCAGCGGAUUGCAGAUCUGGUCGGGCAGUAACCUUUGAUAUAUGUGUAUGUGUUUGUGUGUGUGUAUGUGUGUUGACAGCCUCAGCCCAGAGCCAUAAAUGGUAUGGAGACAGGAGGUGUCUGAAGGCUGUGGAGCAUGAAAGACCUGCCAGGGGGGCACACACCAACAAUCCCACACCCUCACUCUCUCUGCUCUGCUCUGCUCUGCAGGAAAGCUGGUAAUUGCUGACACCAACAGGCCGAUAUUGCUUCGAACAAAACACAUACUGAUUGGAGACAAAGGGGAGCUGCACAUUGGAAGUCCGGACUGUCCAUACAGAGGCAACUUCACCAUCUCCCUGUUCGGAAGGUAGAGUUGUGAAAUGAAAAGUUUAGCAUGCAGUGAUGCUGUGCUGUAUUGAUUGCCUGGCCUUCAAACUACUUGUCUGGCUGCAUGAAACACGAGAUCCUGAUGACUCUGGUCAGUAAAGGAGACACUAGAGACAAUGUGGUCAGGUAGGUAACGUAUAACAAUCAGUGAAGAGGAAUCAGAGCACAUCUAGUGUAUUGUGUAUGAUUUUAUCUUGUUGACAAUCUCACAAAAAUGAUCCUUUACGGCGGCCUCAGUUUAUUCUGACAGCACAAAACUGGAGGUUGGUGCUGAUUGGCUGAUUGGUCAUCAGCAGAAAAAAAGGACCAGAGGUGGUAAAAUGGUGCAGAGAUGAUCAGAGCAUCUAGAAUGUAAACUUAAAAAGGAGGAAAGCCUUCAGGGCUGUCUCCAGACCUACAUGCUCGAGUCCAUGAAGGGGUAUGAAAGCCUUUUUUAGUUCAAAGCAAAUCUAUUCAAAAACCCUCAUAGAGUCUUCAUAUAUGGUCCAGCAAGUGCGUCUAGAGCGCCUGGAGUCUUUUCCUGGAGUGAAGCAGAAUACUGACCUGAGCACACAACUUUCCUAACAGUUGAAGUUUCCUCAAAUACAAUGGUGUAAACUUAUUUUGAGAAUUAGCAGCUUGUAUAGUUGGCUGGUGGUUUUGCUGUUGACUACUAGAUCCACCAGAGCAGCUUCAAGUGGUGAUAAAGCUUAUUGUAGACUUCUCUUCAUAAAAAGAGUGACCAAAUCAGAGCUAAUCCUGGUUAAGCAAAAAACCCCAUACCCAGGGCUUUGUCAGUGCCUAAUGUUUUUUUUUUAAAUCCUGUAACCAGUUUAUCUUUUCUUCUGCUCAACCUACCCUUCAAUUUUUGACUCUGACAGAAGAGUGUAUAGAUUUAAUAAAUGUGAGCACCUGGCUGUUUUUACUAAGAUUUUAUACAGUGUCCCAGCUUUUUGGUGUAGAGGUCAUCCUGUGUAAUUCCUAAAUAGGAACUUCUAAACACUUCAGAAGUGCUUUCUUAACUUAACCUUAGCGCCCUGAGGAGAGGAAGUACUAGUGUCUAAGUUUUAGUGCCUAAAGAAGACCUUAGAUGCAGAAAUUUCAUCAGGCUAAGAGAAGAGGCUCCGGAAACUGCACAACGUGACUGUGAGUUAUUAGAUCCAGCCUGUGACAGAUCUGUCAUCUCAGUCAGAGGUUAUGUCUGCAAACUGACCCAGAUAUGAUUCAGAGCGAGGACACCAAAGAGAAAUAAAGUGAAAUGGUUUAGUGUCACAAUCAAACUUUAUGAAAUACUAUCCAGGAGGCUGACUGGUAAAUACAGUCUUUCUAUGUGGACCUCAGGACUGUCUGUUACAUGCUGUGUCACAGAAAUGACUUCUAACUGACUGAUCGUACAUCAGUUAUGAAAAUAAUGUGUUACGUCUGCGUUAGGUACCUGAAUGUGAACCCUAUUAUGCUGCUCGAGCUAUAGCAGAAUUUCCUUUGCUGUCCUUAGAUUGGACGACAGUGACCAAGAACACAGCUACUUUGGGAGGAAGUAUCUCGGUGUUGGUACAGGAGGUACACUAGAGAUCCAUGGAAAAAAGAAGCUUUCCUGGACCUUCCUCAGCAACACAAUUCACCCUGGAGAGACGACCCAAAACAGCUACCUGUUCCAGAGGAGCUGGGGGAACCGGGGCGUCAUUGUCCACGUCAUCAGCCCAAAGACUGGAGAGGUACUGCAUGUGGACAGGUAAGGGUCUCCUCCGCAAUGAUCAAAUCAAGAUUAAUGUGUGUGUGCGCCCAUCAUUUCAUCAGCUGUAAGACUGAUGAUGUCAAGAGCCCAGAGGAUGACUUCAGGAGUACGUGAGGGAGGGAGGAACUGUAGGCAGAGUUCAACAGGAUGGUAUGAGAAAUAUCAAACGCCCAAAAAAGAGCAGGACAUGUACAGUAGUUUUCCUGGCUGAGAGUUUAGAGCUGUGUCUGAAACUUGGCAGGAAUAAUGGUUGGAUGACUUAUUCAUGAGUUUGUUUUUACUUCCUGGAUGGAAGAUUUUCAGAUGUGGCCCUAAUAUUCACCAGGUUUGAAGGAUUACUGAAACUGGUUUGAGGUCACUGUGACUUUAAAAUCAGUUUAGGGUCAAUCUGAGUCUACGCAGUGAUAUUUAGUUAUGACUCGGAGAUCUUCAGAAUGUCUCCGUUACCUGAUUCCUGCUAUUGGUUAUGUUAAUGUAGUAACCAUGGAGGGGUUUAAUAAAAGGACUUGCUGAGCUACACUCUAUCUGUAUUAUCAAGCUGUAGACUCUAACGUAGGGAUACCUAUGUCACUGUUUGUUAUGGUGUAAUGUAGUACUUUGUCCUUCUGUGUUAAGACACUGUUAUUGUAAGCUGGAGACUGCAGGAUGUAAACUUCAGCUGAUAAAAAUUCAACCCCUGAGCCAUUUUUACACUUCUGAACUUCAUUGUGUCAAAAAUACACACAUGGGACGACUGCUUUAAAAUCAAAUACAGAAAACAGAGAGUGGAUAAGAGCCGCUGGGGCUGUAAGUUCCUGCUCACAAAGGACUCUGCAAGCUUCAGAAAACCUUUUGAGACUGUCCCUCCCUGUAAAGCAGGACCUCAGGGUACUAAACAGCUCUGGGAUUGUAGCUAAUCUUGUAUCUGCAGAUGGACUGGUCUGCUGAACAAAGAAAACAUAAAAUGACUUUCAUGAACUCACAUUGAACUGCACAACUAAAAUUUCAGGAAACGCUGAGAUUCAAAUCGAUAGUCACUUAUAUUUUAGAACUUCUAUUAAAAACUAGACAGAUGACAAACCCUCAUGAAAAAUUAAAUCAAUAAAGCCAAUAUGCAGAGGCCAGAUUCCUCUAAAUGGGCUUAGUAUCUAUGUACAAAAAGUGCAGCAUGUUCCUCUUAAAGGGUUUUUGCAUUUUGUCAAAAUACAUGAAAGAUGAUCAGAGGUCCAUAAUUGACUGAAGUCUCAGGACUUUAUCAGGGGUUUAUAAAGUAUAUAAAUUGUAUAUAAAUUGCAUAUAAACUGUAUAUAAAUUCGGGGAUUGAUAAAGUUCUUAUUCUUAUUCUUAUUCUUAUUCCUAAAGGACUGAAGUCUCAGGUCUUUAUCAAAGGUAUAUAAAAUACCUCAACUCUCAGCCUGGUAAGAUGCAGCUUUAGGGUUUUUGUAUCACUACCUCUAAAUAACUUUAAUGGACCUCAUUUUAGUAAUAUCGCCAUGAUAAAUUGUAAAUGACCAUUGUCAUGACAAUCACCACCUGUAAGGCCUGACUAAAGUUAUCUUAGAUUAAAUGUAAUCAUCAUGGGCUCUGACUAUAUCUAUAGGACAGAAUAACAGGUAUGGAAAAAGCACAAUCAUGGUAAAAUGUAAAUGUCUUCUUUUGAAGUAUUUUAAGAAUUUCCAACACUCCCAGCUCACAGAAACACGAGCUGAACACGCUCGACCGUGAACUAUUCAGGGUGGUCUGUUGAUUGUGGUGCUCACCCUCAGCACCCAGAGGACAGAGUUAUAAUGAUAACCCUGUGGCUCAGAGGAAACCAAACUAGGACACUUUAAAAGAACAUAUUGCACCUAUAGAAGGAGACAGCAGGCAUAUAAACGGACCUCUGUUCACCGAAGGACCUCUGCAUCAUAUCACCCUGUAAUUCACUUGCUUCCAUUCUUAUCUAUUAGAAUUACAUAUCUGUUGCAGAUUUAAGCAGAAGUUUUUCCUGAAAUAGAAAAAUCCUUUAUAACUUAUUCUAAAACCUUGAUACUUACUCGAUCAUAUAUAUCACUUUUCUUCAGGAUUUCUAAAGUUUGGACCAACAAAGUAAACUCUUGUUUACUGUGAACAACAAAAUAAACUAGGAAAUUCUGUCAAUCUGAAGUCAGAGAAAAUCACUUUUAUGGACAUACAAUAUUUUACUGAACGUUACUUAAAAUUCAUUUCGUGCAUUUGAACAUGGAAUCAUAGAAAACUUCACCAUCUUUCACCUAUAUCCACCUGUGGUCUUAAUGAUCAAGUCCUUGUUAACAGAGCACAGCUGUUCAUAAUUAUUCUUAAAGAUUAAAAUUGAAUGGUAAUAAAUUUUGUUUAUUUGUUUGGUUUUUCAAAGAAAAUUUUAACUUAACCAUGAUAGUAAAAUAAUAUAUAUUUUAAAACGUAGAUUAAAACCUUCAAAAUCAUUUUUGUGGCUCUGCGUCUUUAAAUAUUGUCCUCUUAUUUUCUGUUACUGCACUGUGUGAUUCAAUGAAAGGGUGGGACUCACAAAGUUGUAAACAUGUCAACGCAACACUGCUGUGAUUUAUUUCUUCAAAUUUGUGACAGUAGUAUUGCACCCACAAAUUGUGGCGAGCACAGAAAUAUGUCAACUUCUACAUAAUGUUAGGGUUACAGUAUUAAGAAUGAAUUAUUGUCCAUGACUGUUAAGAUUACAGUGUGUUAUUGCAAAUCAAUUUUUUCAACAAAAUUACCGUCUAAUCUGAAUUCUUUAUUUUGUCUUUAUUUGACAUGCUACAAAAACAAAACAUUAAUAAUUGAAAUAAAUGGUUACCGAGGUUUUGACUUGAUGAAUUACACAAUCAUCCCACCAGUGUCUGCUUGUUAUUUAGGUGUUUAAGACAGAUCAGGGCCCCGCUUUAUCCUAGGGGCCACAAACAUGAUGAAGACCUCAUGAAAACAACAUUUAAAGUUUAGUAGACUGUAGAGUUUUUGUCCGUUUGUCUGCAGACUUACCUGUGAAGGUGUCAGGAACAUCAUGAAUAACUCCUGAGUCAUGAUGACUCACACAUCUUAACUAAUGUAUUAAUUAAUGUCAUCAUGAACUCAGGCAUAAGGCCCCAGUAAUACGUGUGAACAACUGAGAGCUCAUGUAUUCACUCAUGCACUGUAAACCACCUGUUUGUUGUUUUCAUCGGUCACGUUUUAAUGGUGCACUGCCCCUUGACCUUAUUAGUUAUUAGUUUUAUUGCUGUUGAUUUGUUCCUGUAUCCCCUUUACCUCCCACAGGUUUGACACUUACCGGAGUAAGGAUGAGAGUCGCCGCCUGGCAAAGUACAUGAAUGCCGUGGAGUUGGGUCUCAUACUGGCCGUAGUGGUCAAUGAUGAAGGAUCCAACAACUUGGAAGAGUCAGCCAAGACGAGUCUCUCCAGGAUGGGAAGCCAGCACAUCAGGAGUCUGGGAUUUAGGUAAACACAUGAAAAGGGUGUGAUAUACCUUUAACGACAUCAUUUUGGCCUCUUUUAGCAAUGGAAGUGUCAUUUUGAUUUAACUCUGGUAUCCAGAAAAAACUGAUAAUAAUCACAAUAUGACGGACAUCAACUCAACAUCAUCAGCCUAACAUCUGAAAAAAAGUUUUGGGUGAACGGAGGUCUACAUCUGCUCUCAGCAGGACCUGAUCCUUUACCAACCUGAGCCUCAUGUUGGGGUUGCAGGAAUACAUGUAAGCUCACAGUUUAUUACAAAGGGAGCAUAUCAGAGAAAAAGUAAGAAUUCAGAAUUUUACUAAAAUAGUAAGUAUCACAGAGACAACUUCUUCUCAAUCUGCAACAUCCUCCCAAUCCUGAAUCUUGGAAAAUAAGGCCCUCUGUAAACCAUGUUAGUUGUAUGUCAGAAAGUUUUUCUUGGCUUGUCUGGAGUCCACCUGUAAUCCAGUGUAAGCCAACAGCAGAGAUGCAGACUGACUACUACAGUGUUCUCACUGAGGCUUGUAGGUGUAGAGACUUCCAAAGACUUGGUCUGCACUUGGGUUUCUUCAUAGAGGAAAGUGGAGCUGUUGCGUAGUGAACCAUGAGCAUGACAGACUUUUGUUUUCCACAGUUUUGCAGGCCUUGAUGUGGGCCGCCCUGUGAGCCCUGUGGUUACCCAGAGAGCUCGGCAAUGUUAUGAAACUUAAUGCUUGAAGGGAAGCCACAGGAAACACUGAGUAGCUCGUAUAAAAACACCAGGACAGAGCAAGACUCAACAUUCCCUUUUUUUUUUAAAGCUUCAGUUGGCUCUAUGGUUGUGUGUGCUGCUGAGGACAGACUUAAUUAAUGAAAGUGAUGAGGAGGAGGAGGCAGAGGGAUUCCUGCUUAACGACUGUUGUCGCCUAUUCUCCUCAAGCUGUUGCAAACAUGCCAACACUGGUGUCAUCAUAGGGACGCUUUAUAAUUUGUGGCAAACCCCAAGACAUUUGGGAAGGAGGAUUGAAAGUGACAGUCAAGAUUCUGCAAUUCAACUCAAGUAAUAAAUCUCAAUGUCAUCUUGAUUACAAUAGCAGCUUUUGUAAUCAGGAGAUUUCAAAAGUCAAUAAAAAUAGCAUCGCUUUAUGACUCACAUAUUUGGAUGUAAAUCUGGAUGUGGCCUUGCUUUCACACCAUCUAAUGUGGUCAGAGGCUCAGGCUAACCAUCACCCAACCUUUAGAUCACCUACUACCAGUUAAAUAAUGAACAAAUGCUUUUAGGACUUUCUCUACAGAUGAGACCUAAACACAAGUAUUUUAUUUAAAGUUUAAAAUCUCUUCAGUAGGUCUGUGGUCAAAACAGGUCGGUCAUGUAGAAAUGUAUGUCUACUUCUACUCGGCUUGUUCAUCUUGGAUUGUUGAAGUAAGUAAGUUUUGGACUUGAAAAGACUGUGAAGGUGCAUCACCCCUGAGUGAAAGUCAAUCAGGCUACAAGGGAAAUUUCCAUGUCAUCUCUGUCCUAAGAACCAACAGCUCCUACCCCUUCUUACAAAUCCCUGUGCCAGGCCUGCAGCUUGCACUAAGAGAACUCUGUAUCAGGUCAAUACUGAGCUGUAUUCACAACCAGUCAAAACAAUGUCACAACUUUGUUACAAAAACCAUGAGCUAUCGCAAGAAAAGCAACAGAGAUGUUUAAGAUCUAGGGAUUAUCUGUGAAGAUGAACGCCUCAGGAGGACUGCACAUCAAACCCCUUCUUGGUUUUCAACAAAAUGAUAAUCAGGACCCAACUUCCUGUUGAGAGAGGAACACUUACCAACCCACCAGGGAGUUUAAGCAGACAGAUCCACCCAUUUCCUCAGUCUGAGUCAAGGGGGUGUUCAAUUCCGUCUUUGAGGACAACUGUGGAGAAGAGAGGAUGAGACUGAUCAGGUCACUUUGGAAGAUAUGUUGCAGGUCCGAUCCAGGUCACAUGAUCAAGACGUUGGCUGGACUUGAAUAAGUUGCUAGAAAUGCUUGUUUAGAGUGAAACAAACUUUGAGCAAAAAGCAGGACCGGGAUCAGUGUACUUGCAACAACAUGCAUACAACCAGCUCUCCAGAUCACAUUAGAGCCCAUUUCAGCUCAAACUCCAAACAGCGGCUAAUUUUUAUAAACUUAGAGGUCAUACUUUAUGUUUUUGCAUAUUACAUCAGCAAGUCCUAACCAAGCAGUAGAACAGCAACAACAGCAAAUAUUCAUUUAACCUCAGAGAGGAUCUUUUUGACUCCAAAUGAUUGUCUCUGGUGUAGAUUGUGUUUAUUUUUACAAUAGUGAGUACACUAUGAGAUCAAAUUUAAUGAGUUUUCUUAUAAAGUUGACCGUUUUCAAUAGUCAGGGCAAAUUAUAAAUGGAACAUCCUGAAAAGAUACUUUUAAAGAAACUGUCUCUUUUAUGCUCAAAUUUGAAAAUACUUUUUUUAUUCUAAGUUAAUUCCUCCCCAGAUGCUCCCCAGAGGUCAGAAGAAGACCAAAACCAUUUACAGCCUGUACAGCAUGUCAAUGAACCACAAGGGUGUUCAGUAUACAUUCAAUAACAAACCAUCCAGACACUUUCAUCAGGCCUAGAGAAAAAGCAAAGGAGACGGGGAGAGAGUAUUUGGUCAGUAUCCUGCCUGUGAUUCAGUCUUUCUGUUUUUUUUUUUUUUAGUCCCUUCCUGGAAGUCUUUUCUCUCCCAAAUCUCUCACUUCUUCCAUCUUGAAAUCUUCAUGUUUUAGACCCUUUCUCUCCUUUGCAGACAUCCCUGGACUUUUAUCGUGACUAAAGGAAAUUCCUCCAGUGUUGUGGAGGAUCUUGCUGUCUAUCAGGGUAAGAGUCACAAUUUAGAGGAAAAUAUUUUGUUUUUCUGGCACCCAUCUGGAUUUUAUUUAUGCUGUUCAAAUGUUAUACCAUGUCUGUGUGUGUGUGUGUUUUGUCAGGGACCAAGGCCUCAUCAGAAGCACGGAGCUCUGCUGUUAUUCAUUCGAAAAAUGGGGAGGACUUUAUCAUCACUGCCAGCAGCCAGUGGGUGCAAGGUAUUUGUCUGUCCGUCUCCCUCUCUUUGUCUGCCUUCUUCUCUCUCAAACGUAUGAAGUCUGGAUAGCAGAUGAGGAUUCAGAAAAUGGAAUGAAAAAAUUAGAAAAUGACCCCUGACCCCUGACUUCCAAUCAGAGACGGAACAAAACAAGUUGUUUUUGAUACUAAACUUGAGCGACUCAUGAGUCUUUAACAUUUGUCCAAGUAAACCUAAUGACAGUAACCAAGCUUUGGACUUUUUUCCUGAUAACCUGAAAACAGGUGAGGCAUAAUUUAGCACAGUUUCAUCACUGUGGUUCAUUUUGAAAAAAGUCCUAAAAGUCCUUUUAAGUCCUUUUCCAAACAGAUUAUACAAUAGCAGCGCUCCAGCCAUUUUCACUGUUUUUCAACCUGGGCCUGGUUACAGAGUGUUUGUGUUCGUAGACUGAUAAGGGGGAACAUUUCCUGAACUCACACACACACAUGUCCUCCAUGUUCUCCUCCUGAGUUGUCAGAACAACACAGUGGACACAGUUUGACAAUGCUCAAUCUCCCGGUCAAACUGCAUUUUUGCUGAUUUUCCUGGCUGCUCUGCUCUCCCUCAAUACUGGACCAGUUUCAGUAACUGUUCCCCCCAUCAGUCCAGCACACACAAACCCAUGGAAAAUAAGCUAAUUUUGUCCCAAAGUCCAAAAAGCACAAAAAAUCUGAAAAACACUCCUCAAACAAUGUGCACAAUAAAGACGACAUUAUACUAGCUAUUCUGAUUAUCUACAUAUACUGAACAAAAAUAUAAACUCAACACUUUUGUUUUUGCUCCUAUUUUUCAUGAGCUUAACUCAGAGAUUGAAGACUUUUUCUAUGUACACAAAAGACCUAUUUCUCUCAAAUAUUGUUGACAAAUGUGUCUAAAUCUGGGUUAGUGAACACUUCUUUGCUGAGAUGAUCCAUCCACCUCACAGGUGUGGCAUAUCAAGUUGCUGAUUGGACGGCAUGAUUAUUGCACAGGUGUGCCUUAGACUGGCCACAAUAAAAGGCCACUCUGAAAGGUGCAGUUUUAUCACACAGCACAAUGCCACAGAUGUCACAAGUUUUGAGGGAGGGUGCGAUUGGCAUGCUGACUGCAGGAAUGUCCACCAGAACUGUUGCCUGUGAACUGAAUGUUCAUUUCUUCAUCAUAAGCCGUCUACAAAGGCGUUUCAGAGAAUUUGGCAGUACAUCCAACCGGCCUCACAACUGCAGACCAUGUGUAACCAAGUCCUCAUCGGGGUCUUGAUCUGACUGCAGUGCAUCGUCAUAACCAACUUGAGAGGGCAAAUGUUCACAUUCGAUGGCGUCUGGCUCUUUGAAGAGGUGUUCUCUUCACGUAUGAAUCUCGGUUUUCACUGAACAGGGCAGAUGGCAGACAGUGUGUUUGGCGUCGUGUGGGUGAGCGGUUUGCUGAUGUCAAUGUUGUGAACCGAGUGGCCCAUGGUGGCGGUGGGGUUAUGGUAUAGACAGGCAUAUGUUAUGGACAACGAACACAGUUAGAUUUUAUUGAUGGCAUUUUGAAUGCACAGAGACACCGUGAGGAGAUCCUGGGGUCCAUUGUUGUGCCAUUCAUCCAUGACCAUCACCUUCUGUUGCAGCAUGAUAAUGCACGGCCCCAUGAUGCAAGGAUCUGUACACAAUUCCUUGAAGCUGAAAACAUCCCAGUUCUUGCAUGGCCAGUAUACUCACCGGACAUGUCACCUAUUCAGCAUGUUUGGGAUAAUCUAGAUCGGCGUUUACGACUGCAUGUUCCAGUUCCUGCUGAUAUCCAGCAACUUCACACAGCCAUUAAAGAGGAGUGGACCAACACUUCACAGACCACGAUCAACAACCUGAUCAACUCUAUGUGAAGGAGAUGUAUUGCACUGUGAGGCAAAUGGUGAUCACACCAGAUACUGACUGGUUUUCUAACCCCCCAGGACGCCCCCAAUACAGUACCACUGCACCUUUUAGAGUGACCUUUUAUUGUGGUCAGUCUAAGGCACACCUGUGCGAUAAUCAUGCUGUCUAAUCAGCAUCUUGAUAUGCCACACCUGUGAGGUGGAUGGAGUAUCUCAGUGAAGGAGAAGUGUUCACUAACACAGAUUUAGACACAUUUGUCAACAGUAUUUUAGAGAAACAGGUCUUUUGUGUACAUAGAAAAAGUCUUACAUCUAUGAGUUUAGCUCAUGGAAAAUGGGAGCAAAAACAAAAGUGUUGCAUUUAUAUUUUUGUUCGGUGUAUAUUCAGACUAUCAGCUUUUAAUUAUUUUUCAUGGAACAAGUAAUGCAUCUGACAGCAGAAAGCCUGAAGACGUACAAACUCUUGUUCACCCUUUUCAGAUGAUGGACCAUGUUGUUGUGAAGACUGCUAUGAACAAAGUUAGGCUCGACCUCCUUUUCAGUGUCUCUGGAAACAUGCGGCCACAUCGCUAACAUUUUCUGACAUGGCUCCAGUUAAUUAGAGGCCUCUAUGUGUUGGACGUAAACGAUGAGGCUCUAAAGAGCUGGUUCUGGUAAGCCGACCUCGGCGACAUGGGUCAGGACUAGAGCCGUUUGGAGCCUGGUUUUCCCCGAGCCAAUUGGUCUGGGUCACUAAAAACAACUUGUGGUCCCUACUGUAAUGGGAGAGUUCAAAUUUGUGAAAGCUGUUUUGACUUUCUGUCUAUUAAAUUAUAUGAUCAAUAAAUUUGGAAAGAUAUUGGUCAAAUAGAUCGGAAUAGUUUUAUUCAGAGGUACCUCUGCCACCCCUGAAAAUAACGAUUAAGCUGCUAAUUCCUGUGAAAGUAAUACAUGCAAAUGUCUGUCCAAUGACAUAUGGACUGAGAGCUCAAGAGUGAGGAUGAUAUUUUGGGGAUGUCAUCCCUUCAUUCAGAGUGAUCAGAGGGGUUAGAGUGGAUUUGAUAAAGAGGACUGAUGAAGAAGACCUCCAUAAAUUUUAUUGAGUACCUGUGAAUACACCUGAGCAGUCUGCCUGAGUUCAGUCAUAGUAUAUCAUACAUGUGGGAGACGGCAUGGACAGACACAAGCAAAGACAAGUUUCUUUCCCUGAGGAUUCUACCUGAACACAAAAUUCAUCAGCCUCCUUUUUUCAUCACUGUCUGGGAUGCUGCUGUUAUCAAUCACUGUGUUCUAGUUCAACCUGCUUCUGUUUAAAUCUGUCACAUACAUUUUCAGACAGCAACACUGCAGCAGGCAGAUAGAUAGACACAUGUGCCUGCAUGAAGACUUGCACAUAUUGCCUGACAGUGUUCGAGUGCCGUUCUCAAAGACUCUUUCACGCCGCCCUGAACUUAAGAUUGAAAUUCAACAGAUCCUCAGCAGUGUCAGCCAGAGCCGAAACAGCUAUAGGAGGAGAGAGAGCCCUUUAAUAACUUAAUGACUGAUGUUCCCUGACAGCCUAAGUGGAACAGAAACCAAGGCAUUUACAUCAGCCGGUUAAACUGUGCCGGGCUGUCAGACCACUGAACUGUGAGCUACUGGUGUGUGUGUGUCUGUGUGUGCGUGUGUGUGUGUGUUUGUGCGCAACAGAGGCAGAGUGGACAGAGUGGUUUGACAGGGAUGACGAGAGAGGAUCUGGAGAUUGGGAGAAACUGUCUGACCUGCACAAGGCCUAUCCAGACCGGCUGUGUAGUGGUCCACUUGACAUCCAGGUAAUUUUUUUUUCUACUGCACAUUUGUACGGAUGAGAGUGUGCAAAGUCACAUACAUUCAUACACGAGUUCAUGUCUGAAGAAGAAGCCACAACAGCUGACCACAACUACUGUAGUUUAUUAUGAAAGCAUAAACAGCUCUGGGCUGAUGAUGAAUGUCUUUACUAUGUCUGACUUAGAAUCACUAGCCAAAUAAGUUUGGCUAUCUGAUUGGCUGGCAAUGUAGAAGCCAAUCAUUUGGUCUCCCUCAGCUCCACCACAGACAACACAAAAAACACAAGACUGUAAACGCCUGGUCAAUGCAAAUUGAAAAACACAUGCAGAAGUUCAAAAAAUGCAACAUGGGAGACACUAAUGAAAAAACACGGACUGCAUGAGCAACAAAUGUGCUGCGAACAGACAAGUGACUUUAAUUCAUAAACAUACUCAAGCAGAAGAAAACUAGAAGGAUGAAUGCUUCACAUCAAAACUUCUCAGUAGAAAUGCUGAGGGCCCAGCAGGGUGGUACCAGAACCAUAAGGCAACUCAUCAGAGUUUCAGAUACAUUGAACCAACUGAAGUCCUUUAUUUAAAAAUGGGGCCUGGCCUUGCAAGUACAUUGAUUCUGUUAUUACUGCCAUUUUUAAUAAACAAGAUCAAAUAACUUCCCUCACAGUGUCCAAUUGUAAGGCAGAUGUGGUUCUCUUAUCUGUUCCCAUUCUUUGUUGCAUUGAUCAGAUUGGUUGUACAGGUCCUGAAAAUCCAGAUUUGAGCUGGAUUUAUGGAAGUGGGCCAGACAGUACCUCUGCUGGAAAAGUAUGAUAUUGAAAUUUGCAAUGAUGUUUGUUUGUGAAAGAGAAAUUGAAGUAGAAUAAUAAUAAAAAAAGAUUUCAGUUAUGAAUAGAAGAGCCACAGAUAUGCAAAAAUAACUGAGCUUUAUUUCAUAAUGAUAGUCAAUGCAAAGACUCUACUCUGAACUACUCAUUCUUGGUAUGGAUCCUAAUGAUCUUCAGAGGUAAGAUGCUUGAAAAUCUUAGUGUGAUGGGCUCAAGAACAGAUCGAGCCAAACUGGACCAAUGCUUAAUGACACCUCUCUGUCUCUCUCUGAAGACAGCACACUUUAUAAAACUUCCCUGUUUCCUGUUAUCAGCAGAAUCACUGUUGGUCAGACUGACAGUCAUGUUCUUAAAAGUGUCUUUAAAACAACAGUGAAUGUAUAAAUGUGGUGUGAAUGGGUGAAUGUGACACAUGCUAUAAAAGAGCUUUGAGUGGUCAGACAGAGACAGAAACAUAGUCCACUUAUCGUUGACCAUUUCUCCCUCAUCCAGGCUGAAACCUACGACGGCACACCAGCCAACCAGUCAGGAGAUGUGAUCCACAAGAAUGAUAAGGACUACGGCUUUGUCUGCCUCAACAAAGACCAAGCUCAUGGCCUCUGUCAAAACUACAGGGUUCGCUUUCUCUGUGGAAAACUGGGUACAUCUUUCACUUACUAUCAGGUUGUGUGUGUGUGUGUGUGUGUGUGUGUGUGUGUGUGUGUGUGUGUGUGUGUGUGUGUGUGUGUGUGUGUGUGAUUCCUCCUCUUCAGUGCUUUUCUGUUAUGUACGAUCAUGCUGAUCAGAGCCUGUAAAGGUUCAAUAACUACCGAGAGUAAAAUGAGGAGAGCGUGAGUUGUUUGCAGUCUCCAAAUAUGCAGACACAAACACUGGCUGUACUCCAGAGGGUGUGCUGUGCGUGAGGAGGCAGUUAUGACUGGAAUGCACAGAGCCAGCAUCAUGGUGCAAAGAAGCACAACCAACUUAAUAGGCAAGCUAUCAAGGACCUCUGUCUGGGCUUGUCUGUCCCUGUCUACAUGUGUCUUCACGGCAUGUGGUUAGGGCUGCAGAGUUUUGGCCUGAUCUUGAGGGUUACGCAGAGUACAACACAUUUGUUGUUUGUGUUUCUUGUCAGGGGAUGUAUGAAGUCUGCACACAUGAGAUCUUGUCUAAGGGUCCCAAGUGGAGUUCGUGUCUCAGUCUUCCAGUACAGCUUCUGAUCCAUAGCCUGUUUAUAUAUAGGCUACUUGUAGUGUGCAUGGAUGGAGUUCACUCAACAGGACAGUGAGUCAACAAGCAAUACAAACAUGUCCUUCUACUUUAAGUUGGAGCCUCAGGCAUCACUUAUCGAAGGCUCUCUUGGCCAUUGUCCAGACUUACCCUAGAUGACCCCAAACCUGAUCAAGCUGCAAAAACAAGAGAGAAAGACUAUUUUUCUGCUUCUCUGACAGAAACUCAAUGCUUGGCGUCCUGUCACAAGUACUUGUCUGAAUAUUCUGAUCUCCCAGUGUUGACUGUUUUUGCAUAUGAAAACACUUAAAGAACAAUAGUGUCAAUAGGGUUAGAUCAGUCAAAGAAAACAAGAACUGUAAGGAGCUGGUCUACGGCACGGAGGAGUUAGAUUGUGGGUUAAAAAUCAAUCGGAAUUCACAACAGUGGUUUUGUUUUGAAGUGGGGUUGUGGGGCUUUUGUCAAUAGAAAGUGAAGAACAUAUAGAGGAUCCUGGCCAGUUCGACCCCUUUGUUGAGAAACUGGAGAGCUGACCCAGAAACAAUCAACCACUGCAGACAGAGUCAGUUUGACCAUGCAAGUGAGAAAAUUCUAAAAUAGUCUGACCCAAUCAUUUAUAUUGGCCUCAUGUUCACUAUAUAAAGAUUUUUUCAGAGCUUUAUUUUACCGUCAGAAGGUCCAUUUCUGUUAGAUCAGAUGUGGUGCAUCUUUGCCCGCCUGCAGCCAUGGAUCAGCUGUGUGGGUCAGUGAGGUACAAGUCACUCUUACCUUUGCUCAUCAUAUUAAUAAAAGUGAUUUUUGAAGUGAAUCAGCCAGAUAGCCAGAUACUAGCCAGAAGUGGUUGUUAGCCUCCUAGUCCCCCUGCUCAAUUCUAAUUCAACAAACUGUAACAGAUAGGUAACCACUGUGUGGACUGUGUAACCAAAGUAGAACAUGGUGUGCUCUGACUCUGACACCCUAAACCUCUACCCAGUUCGUCCACAGGCAUCUAUUUCCAUUGACGUAUUGUCCAACAGCACCAUCCUGGAGCUUGAGGACCUCCCAGAAGGUUGGGGACCCAUGGAUCGGGUGGUGGUGGCAAGCACUGACUACUCCAUGCACCAGGCUGAGGAGUUCACCUUGUUACCUUGCUCUACCUGCACACCCAACCAGGUCAAGGUUCAAGGUAAGAGACAAAUAGAGAUUUUUUAUUUCCAUGAAUGCCAAAAAACAAAAAAAAAGGUCUUCAUCUAGCUAGGAAAAACCUGAAAAACCUUUUCUGACUACAUAUACCCCCAAAGACGACCAAACCAACAGGUUUCAUCUGUCCACAUUCAAACAAAACUGUAAGGAGAGGAAAUGCCAAAAAGAACAAACACAACAUCUCCUAAAUAAUCAAAACUAUCAUACCUGGAUAGACCCCAAUCUUGAAUGAAAUCCCUCAUGUGGAUCCUCGUUCACUAACGAGCUGCUCAGAAACGUCAUCUUCAUUACCUACGGCCAUGUUUGUUUGUUAUUCAACUCUGUGUGGGCUAUGGCUGUGAGUCCAUCAUUCGAGUUUAUGUCAUCAACUUGCUUUUAUCAUAUUUAUCAUGAAAUGGCAAAUAUUUGUUAUGGAGGAUUUUUCAGGCAAUUUAUCGUGAUCGAUAAUUUAUCGCCAAUCCCUAGCUCCUGCCCAAUCAUCAGCAGACACCUGUUGCACGGUCCAGAGGAGAAGCAAGGAGAACAAAACACCACAGGGGCUGGACAGGGGAACAAGACACCACCAUAUUUACCAUCACAUAUACAAAUCCCAAUUCUUGUGUGUCUCUCAGUCAUAAAACAUCAAUUCAGUAAUGUCAGGCUGAACAUCUUAAGAGCUUGUAUGAAGGACUUGAGCUUUAGUGACUUGACUACAAUCCUCAGAGUCAAGAGUGAGGCAGAGUCACAGGCUGCAGUCUCUGGGACUCCAAACCAAAGCCUUCCUUACAUGCAUGUAUGCUUGUAUGGGCUCAAACAAUACUUUAUUGUUGUCUGCUUGAAAACCCAAGAAGGGAGAGUUAAAACCUGACAAAUGCACAUAGAAGUUGGAGCCCAAGCAGCUUAAGUCUUCAUCUCUGUGACAUAUUCUCCCAUAGCAGUCACUUUUAACACUGAUUUGCACAUGAAAAAGGUUGUGUUUGCAUUUCCUCUGCUUUUGAUUAGGACUUAGAGUCAUAAUAUAUUUAAAUCCUCUCCUGCUGUUUCUCCUCUGCUGCAUAAUAACACUCCCCUCACCCUCCUGCUUCUCUGAGUUUUUUCUCCUGUCCUUCACAUCACUUAGAAUUAUGCCUAACACGGUGAAAUCCUUUUUUUUCCAAACCUCAGGCUAAUGCUUAGAGCAUCUAUCACUUUCCUUUGACUUUGAUCCAUUUCAUUUAUUCCUUCAUGCAUACCAUUUUGUAGCAGCAGUUUUGUAUUUGACAGAAUUAUCAAGUCAGCUUCCUCAUGGGUUAUGCACAAAAGCAAAGGGUGUGUUGUUUUUCUGGGUAACUCUGAGCUUUUGGAAAUAGCUGAGAGACACAGAGACCGUUGGCCUGGGGCUGUUUAUCAUCAGUUUGACUCCAUUACAGUAUGGGUUACACGCACUGAAUUUCUGACAGGUCUAAAUGGCUUCAACGAUGAUGGCUGAAAAGUUGUUGUGUUACUGGAGCAUACCAAUGCCCCGGAGCAGUGGGAGGGUAUUCAUCAGGCCAUAUUUCUCACCUGACAUUUAUGUUCUACAUAAAGCCACCUUACAUUGGUAAAGAUAACUUUUCAUCAUGAUCAUCAAAUUUGUAAUAAAACUCUCAUAACAUAUCAAUCACAGUGAUUUAAAUGUUUAAUGUCAGUAAUAAAAGGAGUCAAACCAUCUGACAUCCAAAGUAUGUGAAUGACUGGAGGACCUGUGCGAAAAUGUGGGGUUAGAUUCAGUCAUGAUGUUUAUUGAUGAUUGCUCAGACAGACAAACAUAACAGUGAUUUGUUGUCCCCAUUGUUUAAGGUGUCCUAGUCCAUGAGGUCAUAUUACACAUCGUACGUUACUGAAAUCACAGCUGCAAUGCUGCUGCUGUAGAUACCCUAACUAGUGUUGUGGUUGAUUGACACAUGGGGCUCUAUUUUCGUGCCCACCAGCGACGCGGCAGAGGGUGGCUGACCCCGCACAGUGGUAUUUUCUUCUGGUGGAGCCCGGUGCACAGCCAGUUUGGUAUUUUCGUGGACUGAGGCACACCAAGGUCCACCAAGCUGGGCGUGGUGGCACGGUAGGGGGAGGUGUCGACAGAAGCAGCUGGUGCAGUGACAUUUUUGUGUUCGCCGGUGGCGUAUAAAGUGCGCUGAAAGCUCGCCGAUUCAAACCUGGUCAGCUUUCAGCGCACGCCGAGCACAGCUAGUCUAGUGGUAUUUUGGUAGACCGGCGGCAUAGUGCGCAUACGUCACUGAUGCCUCAACGGCAGGUUUCCACAGUGUCAGGCACAUUUCAGUGCAAUAAAUAAUCAACAGCAACUAAUAAUCUGAGUCAGACCACGUGUUAAGAUCUAUGGAUAUAUUCUGAUCUAUAUCUGAUCUGAUGAGCACAUUUGGCACGCGUUUGGACACACAACCUGAUCAAAUCAACACAGCUGAAACCACAUUAAAUUAAAUUAAAUAUCUAGUAAAUAAACACACAUGAUGAAGUGAACAAGAUAUUUAAUUCGUCUCCCUCCUUGUCUUUCCUCCUCUUCCUCUUAUUUCUCACGCAGCCGUACCUGGACAUGUCUCCGUGUCCUCUGUUAUAAUAUUCAGUUAGUCAAAUUUAUUUUAUAUGCCAACAUCUAUGAAAGAAAGAGCCAGGAGCGUGAUGUGUCAUUUACACACAGAUGGUUCAGAUUUCAAUGCCAGGUGCUGAUCUGAUUGGCGAAAACAGGUCUUGGCUGUGUUAAACCCACUCCACGCCUUCUCUCCUCCCUCACUACGACUUACUAAGAGGAGCUGAGUUAGGGAGGGGGGGAUACUUACGCCGGUCUGCCAAAAUACCAAAAUGUGCUUGGGCAUGCCUUGUCGGCGCGGCGGACCUGACUUACACGAGGAACGAAAAUAGAGCCCAUCGAUUCAAGAUUGAUUUAUUUGUCAUAUGCAGGUUAAACAUAGUCAACAAUGCAUUGAAAUGCCCUGGAUGAGAAGAACUACUCAACCCAAAGAAGUACAAAGAACAUGCAAUGAAGUACGAAGAAGAAGAAGACAAUAGAAUAAAAAUACAAAAAUAUAAAAAGUAUAAAAGAAACAUUUACAAAGUGCACAAGCAAUGCUGUAGCUGCUGUCAGAGUGUAAAUGUAUGCAAUGGGGGAUAAGUCAGUGGGAUAAAUGAGGUAUGAAUUUCCAUAUUCAUUGUUGUAUAGAUGUUCUUUGUCCAGUAGGUCCGCUGCUCUGCAGACCAUUUUAACUUUUGCUUAAGGUCGGCUGUGUUUCCUGUACAGAUACUGAUAAUUGCUACUUCAGUGGGUCUGAUUGAGCUCCCAUGGCUCGGGGAAGGUGACAGCUCUUAAGCCUCUUUGAUUGAUCCUAUCAUGUUUGUACUGUGGAUAUCCUGCUGUGAGUGAUUUAACUUCUGUUUCCUACAGUGGAUCAAGGCUGGAUGUCUUCUUCCAUCAUGCUGCCUCUCAUGGUGUUGUGUUAUAUUUCUCCCCUGAGGCUGGCAGACUGUCAGACUUGGUCAAUUGAACUUCUGCCCAAUGUGUCUUUGAACAUCAACUUCCCAACCCAAUCCCAGAUGAGUGGUAUUAUAAAGAUGGUGAAUGCAAUGGUUUACUCAUUACUGGCAUAUUUGAUUUACUUAUUCUGAUUUCAAACAGACUCAUGAUCUUGACUACUUUGGUAAAAGAGCAUUGUCUUAGAUCAUCAGACAGAUACACAAUACAAUCUUACACAGCCAAAGUGAAUGACCCCUAAUAUUGAAAAAUCCAUGAAAAUUCAGGCUUUACAUUUGCAAAUGUUUCAGCCAAUUUUUACAUUUUUUCUUUUUAAAAUCAAACCUCAGAAUUUACCAUUACUCCUUCAUGUUUGACUCAGCAGUGAAGUUUUCACUUUUCAUUAUCUCAUUGUUUGUUACUGGUCUCUCUGUUUAUAUGUUGUGUUUGUGUUUUUUCUGUUUUAUCACACUUUGGCCAUCUUUGCUAUUUUUCCAAUAUGCUUCAUGAAUAGAUUUGGAUGAGGAUUUGAAAUACACAAGAUGGGACAUACGUUGGUUUUGUGUUUGUAAAUAAAAGUAACAUGAUACAGAAGAGCAGGAUUAUAAUGAUUACAUCCGUGCUUAAUAUUAUGAAGACAUCAUUACAACUGUCCUGCUAGAGAGUCUGAAUCAGGAUGCAGGAUGUAAACGACAGCGCCAGGUCUUCAGUCAUAGUAUGAUGUUUGUUGAAAUGAUUAUUUAGCCCUUGACUAAAAUCUAAUGUGUGCAUGUGUGACUGCAGGUAAGGCCCAGUUCAUUCACAUUGGAGAGGACGUGGAUGGAGUGGACAUGAGGGCGGAGGUGGGCUUGCUGAGUCGUAACAUACGGAUUCAGGGUGAGAUGGAGCCCGGUUGCUAUGCCAGCGAGUCCUGCAAAUUCUUCACCUUUGACACUUUUGGUGGACAUCUAAAGGUACGCUGUUGUCUUCAACUGGUCUCGUACUGAAUCACCAGACAGAUUAUUUAACAAUGAUUAUUCAUUUCUAUAAAAGGUCAGUUUAUUAGGCUCUAUAACACUCCUUCAACAUUAUCUAGAUAUAAAGGUUCAUAGAGAACUCAUUCAGUGUAACACAAGAGUUCUAGUUUCUAUGAUUCAAGACUUGUUAUCAUCCAGAUUUAGGCAUAAAUAUUUAUAUCUGGCUUUGUCUAUUCUAGUUGGUGUCAUUUCAUGUAGGUUUCCAUGGUGACAACAGUAUUUACUGCCCACCAUGAAGGAAUAAUAUGAUCUAUCUCUGUGUCGACAGCACAUUUGAUAAAAAAAAGUGUAGAAAAGGAACAUGACCUUAGACUAGGCUUGUUUUGACAGUUUGGUAUGUGUUUUGAGGUUUUUCACCUCUUUCAGAUAAAAACUUUUGCCAUGCCUCAGCAGAGGGAAAGCCCAUGUCAUCCUCAGCACACGCGAAGUUUGGCCUAUCAGAUUAAUGGCAGGUGAUUAAAAUUAAAAAUAGAACAGGUACAACUCCCAACAAAACCCAUGUCUCAGCCUGCAGGCAUGUCAGCAGAAGAUAAAAAGCACAUGGGAGACGCAGUGAGAGACAGGCAAGGACAGAGGAACAAAGCAGACUGAGAGCUUGCGGUUAUACUCCUGCUGCAUUCUUGUCUCAACCUCAGGGCAUGUUAUCAAAUCCUAUUAUUAGUUCCAUCACAGGCUCAUGUCACAUAUUUCUAAUGCAUGGGUUUGCUCACAGCAUGCACGAGCAGUUAAUGCAGGGAGAAGAAAGCCCAAGUGAGAUUUCAGUGAAGCCCUUCAAAGUGAAGGCCUCUCUUUGACAGUUAUGCCUUUACAGUUGAGUCACAGCUUGUAUUUUCCAGGAGCCACAUGCCGAGAUAAACACUUUGUUGUUUUGAAUUGUAAUGUUAUUUCAGCAGCAGCAGCUUAAAACUGUUUUUAUAACGUCCCUCAAACUGAUGUUUUUAUUCACCUGUGAAUAUCUGUCUGGUUUUCUUCCUCAUUUGCUACAUUUUAAUCAGUCUCUUUUCCUUCAUGUAGUCCCUCAAUCCUUUCAUCCUGCUUCCUGACUACUUGCAUAACCCACUUUUCACUCUGCUGCCCAUCUUCUAUCCUUCCUCCCAUCCUUGUUCCCUUGUCCACUUUAAACCUUUUCCUGCUGCUUUCCUUCCUAUCCCCCCAUUUCUGUCAGUGCCCCACUUUUAACAUUCAUCAUUUCUAUAUUUCAGCUGUUUCUUAAAGAUUUCUUCUCCCCCUGAAAUAUAAUGGUUGUCAUCAACAGGUGGAGAAAGGCUUUAGGGCAGUUCAUAUAUCUGGGGUGGAAUUGCAGCACAUGGGUCAGCAGUCAAUGGGUCACUAUCCAGUCCAUUUCCACAUGAACGGUGAUGUGGACCAAAGAGGAAGCCAUGACCCCCCCACCUACGUCAGUGACUUAUCCAUUCACCACUCCUUUUCUCGCUGUGUGACCAUCCACGGCACCAAUGGACUGCUGGUCAGUAAAGAAGUUUGACACAUUAUUUCCUUUAUGCCCUGAAAUAGGGCUGGUCGAUAAACCGAAAAUUUACCGAUAACAAAAUUUAUGACAAUAAUUCAACGUCAUUUUGCCCAUGUCAGUAUAUUUGCUGUCAAAUUAAUAAAUAAAUAAAUAAAAGUUAGUUUUGGAUGUGUGUAGGUAGGCUAUGGUCUCAUGUCACUUUAAGACGCUGUCCUAUGUCACAUGACUCCACCCCAUCCAGUCUGUAACAAAGAGGGAAGGACAGGUGAGGAGAUGGAGGACGGUUCAAAAGUUGUAGCGGCUGGAGUAGACGAUGUUUAUGUGGGAGGGGAUGAGCAGCUUGUGGAGUAGUUAUCAUCCAUUUAUCAUUAACAAGGUGAACUGCUCAAUAUAUCGUGAGAUUGAUUUGAGGCCGUAUCGCCCAGCCGUACCCUGAAAGUGCAUCCAUCUCCUUCCUUGGAUUAGAAGAUCUCUGAAAGUGAGUUGCAGUCUUAUGAUCUCUGCACUCAUCUGCUGCCUUCCAGGUGAGGAAUGUGGUGGGCUAUGACACUUUAGGCCACUGUUUCUUCACGGAGGAUGGUGCAGAAGAAAGAAACACGUUUGACCACUGUCUGGGUCUGAUGGUGCGAGCCGGGACCUUGCUGCCAUCAGAUAGAGACAGCAAAAUGUGCCGUGACAUCACUGAGGGAGCUUACCCAGGAUACGUACCCAACCCACGCCAGGACUGCAGGUAUGUGUGUAUCACUACAAUAAAGAAACACCAGUUGAACCCAUUUCCUCAUCUGCACCCAGGGACAUAUUGAAUUUGAGUUCAGUCAGAUAACUCAUGUUUUGAAAUGUUGACUGUCUCUUAACGUGGAUUUAUUUUAAAUGUAGAAAUUUGGGAAGUGGUAGAUAAAUAUUUUAUACUCCCAGAAAAGAGAGCCUCUAGGUUGACGCUGGGUGGUGGUGGGGGUGAGAGCAGGACAUCACCAACAAUAUCAGAGCAAAGGUGGAUAUCAGAAAUGAUCUGAUCUGAAUCCCUAAUUUUGGGGGCGUCAUUUGUCAGGGGUAUGAAAACUGCCUGAACUAACUUUCAGGUGUUGUUAUGAUUGUGUGUGUGUGUGGAUGAAUUAAAAAGACGUUCAUGCACAGGGGAGUUCACAGCCCACUGUUAGUUCACUCCAGGACUGCACCUACUCCCCACUUUAUUUGUUGAUUUAAGGAGACAGAGGGCUGGGGAAUGGUAGGCUUUUGUCUCCCCAAAUGAUAUAGUUUUACUCCUUUGGUACAAAGCCAGUCUGGCGCUGCCUGGACAUGAGAGCACCCUAUCACACCUCAGGGAGAUGCCUGCUUCAGACCCCAAAAAAAAACCUCUCCAGAGACUAACACCGAUUUUGUCAGUCUGUGAGCUGUUCAGUCCAUGUACAAAGACACGCAGGAACACACUGAAGCACACUUACCACACCCUCACAUGAAACAACAAACUAGAAAGGAGAUGUGUAACUCUGAUCUGUAUGUAAUAAGCUUUAAAUCUCCAUAAUAAACCUUGGCCAAGUAUCAAACCAUAAGAAACUCAGAUGUGAGCUUAACCCCAGAAAUAUAUUCUGGGUCCUCUGAACAACCUGUCACAAGAACUUUGGCCAGAGUCUGCAGUCCUGCUUAACUCAGCAAAGACAGUCCGUGACUUUAAUUCAUACAUGCAUUUAUUUACUCCAGCCUGGAUUAUAAUGCACUUUGUUCUACUAUAAUGCACUCAACUCUACUUUAAUGCACUUUAUUCUACUUUAAUGCACUUUGUUCAACCAUAACGCACUUUAUUCUACUUCAAUGCACUUUAUACUGUCAUGCCCUUUAUUCUGCUAAAAUGCACUUUGUUCUACUUUAAUGGACUGUAUUUUGCUGUAAUGCGCUUAUUCUACCAUCAGACACUGUAUUCUACUAUAAUGCACUUAACACUACUAUUAUGCUUUUUACUAACAUGCAACUUUAUUCUACUAACGUACACUUUAUUUAGUACAAUGCACUGUAUUAUACUAUAAUGCUCUUUACUAUAAAGCACUUUAUUCCACUAAUUAUGUGCUCUAUUUUAGUCAAGUAUUUAUUACACUACAAUCAUACACUUUAUUUUAUUAUAGUUCUUCCUUUUUCCUGUAGUGCACAUUAUUCUACCUUCAAUGCACUUAGCUACAAUGCACUUUGUUCUAUUCUAGUACACUUUUUUUUACUAUUGUGCACUUUUUUAUCCUACAAUGCAUUUUAUUCUAAGAAAGUGCUCUUAUUCUACUUUAAUUCUAGUACACGUUAUUAACUACAGUACACUUUUUGGUUACUAUAAUGCUCUAUAUUCUUGCAUAGUGCACUUUAUUCUACUUCAAAGCAGGUUCAGGGUAAUUUUUCUUUCUGUGUUACAUCACCUUUCCUUCACAACACUCAGUAAGUCUUUGUGAACCAAGGACACUAACUGUUGAAGCUUUGGAGGUGAAUUCUUUCACAGUCUUGAUUGAUGGACCAUUUCAGCUGAUCUACGGUCCAGGGUCUCUGUUGUGGUUUUUUGGGCUUCAUAAUGCUUCGCACAUUUUCAGUGGGGGAUAGGUCUGGACUGCAGGCUUCAGUCUAGUACCUUGACUCUUUGAGUCAAGGUACUAGACUGUGUCUCGCCGUUGUCUUGCUGAAAUAAACAGGGACAUCCCUGAAAAGACGGGGCUCUGAUGGCAGCAGAUGUUACUCCUAAACCUGCAUGUACCUCUCAGCAUCAAUAGAGCCUUGACAGAUGUAACAGUUAGCCAUGGACACUAACAUGUAGUCCAACCCUGAGUAGUUCAGUAAAGUUUAAUUUCAGUCUGACUUAUGCAGUAAAUCAACUUUUUUGAACAGUAGGUAAACUUACCAACCGUUAGUUUCAGCUUGUGGUUACGAGCUUUCGUGGAAGCUCAAUUCAAGUCAACCUCAUAAAGGUCUUUGUUCAAAAGCGCCAUCACUGAAGUGCCAAGCACUCAGAGCUACACUGUGGUUGUUGUCCAGGACUUAUAGAAAUAGCUGAGACUUCCCUCUACAACAACAAAAACCCUGAAAACAAACUUUCAAAGACAUACUAAAGCACAGUGCAGCGUAAAGAGCUUCCAGGUGGCUGUGUCCUUGUUAGAGAUGUACUAGUGUCAGUGUUAAUUGUCUUGUCCUUCAACUUUUUCCUGAGUGAAUAGCAGAGCCUGAUGUCAGGUUCAGGCCAAGUUUCUUAAAGUAAUAAUAAUUUAUUCAAUUUUCACUCUUCAAAACAAGUUACCAAGUGCUGAGCAUUCAAAAAUGUUUAUUAAGAUAAAAUUGAUGGGUGUAGUUGCACGAAGCCAUAAACCAACAAAUACAUUGAAUCUAAAUCCAAACAAAUGACUAAUUACUACAGACGAUAAAUACAGAAGAUCUAAUACUUUGGUAAUAAACAAAGGUUACAGACUCACAUGGAGCAAACCAAUGAUCAUGAGAAAGCUAAAUUAUAGAGAUGAGUUUGGGACAAGAUUUAAAAGAGGACACUAAGUUUGUCGAACAAACUUAUGAAGGGGGGCCCCACAGCUGUGGAGCACAAACUGCAAUUGCUCGCUCACCUCUUGUAACUCAUCUAGAUUUCGGAACCUUGAGAAGGGUCCUUCUAGAGCAGUGUUUCUCAAGUCCAGUCCUUGAGGCCCACUGUCCUGCGUGUUUUAGAUGUUUCCCUGCUCCAACACACCUGAUUCAAAUGAUCAGCUCGUUAUCAAGCUCUGUAAUGGCUUAAUAACGAGCUGAUCAUUUGAAUCAGGUGUGUUGAAACAGGGAAACAUCCAAAACAUACAGGACAGUGGGCCUCAUGGAGUGGACUUGAGAACCCCGGUUUCAGAGGAAAGGUCACAUAUUUUAGAUUUGCCUGAAAUGAUCCGGUCAAUUCAUGUUUUGUUUAUGUGAUCGGGGAUGUUGUGUCCUAAUACGGUUUCAAAACACCAGCAUCUGAAUUAUGACAUUCCAAGAGUUCCUAUUUCAUCAAAAAUGAUUGCACACACAAUGUUCCCAACUGUAAGAUUUAUAAUACAUUUCCACACAGAUUUUUUUUGCUCUCCCUUGUGGCUCCUCCUGUCUCCUUCCUGUCAUGUAUGAGUUGUGUGUGUGUUGAACUGAAAUGUUCAGAUGAGAACAUUAAAUUUUGUUCAGAUUUUCAGGAGACAGGAGAAGUGUGGGCUGCAUGAGGAGGACUGGAUUGAUCAAAACCAGGCCAGAUGAAUGUUCUUAGCCCUAAUACUUUGUUUGUGCAAAGAAUGUGUGUGUGCAUGCCUGUGCCUGUGUGUGUGCGUGUUGCUCGUAAGCCUCAGUAUGAAUUUCCCAAAACUGAUUUUUUUGUCCAUGUGCUGCAGAGGAAAUAGCAGGACUAACAGCAGAAGUGUUUUAGUCCACUUAGUCACAAACACACACUGAAUGUCAUGCUCUUACAUUUAUCGUCAUCAUGUCCAAUUAAGAGAAGCAGAAAUGUGCCUCAUUUACUGUGAUGUCCACACCCACAUCUGCAGUCUGUCUGUCAGACCAAAAUAUAACUCAGUGCAAACAUCAGUGAGUGAGUACAUGAGCUUACACAGAUUUUAUUUUAGGAGGGAUCAAAGACCAGUCUAACUCUGUAUAUGCAGAGACACAGAAGCAUAUGAAUGUGAUUUAAAUUGGUAUAUAACUUUGCAUUUCAGAUUUUCCCAUUAUCGGAGCUGAACUUCAACAAAAGUUGGCCUUGGCAUCUUUUAUAUUCUUUUAUUGAGGGUUAUUAAUCCAACAUCGAUAGUAACAUACAGCUAUCAUUUUAUCAGCAAAGUGCCGAUAUAGAAAACAGUUAAAAGUGAGAAAUUUCAGCUUCAUGCUUUGAAUGGGAAAAUGUAGAGCCGUUUACUGGACAAGUAUAAAAAUAAAAAAUUGAAAGCCAGUAGCCCAAAAUAAAAUCUUAACAUAUGGGAAUGCAUUAGUUUAUGUUAUGAUACAUGCGGGAUCAAAAGUGACAUUUUCAAUAGUUUUCAAUGGGACAUUUUUUGUCACAGGGAUCAAAUGUGUCGGUUUUUCUGUAGGUUAGCCAUUUUAGGCUAAUUUAAGGAACCAAAACUACAAUUCUGAAGUUUUCCAAAAAAUUGAUAUCCUUUGGCAAAUUUGGGCUAUGUUCAUUCAACACAGCCAAAAUGGCAUAAAAACAAUAAAAAAUAAAAUAGCACAAAAUGUCUUAAAGAUCUUUUAAGGGUUAAUCGUGUGUCACGUACAAAACAUAUACAGAAACAUUUCUAUAGAUUUCAAAUUAACAGCAAAACACAGAUGACGCAGGUAUAACACAUACACAUGCGCAGAUGAAACACAAUAAAGUACGGCUGAAUUAUAUCCUAGAUCCUAAUAAAAGUAUUGUUUUUUUUUUUUUUUAAAACCUCUGUUGCCAAAGAGGCUGUUAUUAAAUCUGUUAUUAUGAACCCAAAGUCCAAGGUUGGCUUUGGCCAGGUUUCAAGUGAUUUUUAAUCCACAGAAAUCCCUCAGUGUUGUCAUGCAGAGUGUGAGUCAGAUGUUAUCUCAGAACCUCCCUUUACCAACCUUCCGUUGUUGCGUUAUACUUGGAGAUCCAGAAUUAAAGUACGUUUUUUCUUGGGUGGGCCGAAACCAAGCCUCCCCCUCAGUGCUGGUGUACAAUGGAGUCUAUUUUAAGCUGAGUCUGCCUUUCAGUAUUGCAGCUCAGAAUAGUAAGUGUAUUUUUCAUUACUGACCAGGUAUCUCCCUCUAUCUGUUAUAUGAUUUCAGUUUGUCAUCGCAUUCUGAUAUGAUCCGUGGAAUAGUUCAGAUGUGACCCUAAAGUUUUGUACGCUUAUGGAAAAAACCUUUUUGGUUUGGGGUGUAUGAGAAGGUAAACCAAGAAAAGGACCAUUUAUGUGGGGCACAAAUCUUUUUUGGUAUGAAGUGUCUAUUUGUAAAUAGUGAUAAAAUUGAUUCUGUUGUAAAGAAAAUUGACUUUUCAAUCUUGAACCAUUUGUGAGGAGAAGUUUACUUGUUUCUUGGUUGGGCAGGUUAUCUUCCUUGGUGACCAAUGCAAGGUCAACAAGAUAUGCGUAUUAAAGCGCCAAACAUUUCCUGUUGUUGAACAGAUUUCCCGAAAGACCUGUUCUUCAGUUAGAACUGGCAGUCUAAUUUUAGACACAAAAGAUCCAGUAUCUGUCCACUUUUAUAGUUUGUAUUUUGAUAAGGUUUUCCUUGGUUGCAUCAGAUUUGUGGGCUGCUUCAGUCUUCUUCAGUUCUGUCUCCAGUUCAUUUGGCUUCAUCAUCAGUUGUGUUGGAGAUAGUAAAUCCUCUAACAUAAGCCUUUAAAGAUUCCCACUGAAACAUUGUUUCAUAGUUGCCAUUCACAACUACGAAAAACUGGAUUUCUGCCUCCAUCGCCUGUAUAAAAUCUUUGUCACUGAGUAAGUUUGAUGGCCUCUGCACAGGAGGAGAAGUAAACUGGAGUUUGAUCCCUUACAUGGAUGGAUCCUUUACUGCCUGUAUUCACUUGUCCUAUGAUUAAAAAAGGUCUAUUCUCGAAUAGACCUUCCAGUACUUGAACUCGUGUUGGACCUGGAUUUGAUUUUCCGACGGUAUCUGCAGGAGUUUAUUAUCAAUACAACAAUUAAAGUUACCACUCAAAAGCAUCAAACAGCAUCUGUUACUGCCCUCAUCCAGAAUGAAGAAGAUGGUGGACUAGGAGUAUACAGUAUAUUUUUAUUAGUGUAACUAGUGUGCCAUAAGUUCUGACUCUAGGGUAGCUGAGCACAAAUGGGACAGCCUUAUGAAUCAUAAUCCACGAGUAAUGGAGGAAAAUGAGAAAAAGUAACAGGCCUGAGUUCAAUGUGCUCCACUAAAUGGGUUUCCUGUAAAAAAAAAAAAAAAGAGCUAUCAACUCCUUUUCAAGGAAGCUUAUUUAUUAUUUUUUUUUACACACUUUUGAGACUACUGCAGAUUUGGCGUCCCCCUCCUCCUAACAUGACAGUGUCCAGCUUUUUGACACCUACACGAAGAAGACAGACGAGAAGAGACAAAAGUUAGGUUUCGUGAGAGUAGCUUGUAUUUAAACAGAAACUCGAUAAGAAUGUGAUCUGCCUGCACUCAAGUCAGCUGCUUUUUGUGUUUGAGUGAGGGGCUGCGUUACCCUUAAGUGGUUUCAGACAGAUGUUUAUCUUAUCUGGUCUACUAGGAGGUUCUGACAGCAUGGUAUGUUUUAUAUCAUAUGGCUGGCAAGCACAUCCUGUGAUGAGACACUGCUGCAAGUAAACAGGUCAGUAUUGCCCUUAAAUAAGCUGAAUGUCAACAGAAAUGUUGUACUCUACGUUAUUCACUCCUGGUUAUAUCUGGGAUACCAGAUUGCUGGUUUUGCCUGUAUAUGCCUCACCACCUGAGCCAAAAUUAGAUAUGCUACUGUAGAGAAAUUGGAGAGUAUAUAGUACAUUCACCUAUAACACAUGAAUCUGCCUCAACAGAACAGGUAAAUGGAACAAGAGUGGGUUUGGGAGCUCAGUACAUAAUAGUCCAUCUGAAUCAGACAGACAGAACAGAGAGUGGACAUGCAGUUAGAGAGAGAGAGUAUAGAGACAGUGUGACCUGUGGAAAAACAGGGGCCAGGUGAAGAAGUGGGCACUGGUGAUAGAAAAAGGUCAACAGAGUGAUUUAAAGUUUGACUGUUCUUAAUUUGAUCCAACUAACAAUAAUCCAGUCAGAUUUCUUAUAUCCUCUCCAUAAAACAAAACAGCUUUCACUUUUAUUUUAUUACAGAGAAAAAAAAAGAUUAUAACUCAGUUUCCUCCCAAAAACAAGUUUAUGAUCAGUAACAGAGCUUAAAGGGAGACAGACAGAAACAAAGACAUUUGGGAAAACAGAGAGAGGAAGGAGCUGAGAGGGAAGGAACGAGGGAAGGAAGGAAGGAGCUGGGAUGGGUGGUAAAAAGGAGCUGAGAUGGGAGAAAGGAAAGAGGGACAUAUGAACAGAAAAGAGGAAGGAAGAAAGGAAGGAGCUGAAAGGAACUCAGAGAGGAGGAAGGAAGCAAGAAGAGGGGAGGACCUGAGAAGGCAGGAAUGAAGGAGAUGAGGGGCGAGAAAGAAAGAGCUGAGAGGGAUGUAUGAAGAAGAUGAGAGGGGAGGAAGGAAGGAUCUGAGAAGGGAGUAGAGCCAGACUGCAUAUCAGCCCCUUUUCUUCAGACUCAUUACCCUGAACAGCUUAUUCACACAUAGAUUUGCAUACUUUUAUGCCAAAUUCAUGCAUGGGGGUGCUCUUUGAACUACAUAGUCUGAAAGGCACUCUAAGACUCUGUACCUUUAUCAAUAAUGAAUGAGAACCUAAAUGCAGAAAGAAGAAGUCACAUGGUAGAGAAGCAGUCUUGUCUAAAUUGGACAGCCGUCGUCACAUGAUGACAACAGAACCAAUUCCAUCAGCGGUGUCAUGGGUUACCUUUGGUUUCUAUCUGUUUGUCUUUGUCAUCGUCAUUUCCUGAUUUAUUUUGAAGAUGGUACCUUGUGUUUUCAUGACUUGUCUACUUUCUGUCAUUUCUGUUCAUGAGUUUUGUCUUCCCGUCACCCUCCUUGUUUUUCAGCCGUUUUCCUGGUGUGUGUAUUCCUGUACUCUUGUCUAAGAGUUUGCUCUCAGUGUGUUGGUCCUGUGUUUUCUCUCCUCUGUAAUUGUAUGCCCUCAUUGUCUCGUCUUCACCUGUGUCUGGUUGCUGGUUACCCAGAGUGCAUCACCCCUCCAUGUGUCCCUGAUAUGUCCUGUGUUUUUAGGUUUUUACCCUGAGCUCUGUUACAGUAAGACUUUUGUUUUUUGGUUAAUAAAAUAAAAAUGUUUGUCUGGACUCGGGUCCCCCUGCUCUGUUAAACAGUGACAGGCUCAGAUAAUCUGCACAGCCUUGCUUUGGCUGGCUGAGAGCUGGUUUUCAUCCACCCUGGGCUGCUGUAAUGAGUAUUUUCCUAUGUUGACUGCACAGUUGGGCACAGACUGUAAAAACCAGGGUUGGAUCUGCUGUACAGUCUGCACAAAACAAGCAAAGCUGCAGACAGAGCGUUGCAUUGUUUCAGUUAAAUGAUCUUCGGUUGUGUGUGUAAACAGCAGAGAAGCUGCUCCAGUAUUUGGUCAGUAUGUUAUCAUUUUUAUCUGUUAAUGAACUCAGAGGAGUUUUUCCUCAGACUGGAUGUCUGAGUAUUUAUCAGUUUAUUACAUCAGGCUGCAUGUGUCGAGAACUUUUCCAAUUUUGCUGGAAGUUAUAAUUUAAACAUUAGACAACAAUUUCAGGCCUUAAUCAUUGAAUUAUCUUUAUUAACAUUUUCGCUCUAAACUAAAUUUCCACAAAAACAAGUCUGUAAAGUGACUUUUCAGAAGUGAUUUUAAAGAUGUCUCUGAUUCUGUAUGCUUACCCCCCUCAGGGAGGUCGUUCUAGAGUCGAGAGGCUCUGAUUGAAAAAGCUCGACCUCCUUUAGAUUUGAGCCUAGACUUUGGAAACGACCAGCAGGGCGUCACCUGAGGGUCUUAGACUGCGGGACGGCUCAAAUGGCAUCAUUAUUUCUAUAAUACAACCUGGGGCAAGACCCAGACGAGCUUUAAAAGUGAUCAGUAAAAUCUUAAAGUCAAUCCUGAAAAGCACAAGGAGCCAGCGGAGAAAGGAAAGGAUAGGAAGGAUGCGAAGGCAUCUGUUAAUACCAGUAAGGAGCAGAGCUGCUGCGUUUUGGACAAGUUGGAGGCGAGAGAGAGAUUUGUGGGUGAUUUCAAAGGCAGGGAAAGGCAAAGCAGAUCCUGACCAGGACCCCAGACUUUCUUAAUGGAGAGACAGAGGCCAGAGUGUACCUCUAGUUAACUUUGGAUGGCAUAAAGGUCUUUGUCAGCCAAGGCUAGCUCAUGAUGCUUCAUCAUUGGUAUGUUAACUCGACCCUCAGCACGUAAACAAACGCCUUUACACCCCCUGAUUCCUUUUACAUGACUCAGGAUUAUUGCUGUUUGCUGCUUGGUUCAAAACUGUGUCAAAGCGUCUCUGGUCGGAUGGGUUUAGUGAUUACUCAUGACAUAUAAACUUGGUACAGGUUACAUGUAAACCUUGAAAUGACUCAUAAGACAUGAAGUAGCAUGGAAAAAGUCAAGACUAACUUUUUAGGUGCAAAACUAGGUUGUAAUACCUGACUUGAAUUUGAGUCAAGAUCAUCUGCCAAAAGGUCUGAACUAAGUGGGCUUUGACACCAUCAUUGUCCUGUCAUCAUUGAAAGACAUACACUCUAAAAGGAAAAAGCAUCAAACACAUGACUGUAGAUGUGUCCUCUGAGGUGCAGUGUGCCAUUAAUUUACCAGUUUUUAUAAAUGAGAAACAUGAUAGAACAAGUGGAAAUGAUCUUAUAGUCUUCUGCUGAUGAACCAGAUCUUUAAAAGGACUCAGUAUCUAAACCAUUUAGUAGGGCUUUUUACCAAGAAGCUCAAUAAGUUCAUUGUUUUAUAUCUGGCCUGUCUGGAUCAGUUGGUAGAAGCAUGAAUAAAAUACAGAGGUAAUACCGGGACUUGAUUAAUACAUGACUGUCUAAUAACUCUGCUGUAGUGUCAUCAGAAUACAAAUGUCUGAAAGGCUCCUUUUUUACACCUGAUGUGGAGACAUGAACCUGUUUUCAAAAGUCUGUUUUUGGACAAGCAGGACAGUUAAAACUCUCGUCUCCUUCUUUUAUCACUGCCCUCUAUAGAGGAUCGGUUCACAUAUUCAGGACUUACCUGGUUCACUCUCUUAAAAAGGACCUGAAAACCUUUCCAUUUACUCAUUUUUCCUUUUGUCUUUGUACAACUUUACCUCCAGCGCAACGUCAACUUUCUGGAUCGCCAACCCCAAUAAUAACCUCAUCAACUGUGCUGCUGCAGGCUCGGAGGUGAGUUUCUCAGCCUCCCUAACCCUUCAAGGCUCUGUCUCAUUUUCAGGUUGCCAGACCAGAUUAAUGCUCCUGUUGACUUCAGAUUCAAGCACACAAAAACAGGCUCCGCCACAGUAGAGGCAGAGCACACAUAAGAGGCCGCCAAACUGAAUGAAGUCUCAUCACCUCUGCAAUAAAUACGACAAAAGUACAGCCACUUCCUCCAGCAGCUGCAGCUUCAUCAGUCUGCUGAAUGUCAUCCCAUUCUUUAUGUGGAGGUCUGCUGUGAUUCUAUUAUGCAUAAUGACCUGUUCACUGUACAUGAUCCUGCCUGCAUACCAGCUGAAUGUAAACACAGGUGAACAAUCAUUUCAUUCCCUUCAAAACCGUCUAUUUUGCAGCUGAAAAAACUCCAAAUCAUGAUUUUUUCAUUCACAGUAAAGUCAAAACAUUACAUUCUCUCAUUACUGUACUCAACAGAUGCAGCUAAUAAGGGUCUAGGGUCCUCUUGCAACCAGUCCUGCAGAAGUCUGGACCAUGUUGCAAUUGUUUCAUGCCUCUUUUCUUGCUCAACAUUUCUGAGUCAGCUCAUUUUGUGUUUUAACAUCCCUCAUUAGAUUCUCCUUGUGAAUGGUAAUCCAUUAACCAUCAAUCACAAGCUAUGGCUCUUCAAAAAUAAACGUUUCAGUCCCAUUUUCAAGAGCAAGACUUGAGAUCAUUAAUGUGCCAUAGUGGUCCUUCCAUAGAAUAAUCUGGUUAAUCUGGUUAAUCUUCUAUGAUCUGGUUGUCUCUGUCAUUGCUCAUGCCAUUUAGGAUUAGAGACUGUUCUUGUUUUAAAGGCACAAACUUAACAUUGGAUUUUCACUGUAAAACUAGUAUUUUGCUACUAAAAACCAUAGAAAAGAAUUAUAUUAGGUAAAAAUGUAUUGAUCCUUUUAGGAAGGUUCACCCAGGGAAAUUAAAAUGGAUUAUUUUAAUGAAAAUAUUUUAUUUUUGUUCCUGAGGAGAACAACAGGAAACAGACUGAGAUCCAGUUCACAGCAGAGGAUGUUGAGCAGAAGUGUACACCUCGGUUUGCAUGAGGAGAUCACAACAUACUGAUGUUCACAGGUUCAUAGUUGGAGCUCCUAUGAGGAACUUUUGGUCAGGUUUAGCUCCACCUUGUGGACAAAACAGUCCUUGAUAAUGAAAAAGGGCUUUUCCUUCAGCUGACUGACACCUGUGCACAGUUUCAGGGAUUAAAAAGUCCCUGAUGGUUUUAUUUGCAUUUUUCAUCAUGAUGAAUUUCAGUCUGUUUCAAUUUGGAGUCAAAAUACUCCUCACAGGAGAUUUUAACUGACGUGUGUUUAUGUGUGAUUCUCCAGGAAACAGGGUUCUGGUUCAUCUUCCAUCAUGUUCCUACUGGUCCCUCAGAGGGUCUCUACUCCCCAGGACACUCUGAACACACACCUAUGGGUAAAUUCAUCAACAACAGAGCCCACUCCAACUACAGGGUGAGUCUAAUCAGAAACAGGUCCUGAGUCCCGCGGUGUGUUCUCGGUGUGUUAAGGUGGAGAUAAAGCAGUCAGUACUCAGACUGUCAUUGAUGUUUAAGUCUGUGCUUCAUGGAAGAAAUAUACUGAAUACUGUAAAUGUAAAUCUGUUGUCAGAGAUCAGAUUUUAAAACACUUUUCAUGUAAACAUCUCCAAAUCUCUCUGAACUCAAGCUUCUGUUUAGUUUAGUAAAUGACUCCUUUCUUUAUGAAGGACUGCUCCUCAAAAUGUCUGACAGUCAGGACAACAAUCACUGUUCAGGUUUCCCUGCAGACUUUUAGUGGAUUUGGAUCAAUUGAAAAUGUCAUUUCUGCAAGAGUUGACACGUACCCAGAGACUGCUUGAGUACAUUUGAAACGGACUUCAGAAUAAAUUGUAGGACUAUUGAUUCAUCUCUGAGAGUAAAGGAAAGAUUACGGUGCAGGGUAUGAAGAGCUAAAAAACAAAACACAAUGGGUUUAUACAGAGAACAGCAAAAUGAAGUGAGUCAGCAAGAAGGUGAGAUAGGACAGGUGAGCACAGUGAGUGUUGUGGCCUCCUUUGGAUCAUCUUGAUUGGAGUGUAACUCCUGUCUGUCAGUGAUGUCUCAGGUUGUUUCAGGUCACACAAGAGUGUUCUUAUACCAAAAGAGGGAGCUGAUCUUUAUUAUGAUUACACCAUUUAUGAUCAGAAUUUUAUGUAACAAUAAGAAACAGCAGCUUAAUUCUGGUAUUGGCAUUAAAAAACUGACUACAUGAGAUUUGAGACCAACACUGACUUUGUACUUGAUCUCAGAACAUUGAUUGAUAGUCGAAGCCAAAGCUCAGCUGACCUGCUGUUUUUUCCUCAUCUUUUUCUGACAUGUCGUUUUUCUUCUUGCCAUUCAGGCAGGUAUGAUCCUUGAUAACGGGGUUAAGACUACACAAGCAAACGACAAGGACAAGAGACCCUUCCUGUCUCUGAUAGGAGCCAGGUAAGACCACUCAGUCCAGUGAAUGUCCUCAUCCUCAAUAUUAUCAGCUAAAGCUACUGUGCAGGAAAACUCUGAAUGUUUUUUUUACAAUUAAUGAGUUUUUAGCAUUGUGUUAAAGCGAAUAGCAGCAGACAACAAAUUUAAUAAAGGUAAUAUUAAAAAAAGAAAAGAAAAAUACACUUUAUUAGUUUGAACCUUAGAUAUCUUUGUCUAGUAUUCAGGUCAAUUCAGGAGGAAAAGGAUUUGAAGAUCUUUGAUUUCUGUUUUCAUUCACAUUUUACACAAACAUCCAAACGUCACUGGAGUUUGGGUUUUGUACUUUACAAGCAGGUCAACAUGAAUGUUGAUUUGAAGAGAUUUGAUCAAAAAUAUUUGAUAAAUAUUAAAGUGCAAAAGUAUGAUAACAGUCUCAACACCACUUGUCCUUUGGUUAAAAAAACUCAAUGUUAUCCUGACUCCAUUGUUUCAUAAGGACACAGCCGACACAUGACCCGACCUCAGCACAGUGAUGCUCCUCUUAGCUCACUCUGAUCACCUGGUAACAGUAUUGGUGUAUUCUUAAAUGUCUUUCUUUUAUUCUGUGCUCCUGAAAUAAAAAUAUAUACACACAAUAUUUAAUAAGAGAUCAUCAGAACUCAUCAUCCCCCACCCCCAGCUGGAGUCUCUACACCGUCAGUGUAGUUUUGGUUUGUGUAAGAAGAAAAUCUGACUCCACACACCACAAUCCAGUCCAUUAAAAUGAAGGUUAAUCAAGAUGAUUCAUAUGCACAGAAGUCCUCAAAGACCGGUACUCAAUCUGCAGCCAGGACCCUUAUAGUGACAGCUGAAUUCAUUACGAUCAGUCACCCCCAUAACAACAUCAGAUAAGCACUGAACCACAUCUCACACACAUCUCUGUGCAGUUUGAUUUGUUGUGACGUCAUGAAAGAGAUUUCUGCUCCGUUCGCGCACAUCCCUGAUUCCUGGAAGCACAAAAUUCAAUCUACUUACAGUUUGUGAUAAACUGGAUUAAGAAGGAAAUUCAUGUUGUCUGAGUCUGAGCGUUGUGGGUUUCUCUGAUUGAAUAAACUUUAAGAAAAAAAUAAUAACUGGGACACCUCUAUGAACUCCAGCCACGGCUUUGACUUUGCAGGAACAAAUGUGUGCCCCACCAGCUCCGCUACAGCAACAGCUAACACCCCACAGCAGUCCACUCUGGGGUCUCAUGGUUCAGAAAUAAACUGUUUACCAAACACAGCACAGUCUGAAUAUGCCACAGAUAGACCCAGUCUGAUUAAACUCCUGACAAGAAAGAACAAAUACAGCAACAUCAACAUACAGUAUUAGCAAUUAGGAGGGGAAAAUGCUCGUCAUAAUCAAUGAGUGUGGAGAUGCUCAUUAAUACUCCAUCACAGUUGGUUAAAUGUCGCUCUAAAUGUUGGUGCUUCUCAUAAUAAGACUCAUUAACUCAGAGAUAAAGGUAUAAUUUUCUCCAAAUAUUAACAUAACGGAUCAUUUGAAGUUAUGCAAACUCCCACAAUGCCAAAACCCACGUCCCAGAGGUUCAGAGGGUAUAGUCUGAUAUGGUCCUCUGGGCCUUAAAUAAGCAGAAGUGGCAAACUAAGUGUUUUGGACAAAAGUGCUGAUUACUAAUGAUUGGGGUCCUGAUCUGUGAUAUGUGGUCACAGUGUCUAUUUGACUGCCCCUGUCCAUCAGGAUCUUUGGGUUUGUAUUUUCAGAUAUGAAACAUACAAAUGCCUCUGAGAAGCUCUUCAGUAGCUAUUAUUGCUAUCAAUACAGCAAUAAUAAUAAUAAUAAUAAUAAUAAUGAUGAUGAUAAUAAUAAUAAUAAUAAUUAUAAUAAUAAUAAUAAUAAUAAUAAUAAUAAUAAUAAUUUACUUUUGAGUUAUCUGAUACCGUCAAAAAGUAAAAACCAGUUUCCUUCAGUCAAUGCCAUUUAGUUGCAGUCUUCAAUACUCUAACUUUGUCUGCACAUUACUUUAAGGAAAUCCAAGUGGAUGUCUGUUGACAUUACAUUGGCAUACAGAAGGACCCCUCAUGUCGUCCCAGAUCACAUGUGGUUUGGUUGAUAGUGGAUAAUGACCUGAACAUGCGUACGAUAGAGCACAUGCACAGUUGGAACAGGUCUUCAGAUGAUCAGGAACCUAACCUGGCAGCUCCAGUUAUGCACAUAUUUCAAAGUAAAUCAAAUUCAUACAUUAUACCUUGAUUCAACUUAAUCACUAAUGCAUAAGUAGGAUUUGUAGCUGAGCAUCUGAUUAUUCUGUUAGGGUCAUGGAUUAUCCUGGAAAGCCCUUUUUUAGAGAAGAUGUUUGAACAUAUUUGUAGGAGCUGAGUCGAUAAUUCAAGCUACUGAAAUGCUUGACCCAGAGUAACCUGAUGACGCACCGCGCUACUGGUUUCUUACGCUACCGUGAGUCUUUGAUGAUCAGUGAAAGUCAGGGCGCUGUUCCUCAGGUGCAGCAAACAAAAAUUUAUCGCUGGCAUUUAGCGCCACAGUGGUCAAAAAACAUUUUGCCUUUCCGGGUCAAUCACCUGCCCACAACAGUGACUUGGCUACUUUUAUUCCUGAACCCCCAGAUAACAGAACAGUGACACCUAAGGAAUACAAAAUGAACUGCAACUCAUUUGAUGGUAUCACAUCAGCAUUGGCUCCUACAAUAUUUGCACCCUCAGUACCCCCAUGGCUGUGAGGAGACCCUUAGAGUGAUAGACCUCUUCUAGAAAAUUAACAAAGCAAAUAAGAAAACCCUAACCCUAACUCUAAUCAGGGCUUGUUGCUGUUUGGUUUAGGUAUGGUCCCCACCAGGAUGCUGACCCCUUCAAACCCAGAGUUCCUGCCUUCAUCCACCACUUUGUAGCCUACAAGAACCAGGACCAUGGGGCCUGGCUAAGAGGAGGGGAUGUCUGGCUCGAUGACUGCCAGUAAGAACUGCACACGAGCACAGAUAACAAAAUUAGACAAACCUUUAGUGAAGAUGCAGUGAACCCACUGUGUGUUUACCUGAGGUGAACUUUCAGCGCUGCCUGGAUUAUAAGAAGCUCUAAAUGUGUCUCUGCAUGUUUAAUGACAGUGAGACGAGAUUGAGAAAUGGAUCAGUUUAAUAACAUUUUUAUCUCUUUCAGUGUGUGUGUCUGUGUGUGUGUGUGUGUGUGUGUGUGUGUGUGUGUGUGUGUGUGUGUGUGUCUGUCCUUUCAAUUCAGAGCUAAACUGAAGCAGUUUUCAGACAGUAAUAUCCUCUCUCUCUCUCUCUUGGUCAGAUUUGCUGAUAAUGGCAUCGGCCUCACUCUUGCAAGGUAAACUCUCCAUCCUCAUCACGUCUAUGUUUUUAUGUCAUAAAGAUAGACUACUCAGGAUGUAUUUUGAUGUGAAAAAACUCUGGAGGUCUGCAAAUGAGUGACCAGUAUGUUUUCUCAAAAAUCAUCCCUCUUGUUCAGAUAUAAACGACAUCUUUCACACCCUAAAAAUGUCCUCUUACAUGAAUGUCUAAACCUAUACACCCUGGCUUAGAGUUUCAGUGUCUUUAUGAUGGCAGGAUUGACUGUGUCUAACUGCAAACUUUUAAUAGAAAGUUUCACAGUCCUAAAGCUGAUUUGGUGAGGGGCAGUUACCCUUGACAAUCACUCUUGACAUUAAGAGGUGGGAGGAAGUUUGACUUACAAGUAUGAGAUCUUACUAGUUCUGCCCACUUGACCAUACAGUAACCAAAGAAUGGCUCACUCACUGCAGGUCUCCCAAAACCAGAAAACUGACCGAACCAGGAAAGUGUCAUGAGCAGACCUGCUCUUCAUCAGACAAGAGUACUCAUGUACAGUGCCUGAAGUAUAGGUGAUUGCAGUCACAGGAGCAAUGACAUCAUCAAACUUGGAUGUGCCAUGAGAGGAAAGUAAUGAAACAGAAUAUACACGUGUGAAAAACAUUGCACUGUAGAUAUAUUUGGUUAUACAGGGAAGAGGUGGUUAAAUACAGUACAUACACACAUGUACAGUAUCCAGCACCAAACAUUAAUGCAACAGCAGUUUCCCUCAUGUUCCCUUGUUUCACUUAUGGAGUAAGUCCAUAUGAACUAUACGUUUCUGUCCUGGCAUGGUAUCCAAGAAUAAAUAUGGAGGUAUGUUUCCACUUUUGUGAACAUUUCACAUGCUGCUGUCUGUUGUUACUUCAGUCUGAUGAAGAGCAGCCAAAAUCCUCUUUUAUCAGACCCCUCUCUGAUAACCUUUAAAUCCGUCCUAUCAGACUACACCUAAUAAAAACCUGUUAACUGGAUGCCUGUCUGACUGGGCUGUAGAUAAAUUUAAGGAAGCGCCUUUAGCUGUACCAAACUCUAAACUCUGUAUUAUUUCUUGCUUUAACUUUAAUCCAACCAACAAAUCUCAAGAACUGCCUUUUUUUAGCUGCUCAUGAAUCAAAAAUCUGACAAAUCCUGUCUCAGAAAUACCCAGAAAAACUCGUCCAUGCAUCUGUCACCUCUAGGCUGGAUUACUGUAGUUCUCUUUUAUCAGACCCCCUAACAAGUCUUUAAAGACUCUUCAGCUGGUCCAAAAUGCUGCAGCCGGAGCACUGACCAGAACCAGGAGAAGGGAGCCCAUCUCCCCUGUAUUAGCUUCUCUACACUGGCUUCAUUAAAUGUUGGGCAGAAUUUAAAAUUCUUCUUCUGACCUACGAAGAUCUUCAUGACCAGGCACCAUCAUAUCUUAAGGAGCUGAAAAAGCCUGAACCGAACAGAGAUUCACUUCCAACCCAGUCCUUAUUUAUUCAGAUGCUCUGCACCCUUUUCCGUUUAGAGGCCUCUGACAUGGGUGUGUGGACAGUUUUAUCCCAACACCCUCUUUAAGACCAGAAGCAGUCAUUCUUGCAAAUUCUUCCCUCAGCUACAACUGCCAGUCUGUCAUUAGGGUUUUAUUCAGAGACCAGGUAGAGCAAAAAGCAGACUCUAGGAUGGAUGCUCUGGUUGCCUUAAACCCAGGUACUUAAUUGAUUAACAUCCCUGGGCAGAGUGGGCUUACAACAACUUAUUGAACACAUCCACCCCUCCUCUUUCUGAGUGUUAGAAGCUGCUACUGUUUUUCCCAGAACAGAAGAGGAAGGUUAGACUGCCCUCUGCUGUCCAGUCCAUAUAGUGGUGUCAAGCUCCCUGUAAAAAGGGUCUGGCGUCUCUUCAGCUCUUGGCAGAGUGAUAGAGGCAGUACUGUCACUGAUGCCAUCAUCAUUGCUAUAAUCUCCCUUAGAGAUUUCAGCCUGUGGGUGGGUUCCCAGAAAUUGGUGCCACGCUUCGUUGGUCUCUUAAAGAUUAUUCAGAGGAUCAACCCUGUCACAACCUGUAUUCUGCUUCCCCAGUUCAUGAGAAUUCACUUCACAUUCCAUGUGUCCCCUCAAACCUAUCUACCCCAUCCCUUUGGAGCCCACAGAAGCCUUUGCCCAACCCUGAUUAAUUCUGGGCUUUAUGGUCAACAUGUUUUAGUACAUCUUAACCGUCUUAUAUAAGGUGCAAUGCCAACUGUGCCUUUAGGGAUAUGCCUUGGUCCAAACUAUCAGGAGUUCUAUCUCAACCUUUUCUCUGCCUGUCAUAUACUGUUUCUUGGAGAUGAGCGAUGGGGACUUUUAUGAUGCUGAGGUUUUUGAGAGGACCUCUCAGUGCAGUGUUAGGUGUGUGUCUAUUUGGCCUUGAUUGGAAAGGUCAGGCUUCAAACUUAAAGAGAUAUUCCGGCAUAAAUUGCCUGUUGCUUGUUUCUCUAGUUUUACCAACUUUAGUAACGACCACACAGUAGCAAUACACAGUGCUCUACGUCUUCACACGCAAACCUCAACCAAAGAGCCACUCGUAGCCACAAAUAAUGCUCAGAACAGACCUGACAAGUCGAUCACCGAGUGCAGUGGAUCAUUUCCAUAAAGUAAUAAUCAUCAUAUUAAUCAUUUUGCACUGCAGACACGGUAGUUUUUCUGCCUUAGUCUCUCGGUCUGAUUGCAUUCCCAUGAAGUAAUAAUCAUAAAUGUUCUUCCUUGAGCUGCGAAAAUCCACUGCACUCAGUGAUCGACUCGUCAGGGCUCCCCCACAAACAAGCAGCUGCUGGAGGAGAGUGGGUGAGUUGUGUUUAGUCUCUUUGCUAAAGAAAUCAGGCAAAGCUAAAAAGAUGUUUGGUGGCUAGUACUAUGGCUGGGACCCUAUAUGUACUGUUGAUGAAGUUAGGUGCUGUUCUGAGCAUUAUUUGUGGCUAUAGAGUGGCUUUUUGGUUGAGGUUUGUGCGUGGAGACGUAGACUGCUGUGUAUUGCUAUCAUGUGAUCGUUACUAAAGUUGGUGUAACUAGAGAAGCAAGCACUUAGCAAUAUUCAUCUCUCGGGGUGUCUAACUCUGUGUUACGGUGUGUUUGACCACAACUUAAAUUUAUGCUGCAAUAUCCCUUUAAGGUCAGGUGAUUUGGGGUCUUAUUCCCCCCCCUAUUUGACCAAAGUCAGCACAGGCCUGAUUAUCAGAUGGUUGUAAAGGUUACCUCACCAGAUUGUACUGUGGUGUGAGACGUGCUGAAGAGUGAUUUUCCUCCUGUGGGACACAUUCAGAAAUGCCUAAACUUAAAAGCAGCAACUUUUUUUAUACCGAUGUUCAUUCAGCUUUUUCAUUUAUUUAAUAGUAUUCAUGCUCAACGCACAUGUUCAGGCCAACAAUCAUCCUCAACAUGUUUGUUCAGGUUCCUAGUCAGGUCGUAAACCACAGGUACCCUCUAUGAGACUCACCAAAGCUGCACAGAGCUUCUUUUCUUUGUUCUUGUCUUAUUGUUUGCAUCGUUGCUGUGGUCAUAGUCAUUCUUAGCUGUGGUCACCUUUCAUUCUCCUCUGAUGGUUUGGAAAAUCUUGCCUGUGAGCAACUUUUGAUUGACAUUUGAUUUGCUUUCCACUGUUAUUGCAUCAUUUUGUUAGCACAAAUAGGUUAGCUCAAUGACCGUCCUAAGUUAGUGUGCAUGAACAAAUUCCCACCAUGAGACCAGUUAACCAAUCAGACAGUUUUUAUUCCACCGCCAGAAAAUGAACUGUCAUCACUUUUUUGCUACUGCUGCUUUACUGUUGGUCCUUUAAGACUCUAACUCUUCCAUCUAUGUGUGCAGCGGAGGGACGUUCCCAGAUGACGACGGCUCUCACCAGCAGGUGAUAAACUCUUUGUUUGUUGGUGAAAGUGAAAACCAUGGGAUGUUCCUCCCUGAUCAUCCCAUCUGGGGCCCUGGUGGUUCUGACUUCACUGGCAGAACCCUGCCACGUGGCAUGUAAGUAAAGAUUUGUCCCACUUUGGCUUAUUCUUUUGGUUUGGGAAUAUGGAACUUUUCUAACAUCUACCACUUUAAUUUAUGAGUUCAUACUUUUAAAUCUUAUUAUCCUAUUAUCUCCAAAAUCAUUGGAAAAUCUCACGCUUUAACCUGAAGAACCAGUACUUGUUGGCUGCAUCAUGACAGUUAUUCACAUGUUACCACUCUGGAUGCUCCUGUUGGAUUAUUUACACGUGUGAGUCAUACAGCAGCACAGUGCUACUUUGUGCAUAAGUCAAUAAUAAUUUGUAAUUUGAGGCUUCUACAACAAUAUCUUCUCCAAAAGCAACAUGAAGCUUCAUGGUUAGAGGCCAAGUUGGCUUCACCUUCCUCUUCUCUCACUCAGAUUCUCUGCCUGUGCUGUUUUCAAAUGUUUGUGUCUUGUAAGAAGUCUCUUGUCUAAAGUAAAACUAUAGCACCACAACAAUAUUCAAGUCCCUAACAGAUCCUAUAUCCUAUUACAGCCAUCAAAGCAAUAAGCGCAGCAACAUUUGUCAAAAUCGGGACGACUCUGAGUGUAAUAAACUGUCCCAGUGAGGAAAAUGACACCAGGAUAAAGAGCGCCCUCUCCUGAAACCGUGUGAGCUACACAAAACCAGAUGCCUGCCAAACAGUGUGAUUCCUGGCAACGCUUCCCGCUGCUAAGCUCCGUGAUCCAGGGGCCAUUCUCAGUCACUUAAUUUGCACACAAGCUUUGAGUGGUUGGUUGGUAGGGGCUAAUCCCUGUCUUCAUGCUUUACAUCAUCUGUUCAAAGAGAGAUGUCAAUCUGAGGACAGCACAGCUAUAGUGCUGAAGUGUUUUAGGGCAUGUCUAACUACCUUUCCUCGUUUAAGGGCCCAUUGUCAGUGUGCUUGGUGAGGCAUGCAGAAAUGUUGGAUUAAGUCCCGGAGUUAUUCAAAGGUGUGUUCGGGGCAUGUCACCAUCAUUUCAAUUGAUAAAGGGUCUGUGUGUGUGGUAUGUGUAUGUUUCCCUUCAGAGAUUUUCCUAUCCGGGGUGUGCAGAUCUACGACGGACCUAUCAACAUCCAGAACUGCACAUUUAGGAAAUAUACAGCGCUGGAUGGACGACACACCAGUGCCUUUGGCUUCAGGCUGAACAAUUCCUGGCAGAGCUGCCCAAAUAACAACGUCACUGAUAUUACUUUUGAUCAUGUUCCUGUAAGUCAGUUUACAUUCAGCUUGAAACGUAAAACGAGUGUUCUGAACCAUUUACUGUAUAUCUGAAAGGGUUAACACCACAACCUAUGUUUACAGUCAGGAUCAUUAAAAGAGACGUGUAAAGUGAGUCCAUUACAAAGUCUGGACAAGAAGUCCACCUUUUGACAUUAUUUUGACCUGUAUCAUCAAAUUUUGAGCUCCCCAUACACCAAAAUUUAGGAGUUCAACAAUAUCUAGCCUAUCAAACCUGAGGCCGAUUCUAAGGAUGAGUUAAGACUGGCCCAGGCUAGAAGGACUUUUGGGGCUUUUUGCACCUGCAGAACUUUUUAAAGCUAUGAAACUUUCUUGUCCCACCCCUCUAUUUUAGAUCACAUCCAGGGUGUUUUUCGGGGAGCCAGGCCCCUGGUUUAAUAAGAUGGAGAUGGAUGGGGACAAGACAACCAUCUUCCAUGACAUUGAUGGCUCGAUUAGUGAAUAUCCCGGAGCCUUUCUGGUCAAGGAGGACAACUGGCUUCUGCGACACCCUGACUGUAUCGAUGUGCCUGAUUGGAGGGCUGCCAUCUGCAGUGGUCACUACGCACAGGUAUCACACACAUUUAUUCUCCAAGAACACGAACUACUUUCAGCCUUCAUGCAUCCUCAGCCUUAGUUUUUGAUAGAAGGUUACAAGUUUUCCUAUAAGGUCAAGUUCACCUUCCUGCAAAGUAUACAGGAAGACCCACAAGGUCUUGUGUUUAAAGUGGGGGUAUUAUGCUUUUCCACAUUUACAACAGACAAUGCAAAGCAACAAUGUUUGGUGUCCAUAUGCAAAGUUUCAAAUCAUAGUCUUAAAAAUAGAUGUAAGAUAAACUUAAAGAGACAGUAGCUAAAACAAAUGUUUUAGAUGGAGGCUGAACUAAUGAGGUUUUAAUACACCAACGUGAGAAACAGAAGGCUUUUUUUUACCUGAAAAAAUGCAUAAUACCCAUACUUGAAGUCUAACUGGCAGAUCAAUGGGGUAUAAGGGGAUAUAAUAGGUAUAGUAGGGUAUUAUUGUAUAUAAUGGAGUAAAGUGGUGUAUAAUAGGGUAUAAAGGUAUAAUAGAAUAUAAAGGUAUAUAAUGAUUUAUGAGGGCAUAAAGAGGGCAAAAAGGUAUAUAUUAGGGUGUGAGGGUGUAUAAUAAGAUUUUAUGGUAUAAAAUGGGGUAUUGGGGUUAUAUAAUAGGGUAUGGGGUAUAUAAGAGGGUAUAAAGGUAAACUGGGUUAUAAGGGCAUAAAAGAGAGUAAAAGGUAAUUUAAUAGGGUAUAAGUGUAUAUAAUAGGGUAUAAGGGUGUAUAAUAGGAUAUAGGGGUAUAUAAUAGGGUAUGGGGUAUAAUAGGAUGUGAAGGUAUAUAAUGGGUUAUAAGGGCAUAAAAGAGGGUAAAGGGGUAUAUAAGGGUGUGUAAUAGGGUAUAGGGUUAUAUAAAAGGGUAUAAAGGUUUACUAGAAUAUAAAGGUAUAUAAUGGGUUAUAAGGAUAUAAAAGAGGGUGAAAAGGUAUAUAAUAGGCUAUGAGUGUGUGUAAUGUGGUACACGGGUGUAUAAUGGGGUAUUAUGGUAGUUAAUGUGGUAUAGGGGUUAUAUGAUAGGGUGUAUAAAGGUAUAAUAGGGUAUAAAGGUAUAUAAUGGGUUAUAAGGGCAUAAAAGAGGAUAAAAAGAUAUAUAAUGGUGUAUAAUUGGGUAUCAGAAAUAGAUUUUCUUUCCCCUUUUGUUAAAAUCAGCCCUCUGACAAAAUUGUUCUUGCAGAUCUAUGUCCAGAUACGGAACCCUGCCUACCUUGACAUGUACAUUGCAAGGAAUGAGUAUCCCGAUCGGCCCCUUAAACUGGAAGGUGCUCUUGGAAAGAGGAAACACUACCAGCAGUUCCAGCCAGUCAUUACAUUGGCAAAAGGCUACACCAUCCACUGGGACCAGGUUGCGCCUGCUGAAGUCACCAUCUGGCUCAUCAACUUUAAUAAGUCAGUAGACAUGUCUGGGACAAGCACCACUUUCACACCACACAUACUAGAGCUUUCACAAUGAAGGCAUGUGAAGAAGCUGGGUAGCUCAUACUGGGAAAGCAUCAGGGGCGUGACGGAUUUUUAGAAAUGUCAAAUUUUAAGUUUGAGUGGGAAAAUUAAAAUCAAAUGUGUCAGUGCCCAGGCUCAAACCUCCAGACUGUCAGAUGAUCCAGAAUUUCUUCAUUUACAAAGUUUUCAAAGUUCAUAUUAACAUCAGUAUGCGAAGACAAUGAAAGUUGUACAAAAAUAAUGUAACUGGACCCUAUCAAUGGUUUUUGAUGUACUCAGCUAAAAGAGCUGAUAGAGAACUAAAAGUGAACGGAUAGAGAGAUUAUGCAAUAUCCUGACAAUCUUCAUCAACUAUGACAGUGAAAGUAGCCACACUUAGUGUGAUGUAACUCAACUCCAAAAUGUUUAUCGUAUUACAGGAAUGACUGGAUCAAUGUGGGCAUCUGCUACCCAAAAGGCACCACCUUCACGGUCAUAUCUGAUAUCCACAACCGCCUGACCAAACAGACCCGUAAGACUGGUGUUUUCAUGCAGACGGCCCAGAGAGAGAAGAUCAGCCACUCCCACCAGACCAGAGGAUAUUACUACUGGGAGGAGGACACUGGGUCAGACACACACACAGACCAUCACAUCAACUCAUUUCACAGUCAAAUUUGGCCAUUAUUAAAAAGCAUUAGAAAAGGACAUCUUUUGUAGAAGGUGACAGGGUGAUAAUUCAAACUAGGAUCCUGACAGAACCAGAGCAUGACACAAAUAUUGAUGUACUGAUGGUUUUAAUCAGUUACAGUAGUCUGUAUUAAAACAUGAAGCAGAAAAAAAAACAAUGGCACAGGUGGUGAUUCUGUCAUGGCAACAGAUUGCUCAGCCUCCUUGCUGGAUAAUACUUAAUUAAAAUGAAAUGUUCAAGUCCAAACCUUGAAUCACUUAUGUAUUUUAAUUCACAUUAAGAUGAACAUUUCCAAUGAAGGAGAGGUUACACUGAGGAAUGGGAACUUCUGCAGGAAUAUUCAGGACUUUUCUGCCCUCCUUCAGCUCUCUUUCUUCUAUCAGAUCUGCAGCUGCUACACCUUUAUACAUGAGGAAACUACCUCUAUUUUGAACAUUGUUGCAGACUCUGUAUAUACCGUCCAUCUGUAUAUCAGAGAAACAUAUCUCUGCUCUUACAUCUGUACAUACAAACUGAGCUGCAGAUUGAUUUGACAUGGCAUGUGUGAUUGGGUUGCCAUUGUAUUUUGACUUAUGAAGUCUAUAAGUCUGAGGUUCUACCCUUGUGUAUUGCAGCCUGCUCUUCCUGAAGGUAAAAGCCCAUAACGACAGGGAACAGUAUGCCUUCUGCUCUGUGAAGGGCUGUGAGAGGGUGAAGAUCACAGCUGUCAUUCCCAAAGGCAGUCCACCCAGCAACUGCAUGGCCCAGGCCUACCCGAAACAUGCUGAGGUGCCUGUGGUGGAUGUAUCCAUGCCCAGGAAGACCCCUAAUGCCAUGUUGGUAAGUGGGCAAGGGGAUGUAUCUGUCUAUGAGACAGUCAGCCUUGUCAGUGACUUAGUUACAGUCUUCUCAGACUCUGUAACCUGAUCAGAACACUUCACUCUUUUAUUAUUUCAUGACUCAAAAGUUAUCGUAAAUGUAUUUGAUUUAUACUGCAGAUUUACAAAUCCUCCACUUUUUGGUUACUAUUGUCCAGAACAGACCUUCACAUCAUCACCACAAAUGUUUUUGCAUGCCUGCAGCUCAGAGGUUAACCACCUCCUUUGGUCUGCUUUUUCCAUUAGUAUCUCUUGGUGCUUGUUUACUUGUGCUUGUGAUGACUUGUGCAGCAAAUGCAAUGACAUGACCACUGAAACCCUUACUUUGCAGAUUUUGCAGGAUGGCGUACAGACUGUUGGCAUAACUACUGUGAAUUACAGCCAAAGCGCUCAGCCUUUGUUGUAAGGAAAUAACAGACCAGCAUGCUAUCACAUGACUUGCUGUGGGCAUGUUUAGCUGUAAACACAGAAUAUAGCAUAGAUGUGGUCAGCCUCGUGGAUUGGCCCGAAUCUAAUAAACUGUUUUAGUUUGUUUCAGACCAACAACUGGAUUUGAUCACUGCAUGGCUAACUGUGCUUGAUCUCCAGCUAACAACAUUAGGCAAAACCUUGUCAGGGGAACAAGGACAGCUCAGACGGUCAGUUUUGCCCCAACAAAGACUUGGAACUGGACCUGAACUGAGCCAAACUCAAGUUAUCUGUUUUUGUUUGGUUUGGUUUUGAAUCCAUGAUGUUCAGUUAGGUGAAGCACUAAACAGGCUUCCAGUGACUUUCAAAGUCUGCACUAUUUAACUACAAUACAAUGUGGAGAUAUAUAAUUAAUUAAUAAUAACAGUGAUUACUUUGUUUUCAUAGCACUUUUAAAAAAACAAGCAUUUACAAAGUGACAGACAGAGCACAAGCACCACAGAGUUAGAGAAACCUACAAAAAAAUAAAAUACUAAUAUCAAGAACCAAAUACUAAGAACCCAAACAACAUAAUUAACCAGAACAUCACAAGAAAUCAGAAGAAUCUGUAAGACGCCAUAAGAGUCUCCAAGAGCCCCUGCGAUAACAACUGCAAUUAUUUAUUCUCAUUCUUUUGGACCGGUUCUGAUCCAUUUAAAACUGCCUCUAUUAAAUACCAAAUAUUGUUGAUAUUUACUCUGGUUCUGUUCUCCUGGCAGCACUCACCAGAACACUUCCUGGAGAUUAAAGUGGAGUCCUAUAACACCCGCUUCUUUCACAUCAAGGAGGACUUUGCCUUCGUACAGGUAUCUACCAACUAUACCUACUUACCUACAUCUAUCUAUCUAUCUAUCUAUCUAUCUAUCUAUCUAUCUAUCUAUCUAUCUAUCUAUCUAUCUAUCUAUCUAUCUAUCUAUCUAUCUAUCUAUCUAUCAAUCUAUCUAUCUAUCUAUCUAUCGGUUCACCUCCUGUGGUCCACCUGCUGUGUUCUGACAGGUGAACGGACAGAAAUGGUAUCAGGCAGAGGAUGGGGUUCAGCUGACGGUUGUUGACGGUCACGAUGGGAAGGUGUUGGAAAGUAAAGCAUUCCGGAACUCCAUCUUACAGGGCAUCCCAACACAGAUUGAUAACUACGUCAGUGGGCUGAGAGAUGGGUAAGAAACUGUUGCUCUACUGUUCGUGUGUGCUAAAACCCUCCACAGUCUUGGUGCAGGUUGCUCCCUGAUUUUGGAGCAAAUAUAACUCUUCUUUUUAAGAAUUAUUUGUUGGUUUGCAGAGAACCAAUUGUAUUCACUGACCAUAAAUUUAGACUCUGUGAAUGACACAAAUGCUUGAGCUUUAAACACACGCUGACAGUUACAGAUGAUGUGAUGUUUUUCUCUUUAUAGUUCAGUUGUCCUCAUUACAUCAAAGGGCCGUCUGGUUACCAGGGGAUCUUGGACUAAAGUUUUGGAGCGACUCGGAGCAGACAAAGGAUUCAAACUGAAAGGUAACAGCCUUACUACGACUUCAGUAGCAGUAGAUUGGAGAAGCAGCUUGAAAAUAGUCUUUUUUCACAUUUGUGUCCCAAAGCUGCUCAUGUAUCAGGCUGAUGUGUCUGUGAGAUAAAUGAAUGAUGAACAUCAGUGUUUCCUGCACACAGGGCUACACACAGAUAAAUCAUUCAAUUUUGACAUGUAAAGACCUUUUUUAUUUUCUCAACAUUAUGUAGGAGGCUUCUGGUUUUAGUAUGAGGUCAAAGGGUGGCCUUAAAAACAAUUCCACAAAAAAAGCAGUAGGUGGUGCUGUUGCUUUAUUGGUUGCAUUUUACACACUGACAUGAAUUUUCUUAGACAUUUAGUGUUCCCCAGUUUUGUUGUGUCAAGUAAUCAUGUCCCACAGGUUAUUGUUGAAUAAUGAAGAAUUGAAGCAUUUUCCGAUUUAUAAUCAGAGCAGCAUCACAUACACAGCAGCUGCACCAUAAGAUCAGAGGAACCACUGAGAAUAAACAGCCCAACAGUAUAUCAUUAAGCUGUGUUCACACUGCAGGCAAAAGUGGCCCAAAUCUGAUUUUUUCAGUCUCAAGUGACCAGGUAAGACUUUUUAGAGGCAGUGUGAACACUUCAGUCUGGCCCAAAUCAGAUUUUUUUUAAAUCCGAUUUUUGCCACUUCCAUGUGUGAUCCUGAAUCAGAUACAGAUCGGCUUUUUUUUCAAUGCAGGUUUAGUGUAAAUGGCCAAGGAAGAUUCGAUACAUUCACGUCACGACUCAGAGCAACAUAUAUCACAAUUCUGCAUCACAGCAGCCUUGCAAAAAUGGGGGACAGCAAUAAUAAAGCAAGUCAUUGGAAGGACAGCAAGGUCUUGGUCCUUAUAAGUAUAUGGGGUAUGGGGUAUAAAUAUAAAAACACUCAGACGACUACAAUAAUCACAGAGCUGCUAACAGAUUUUAGUAUCAGCACCGACAACCCAUACCAUGUAAUUUUACCAUAAGGAAGGAUUAUUUAUCAAUUUAUUUUAAAAACAUAUCACACUUUUUUUGCUUAAGGCGGCUUGCACAGUAACGUAAUUAAAAAUAAAAAUGAAAUUAGAGAGAUUAUUUCAUAAUUAUAUAUAGUCUUAAUGCGUGCUGCAUCUGACGUCAUUGUUUUAGUUCUUUUGCGCAUGCAGGCAGAUACGAAUUCACACUGGAAUCUGAUACAGGUUACAUUAUAGAUGGUAAUGUGAACAGCCAAACAAAAAAAUCCAAUCUGAGCCAAAAAUAGCAAUUAAGCAUUAAGCCCUGCAGUGUGAACAUAGCCUUACAAUGUCUGCAUGCACUAAAUUGCAGUUUUAUGUCUCGUCUAAGAGAGGGUAGGAAGGAUAGGCCAUGCUGUGUGUCACAAGCUCCUGCUGAAACCAGUCUGUGAAUUCUGGAUGAACAGUGUACAAUGGUGUGUUUUCAGGCUAACCCGAGACUCCUGUUCAGAGGAGCCCCAUGAUGUUGCCUAGAUCAGUGGUUCUUAAGUCCAGUCCUCGAGACCCACUGUCCUGCAUGUUUUGAUGUUUCCCUGCUCCAACACACCUGAUUGAAAUGAUCAGCUCGUUAUUAAGCCAUUACAGAGCUUGAUAACGAGCUGAUCAUGCCAACAUGCCGAACUGAGAGAUAUAAGAAAUCACCAAUCCCAUAUAUGUGCAGGCUGUUAAAUGAGAAUGGUGUUUAGCUUUUUAAGUUUUUAGGUUGUUGCUUCUUAAGCUGCAUUUUAUAUUUGAAGUUUUAUUUUUUGUAAUCAGCAAAAUAAUUCAGUGUUUUUAAUGGCAUCUGUCUUUUUUAAACAUCUGUGAUCAUGCUGAAAGCUGAAUAAACAUAAACAAAUAAACAUAAACAAAAUCAGGUGUGUUGGAGCAGGGAAACAUCCAAAACAUGCAGGACAGUGGACCUCAAGGACUGGACUUGAGAACGACUGGCAUAGACAACCUGAAGGAAGACGGAGAAGUGUUACACCCUGGUACUAAAUUUGUAAUGCUCACAUAAUUAUUUUUCACUGUCCUACAGAAAAACUGGCGUUUGUGGGCUUCAAAGGCACCUUCAUCCCUGACUGGGUCCACAUGGAGGUAGACAUUGACCAAGCCAAAAUCCAUCAAGUCCUGCCUGUCCCUGUGGUCCAUAAGUUGAAGCUUUGAGUGAGGGGAAGAAAGCCAAAAGUCUAUGUGACUUCCAGAUACAGACUGAAAUCCCCUGCAUCACCACCAAAAAGCUUGUACAGAUACAAACACACUGCCUGCAUUGCAAAGUCAGUUGCCCUGAGCCAUGAGUCCAGGAUCAACCUUUUUUUACUUCCUAGGUUUGUUGGUGCGACCAAACCAGUGAUUAUCUCUGCCUUUAAAGAACUUAGUCUGGGUACAAGACAACCAACAGUUGAGGGAGGAACCCCCCUGGUAUCUAUUUGGGGUCUUCAGCUCUUUCAGCCAAUAGUGUACAGAAACAUGGCUGUCACCUCAGACAACAACAGAGAGGACUGUACCCUGUGUCCUUCAGUCAUUGCUGUGUAAAUAUAGCUUAAGUGUCCAUUAGGUUUGAGAAGAAACCCCUUAAUGUGCUCCAACCCAGACCAGCCCCCCUAACACAGCUGGACCAAAACGGGACGGCCAUGUUGUCUUUCUGAAAGCGUACAGAUGGGAAAUGAAAAGCAAAUGAAUGUCUGCAUGUGGUGGAACUGACAAGUUUGGAGAUGGUGUGUGUGUAUGUGUGACUCUUGCACUGUUUGUUUCUAUGUUGUUUGUCUCUCCUGUUCAGUGUAAAUUCAGCCGCUGGGACCACAAUGUGACAGUGCUGUCUGCUUCAGUGUUAAAAACACACAAGGUGCUAUCGAGAAAAAGGGCCUUGACACCAACUUAAGCUCGAGUCAACAUUCAUGCUAAAUGGAAGACCACUUUUAAAAGAGCGAUGGCACAGAAAGGGGGGUCCUGAGAUAGUCCAGCAUUUGAUGUCUCUUCUCAGAGGAACUGCUGGUUUAUCCAGACCUUCUGCUGCUCUCUUUGGCAUAGACACUAAACCCCCUCUGGGGUUCCAGAUAAGAUCAUCCGUAUUACACUUUAAGUGGUUCAUCUAACACUUCCAGAGGGGAAUUGCUUGCACACUUGAGGACAAGGCUGAGGUCAUUAAUGGUGAAAGAGACAAACUUACACUAAAUUAGUAACUAAACUGGUGCACAGAAAGAAAACACUUGUUUCUCUCUGAAAAAAGUGGAUAUGAUCUUUAGUUCUGCACAGUGACAAACACUUUGAGAUGCUCGGACCAGGACAGAUGACACUGUUACCGCUGUAAACUGUGCAAAGUCAACCAAAGGGGGGUGGGGAGAGGGUUUAAAGUCCAAUCAAAAGUGAAGCUGUAAAUAACUCUACAUGAUGGCAUAAUAGUCUAACUCCUGAACCUAUUGUGACCCAACGUAUUGUUGUAGAUAUGAAGUGUUUGUGUGGUCUGAAUGUGAGAAGUGUGUGUCUGUGAAAUCAGUUUGUGGUUAUGGUUAAAGGUUUCCUCUGGACAGUCUGGUCAAAAGCUCAAAAGUCUGACUAAAAUCUGGACUGAGCCUCACCUGUCUGAACUAUUCUCUUCUGUUUUGGUUCUUUUGGUUUGAUUCCUGCCACUUCCACCAGGCUUCCACAAAUGUUUGAGUGGGAGCUUGUUUGAACCAUGAUCACUCCUGUGUACUCUGUCACACUGUGAGUGAACAUCUUUACACAGUAUAAAACAGCACACACAGUCUUGCCAACACAGUGGACUCCCCACUGCACAGUGGUUUGGUACUAGGGAUGGGAAUCAUCAGUGGCCCCAUGAUACGAUAUUAUCACGAUACUUAGGCCAGGAUACGAUAUUAUUGGAAUUUUUCACAUUUUGCAAUACAGUGAGUAUUACAAUACAAUAUAUUGGGAUUUAUACAUUUAUUUGUCUUAUUUACACAGUAUUUUAUUUUCACGUAGCACUUCUUGCAAACCUAAUGAGUCAGGUCCAUCUCAUUUGUGACCUCCUUGCAUUCCUAAUGUCCUUCCCCAGGUGCUGUUAUAUUUGUUGUACGAACUCUCUCCUGCUUUAUGAUGUUACCUUUGCCAACCCCAUUGACAAACAGUUGAUUUUAUUUUUCCAUUAUCAUAGAUUUGACUUCACAUUAGCAAUUAAUUUGAAAAAAUCAAUACUCAGUUAAUGAGACAAUACGAUACAUCACCAGACAAAAUAUCGCGAUACUAUGCUGUAUCGAUUUUUUCUCCCACCCCUAUUUAGUACUGUUGAGAUACAGUACUAAACUACUGUGCAGUGUUCGAAAGACCUGAAUGUGAGUGUCUGUUUUUAGGUGAUUUAUAUUUCAAAUGUAAAAAGAGGGUCUCAACCAUGUGUGAUGUUAAUGCAUCUUCCCUGUACAGAUCUGUUUUUUCACACUGUUCAUUUAGAGGGUUCACUCAGUUAUUUCCAAGGAGAAGAAAGAGGACCAAAACACAGAAACACUCUGUUACUUGUGAUUGUUGAGAUCUGAUGUUCUUUAUUUGAAUUUUUCAUGACGGUGUUUUGGAGGUUGUUCAGCAGGAAGCCCUUAUCAAUAAUGUAAAAUAUUUAAAGGAGCCACUGAAUGUUAAAUCAGGGAAUUUUUAAGAGUGCAAUUUCCCAACCAAAAAAAAAAAACGAUGGGCAGAUCUUCAGAUUUGAAAGAGUUAAGAGUUGUCCCGAAAUAGCUGGUCUUUUUUCGGACGUCGUAGCAGUACUUCUUUGUUUUGUGGGUUUAUUUUUUUUUUAAAUCCAAAGUUUACAAAGAGAUAUAUUUUAUACUUAUUUAUUGUGUAGACAGCUGAUCCAAAAUCUUAUUGGGGACAUUUUUAGUUAUAACUGUCCUGUAUGUACGCUGCAUGUGAGAAAUUAUUUUUGCUCCAAUAUGAAAGAUUUGUACCAAACAUGCAGCUGACUCUUGGGGAAGUCUGCGUGUUGUAACUUUUUCUAAAUGGAUGUGUUGUACAUGUGGCUUGGACUUGUGAAGUUAUUAAGCCAAUGACAUUUAAUUUCUUUAAGAAAUGUUGUACAGAAAUAAAUCAUGCUUGUCUAAAUGUCACUGGCCUAUCACUCUUUUUUUUUUUUAAGAACUUAAUGGUAUGUCCAAAUUUGGGUUUGAUUUUUAUUACAAAUGUCAAGAUAUUAAAAUAUCCUGAAGUUUGUGUUUUGAGUCUAAUGAUUCAGUGAGUGACAGACUAAGAGUUGCUUUCUCAGACUGAAAGGGUUUGGUUAUUGUUAUACCAGCGAGGACAGCAUGUCUGACUAUGGCUUCUUAUGGAGACGGGCACCAAUCAGUCUCUCCUUAAAGGGAUAUUCCGUAUCACUGAGUUAUACACCCCCUUGAGAGAUAAAUGUUGCUGACCGCUUGCUUCUCUAGUUACACCAACUUUAGUAACGACUGCACGAUAGCAAUACACAGCGGUCUCCAUGCACAAACCUCAACCAAAACCCGCUCUAUAGCCACAAAUAAUGCUCAGAACAGCACCUAACUUCAUCAACAGUACAUACAGGGUCCUAGCCAUAGCAUUAGCCACCAAACAUCUUUUUAGUUUUGCCUGAUUUCUUUAACAAAAAGACUAAACACAACUCACCCACUCUCCUCCAGCAGCCGCUUGUUUGUGGGGGAGCCCUGACGAGUCGAUCACUGAGUG